CACUGCGACUUGGACAUGUCCUGUAGAGGUAAGGUAGUUUUCAUUCGGAGCGGCAGACACGCGUGGCAGACAGAGGGGGUCUAUGCAUGUGUCUCUGCGUUUAUGUUAAUCUACAGUGACACUUGUGACUUCGAUUGUGCUGUUUCAGUUGUCUUAAAUGACAGAGAACAGACGUAAGAACUCAUUUUAAACCUGAAUUAUUUUCUGUCAUAUUGUCAAUUUCCCUCACGGUACCGCAAAAGUUAACGUGAACUUUUGGUAAAGAAGGAUAUCCCACUGAACUAUCAUUUGAUUUGAAACUAUGAGCACAAGUUUGUGGAGUUAAUCAGCGGAACUAUAUAAUAGGGGAGACUGGGGUCUGUUGCCUCAUGGUUGAUUAACACAAUGCUUGUGAACCGUAUUUCCCCACACUCACCAUAUCUUGGGAGGUCAUGCACAGAGUUGGAAACUCAGUGUAAUUGUGGUGUGUCAGGUCCAGAGCUGUAUAAACCUUAAUAUUUUGACUGACUGUGAUUGCAGCUCCCUGUAGUGAUGGGCACGGCACUUCUUUUCGAUGUAGUGAAUCUCUAUAAUCAGUUCACUAAAAAGAUUAAUUCACCAAAUCACCGAAUCAUUUAGCGGGAGAAGAGACGAGAGUGUUUGGCAGUGUUGCUUUAGCAUACAGGUUUGUAAAAAUGAACUUGUAUAUAAGUCAUGAUGUUUUAAGUGUACUGUCCUAUGGUAUGCUAUUUGUCCGGUCUGCUCGGUGAAUUGGGCUCAGUGAGUGAUUCGUUCACUAAACCUUUAGAAGAAUUCACACUGAACAUGCACCGUUCCCUCGCAAACUGCUGCAAUGAUAGGGUGCUGCGGGUUUAAUGGGCUACUUGCUACAUGCUGUGUCCUAUUGUAUGCAAGUUGUUGUGGUGGCAAUUUAGCAGUGAAAAAAAUAAAAAUAAAUAAAAAGGUAGUUUUGUCUGACAAAAAUGAUUCCAGAGAGUGUAGUUCAACACGUGAUUCGCUCACCAAGUGAUUCAGGCAUCGGUGCAUUUGGUUUGCCGGCUGCUGGCCUGGAAAUGCUGUUUCUCACUUCAGUUGAGCUGAAGUGAGAAACAAAUGAAUCACUAGAGGAAGUGAUUUGGUUCAGUACGUUUACUCAAAAGAUUCGGUUCUUUGGAAUGAAUCAUUUGUGAAUGAUACAAUACUAUCAUCCUAAAUGUUUUUAAUAAAAUAUGCAUUCUGGACGUUUCACACACAAAUUUCCCCUCAAAUUUAUAGUUAGAUCAAUGAACAAAACCCUCUUCGCAUGAACUACAAGCUAACUUUUACUUUGAAAUCAUUUAUUAAAUUCAAAAAAUAAGGGAAAGCUAUACCUUCAAAAUAAAAGCUGUAAUGGCUGGUUAAAAACCCACUUGCCACAUAGGUACUUGUUCCUUUUUACAAGCCUGACAACCCCUCCUACACGUAAACCUUUGUUGCAGCAUUUUUCAAGCAUUUUUCUUGUAGUUCUGUGUUCUUUGAAUUUGUUGUUAUGUAAUGUUCUAAUAUUUGCAAUGCAUAGGAGCAUAAUGUAAGCUGCAGCAGGUCAUGCAGGUUGAGAUGUGGAUGUUUUGAAUGGGAUAUGUAACUGUUCUGCCUUUUUCCGUUGCCACAGAUAUUAUAUACUGUUUUUGUGUGCUCAUGAUUUUAUGAACAUACUCCUGGACUGAAAAACCUCCGAGGAUUUCCUGUUGUAAAUGGUAAUUACAUCUUGGUCCAGCCAAGUCUGCGUCAUGCCCCAAGAAGGCUAAAUGGAAGGAUUGUGACAACAGAAACUCUCACAUAGAGCAAGAGAGCUUAAACGUAGGCUGAUGCGGACACUUAGCUGUUACUGACAUUGGGCUAAGUUGUUUUGCUAGCACAGCUUUAUUAACAGAGAUUAAAAUGGGAUCAUGAAACUGUUUUCCUGUUUGUGAAACAUUGGUGAAAUGUGUGAACAGAUGGAGUCUGACUCUUAAGUUUGUAUGAGUGAAGCAUACAGAUCCAGACAGGCUUGGCCUCAUCACUUAGAGCUGGCAGAGCACUUUCAUAACCGAGUGAAGUGCCUCAGCCUACAGAGGGCUAUAGAAUAUCAACUAAAGCUGUGUUUAAAAUGAAGAUUGCAUAAACAUAAACUCUGUCAACUGUCCUGUUCGUUUCGAUUGAAAGGGAUGUGCUCAAAGAGGAAAAAGACUACAUUAAUUAAGCUUUGUUUAUUUAUUUAUUUUUUGCUGUCUUCAAGGUUAAGCUGUCCUAUAUGCCAUUUGUUGUUAUGGAGCCUGUCAAGGACCUUGACCCGGACACAGAUGAUCUUCCACUUCGAGCCAAUACUAACCACAUUCUUGUCAGACAUUAUGUGCUGGAUCUGUCUAUUCAUUUCGAUGAGCAGGUGAUCGGUGGCAGUGUUGUUGUGUUCCUGGAUCCCUGCUCAGGAUAUAAAACCAAGACUGAAGAUAACCCUGGACUUGAUGAGAUAGCUGGGUCCAACGAUGCUAGGGGGAGUCAAGAGUUAAAAGUGUGUGGAUUUAGGGAUGUUGAUGCAAUGAAAGAUGGUGGAAAAGAACUUUUGGAGGUGACAACAACGGCGGAGAAGAUGCCAGGUGCUGAAUGCUCAAGUACACAGUGGGAAACCAGUAGUGGCUUUACCUUGAUCCUGGACUGCUGUGACCUUGAUAUCUCAAAAGUGGAAGAACUGGAUGUCACCAAAGUGUUGACAAUGUCUGAUCUCUCAUCAGAGGUCACGUCAGAGGAGCUAGGGGCCAGUUCUUUGAACCCAUCAUCAGCAUUUAUUCAAAAUCUCAUCUCCAUGCCCUCUUGCCAAUGGAAGAAGAGACAUCAGCUGUUCUUGUCGUGCAGCCGUGCCCCUGCUGCUCAAGAUGGCAGCUCACUGUGUUUCUAUACAGACCGAUGGAGUCUUCAAGUGAGGAAGAGGGGUGUUACAUCACCUCAGGAGUUCCCUCGUGCCCUCAGGAUCUGGUACAAAACAAGGCCAUCAGGAGGCUCUGUGAGGUGGACCAAAGAUCAGAAUUCCAGGUUUGUCUAAGGAUGAGAACAAAUCAAUCAGUCUGAAAAAAAAAAUGUUGUUUUGUAGCACACUCAGACCCUUGAUAAAUUAUUUUAAAUCUGGGAACAGGCAGCACAUCUGCACUGAUCUCUGCCACUUGAAUUGCAGUGUAAUAGUCUGAGCCUGCCAUGUUAGAAUGAGAUAAUUCUCAUCCAGGAACUCACAAAAACAUGAUGCUAGCUAUUACACUCCGCUGUGUGUGUGUGUGUGUGUGUGUGUGUGUGUGUGUGUGUUCUAUGGCUGAGUGUGUGUUUUUGUGUGUAUGCUUUUGGUUAAUCCUUUGAGCAUUGAAUUUUCAAAGUUGGAAACUUUCCAUGAGAAUUAAUGGGAAUAUAUAGGAAUUAACGAGAACUAAUGAGAAUUAACGGGAAUUAAUGGGAAUAAAUCAGAAAUUUACAAAAUUGAAGGUAGGUCCUCAACAGGGAACUUAAAUAAAGUUGGGGAAAAUAUAUUGCAGCAAAAUCUUGGCUAAAACAACUGUAUUUAAUGCAAGUACACUCCUCAAUCACAUACACAGAUGAUUUCUUGAACCCUGGAGGCCACACUUUUGAGCCCAGAGCACAACAUAUUUGAGCCUACAGACUAUAUGAAGUCAAGUAAGUUUUGAUAAUAUUAUAGGGUAAAUAUAUGUGAUCAAUAAUAGUAUUAAUGUUUAACUUGCAAAAAUUUUUAAAAAGAUGCUAAAUGUAAGCUUUUUUUCAUUUCAUUGACCAUUUAAGGGGCUAGCUUAUUAUGAUGGUGGAAGCUACCUCGACUGUGAUGCUGUUUUUUUCUGACUCCUUCAAGACGGUUUUCUGAAACCAUACAGUAAUUUAUACAUCAAUUGUCAAAUAUUUUGAAGACCAUUGCAGUUGUUUAGCCAACUAUAUUUCUGUUCAUGCCAUUGCAUUAUUGUUUUUACCAGCUUUCUUGUUAUUUCCUUGUUAUUUUAUUCUACAGAAAAAUGCCACGUUCACCGUGUGAUGCGUGGAAGCAUUUCACACAAGCUACUAUUGAAGGAGAAAUAUUUACAUUUAUGUUUGGAUAUGAUACAGUUUGAAUUCCCUUUAAAUUCCCAUAAUACCAAUGGAAAGUUUCCAAUUUUGAAUAUUUCCAAAAUUCCCAGACUUAACUUCUCAUGGGAAGUGUCUGGAAAUUUACCGGAAAUUUUCUGCCCCUUUGCAACCUUAUAAUUUACCAUUGUUUACCCUUCCAGGGUGUGUGUUUACACUGCAGGUUCUCCCAUCAACAACCGAGCCCUCUUCCCCUGCCAGGAGCCGCCUGUUGCCAUGUCAACAUGGCAGGCAACAGUAAGGGCCCCCAGUGAGUGUGUGGUUUUGAUGAGUGGAGAGGAGCCGGCUGUACCUAUUGUGGAUGAGGACCCACGUAAGCUGCUUUUCAACAAACUCUUCUGUAAAAACCUUGAGAAGUCAAAUUGAUUUUACAAAGUUAUUCUCAAAUGGAAAAUAUCUAAUUCAUGAACUUUAACUCCAUUCAGCAUGUAACAUCUACAGUCUCAGACUUUUGGUUGGAAAAUGAUCAAAUGAUUUUGCAGAAUGAUGACAGAAGUUAAGUUACAAGUAAAAUUUGAUAUGGUUUACCUCAACACAUUAAAACCCAAAGAAAUCUGUAAUUGUAUCCAAGUUAUGUUGCCUUUCAUUUGGUAAUUUGACAUGAAAAACAUGAUAUUAUGUCUCUUAGUGAGUGAGGAGAAGAAAAGAAUUAAAAUGAUGUAAUGGGAAUAAACUUUCUGUUAACUGUUAAGCAAGCCUGAAUACAACAAUACCUCACCCAUGAUCAUGUUUUUGUGAGCUGCAUUAACAUCACAUCACAUCAGGACACUGUUAACCUGCUUCUGUUUAUAUUCUUCACACUGAGAGACUCCCAGAGGCAUACAUUUAAAGGUAUUAGUAAUUCAGAAUAUCUUAAUUUGGGCAUCUCGCUUGCCUUGUAAACAAACAUUUCAAACAGGACUUUUUGUCUUUUAGGCAGGUAUUCCUCAUCUUGUCUCCAGGAAGAAGGAGUUGAUUUGUCAGUACAUUGAUUCCAAAACUGGGGGUGCGACUCCCAAAAAAGGGGGCACAGCAAUCUUUUGUAAAAAGACUGAAACUAAAUGUCACAAUUACAAAGAUAAGUCCGAUCUCACCCUCUGCUUCAUCUCCAACAGCAGUGGGCCACCCAUACUUACAAAACUCUCAAAAUACUGGCAUUUGCUUGCAAAGGAUAUGUGUGUAUUUUAGUGUGUAUAUGUUUAAAUAUCAACAUGUAUGGUAACCUAUAGAAAAAGUAUGGAAACCACCUUGUUGGAACAUUAAAAUGGAGAGUGAGGUAAAUAAAAUGGCAGUGCGGUCCAAAUGAUUCUUCCAAUCCCCUCUCUUCGUACUUUCUGACUGCUAUCUGGACUCUUUUCCACUCUCUUACCUUUGACAUUUUCAUCCUUGCUCUUUUCCCCUCUCAUUACUCUUUGCAGGCUUUACAGUUUGGAAUUACUACGUCAAUAUGCCCAUGCCUGCCUCCACAUUCACUUUGGCAGUGGGCCACUGGUGCCAAGUCACAGAAGAAACUUAUCCAUCUAUGGAAAGUGGGGUGACGGACAGGGUGGAUUGUGGCAAGACGUCCAAACUUGAGGCUCGAGAUGGGGGCUUGACUGAAGCGGAGCGUUUGUCUGGACUUGGAAGCUCCACCAGUGAAGUAGUAAAAGAUUCUCGACUCCAGACCGACAGGUAUUAUAUUAUUUUUCCUGUAUUAUUUUCUUCUUGUAAGUCCUUCUCCCCCUCCCCAGACGGUUAUUAACCCAAGUCUGGCCUUUAGACAUUCCAUGGUCAAACUUUCCUUUUGCCAUACCAAAAAUGGUGCAGGUGAAGUUAGGGUGAUGGAUAAAGUACAGAACUCAAUCUGCUUUUUAUGACAAGUACAUUAAAGUUUGUACCAUAACACAUGGGGUUCAGUGCCUGGCAGAAGUUAUCUUUGGAAAGCAAAUAAGUAAAGUGAAUAUAAAUUUUAAAGAGGUUCGGGAUAUGGAGAGGAGGUCAGGGCUGUAGAGAGGGCAGGUUUGGGCUGGGGUCUCCCUUGUCACUGGCCAGCAGGUUGGCAGGUCUGCCAGUGGUUUCCAGUAAUCCUCCACCUCCUCCCCUCAUGGUUUUCCUCCAGCUGUAGCCUGCCGCUGGCCCCAGGAAUCUCCCGCUACAAGGAAGGCCUUUAUUUUCAGUGAAUGGCUGGAAGGAAACUUGGAUAUGGCUCCAAACCUUUGGAACUGUCCUGAUGCUGAGGAUGGAGUUAGCACUGGAUUUUGGAUUUGGAGCGGGUGGGAUUGCAUGUCGGCACCUAGAUAUUUUUGGGAUCACUGUGGUUUGCCUUUGUGACGUAUAUAUUCCAUAUUUCCACCGCUUUAAUUUCCAUGCUUUGGACAGAGACAGAUCUCAUUAUACCACAUUUGGGUCUCUUAAUCUGUAACUGUUUAUUCUAUCAGUGUUCAAAUUCAUUAAGUAAUCUUCAUUAACCUUGGAUUACAUUCUUUCCCUCUCUGUUACAGCAGAGACCCGACCACCAGCUCAGACUCUGCAUUUUGUUACUCUCCCCUUAGGCAUGAUGGGGUCUCUGAAACUGAUUAUUCAGGCAUGGCGGAUGACGGCAUCUCUUGUUCCCAUGGUGACUACCCUUGCCGAUUUACUGAGCAGUCGGCUAGGUCCCAGCGGGUGAUCCCACACCGUGUGUUUGGCCCCAUCUGCUUGCUGCACAAUGCCCAGGUGGAGAUAUGACAAAGAGCCACUGAGUCUUGGGCUAAUUAUAAAACUGAUUAGAGGAGACAGAUAGCAUCACUUAGUGUUUGUGCCAUUAUGACAGCUUUUUCAAAAAAAUCUGCUUUUGCUUAGGAGACUAGUUAAAGUAGAGAAGAUCAUUUAAAACAUUUUAUACACUGAGAGAGGACUUUCAGAGAGUAUUUCUGUUGAGAGAUUUAUCAGUUCUGAUAAAGUGAUGAAUCAGUCUUUGAAACAUAAAAGCGAAGGUGAUGACCGUUGAUGGAAUAGCUACAUAUCUACUGACCCAGAGCAGAUAUAACUAUCAUACUAAAUAUAAACAAUAAUGCAUGUAGUCUGCUAUUCACCCAUGGUAAUCGAUCGACAAACCUCUGAUUCUGGUUCGAAGGCAGUAACUGGAGCUUCUCUUUGCAGAUGGUCCUCAAGCUGUUGCCUCGAUGUUUAUCUGCAGCUCAUGCUGUUCUCGGAGUUCACCCUUUUCCUCGCCUUGAUGUCCUCAUAGUCCCAGCAGGGUUCUCAAGUCUGGGCAUGGCCAGGUAAGAACAACACGGUGCCCGGUAGAAUCGGAGAAGUAUAAGGAGUACUUAAAGCAGUCGUGGCGGGUAGGCUUGUAUUUUUAAAGUUUAUUUAUGGAGACGUUGUGAGGGUCUGAAUUUUUACACCAGCCUCUUGUAAGUUGAUAUGACAAAUGUCUCUUUGCACAUCAAUAUUUGUGGAGCAGCUUGUUUUCCUAUUAUCUGCAGAUCAACUUCUACAAACAUUUUGAGUGGAAAUAUUUGGGCAAUAUUCUAAUGAAACAGGACAUCAAAGUCAUCGCUGGCACUUUUAUUUUUGCUUUUUGUGCUGAUGCUUCUAGUUUGUUUUUCUGUGUUGCAUGAUUAAUGGCACACUUCACAUUUCAAAACCACCUCACUAUAUUUCAAUCUUCUUCAUGGAGAUUUAGGAAUUCUUUUAAAGGAACAUCAAGAAGGGCAACAAUGACACUCUCUUCACCUCGUCACUUGUCAUCCCUCGUUUUUUCGCCAUCACAACCACACUCAGCACUGGCCUGAUCUUCUGACCCGCCAGCAUGUUCAUGUUGCCUAUUAAAAGAGCGUAUUUCAGCCCUAUGUGCGUGUUUUGAAUCUGAAUGCUGCCUCUAUUGAAUUUUGUCUAAAACAAACAUUCAAAUACUCUAGCAGCACUCGAUGGAAGCCAGUUGGCAAACAUCGGCAUCUUCAGCCUCUCACUAGGCCCCUCAUUAAACCCUUUUUCCACACACUAUCCCGGCUCCUCUCAUUGGCCCAUCAUUAACCUUCCACUUUCAUUGCUUUUUUCUAUUCCCUCUAAUUCUUCAUCAUCUAUUUUCCAAACUGCUACACCUCAGUUUCCCUCACCCUAUUCUCAAGACACACCACCUCAUUCAUCUCAUAAGCAUUUUCCAUCCCAAACAAAUCUUUACCCCUGAGCAAUUCCUAUUGCAUCUCAUAACUACCAAACUAUUUCUAAUGCUUUCUACAAGUCGGACAGCUACUCUAAAUGCAAAAAUUGUUCUCCCUUUUCUUUAAUUCUUUUCUCCAUGACCUCCAAACUUUUACUCCAAACCUUAACUUCUCCAUGAUAAAGGCUAACCUCUUCUCUGGGUACAAUUUCAUCAACUUGUUGGGUUCUCUUUCACCACCAGAGGUUUCAGGUGGUCUUCAUGCUCUCUGCUCUGCACAAGACCUGUGUGUAUUUAUACAUGUGUAUUUAGAGCGGUUUUAGUAGAGGUCUGGGGGCAGAUGGGUGGGCAUGAAUCCGCAGAUUGACAGAUUCACCGUCCUUCUCUUUAUAGAUAAUUCUCCUCAGUGUAUGUCUUUGUUCUCUCUUUAGACUCACCAUGUGUCUGUCUUCAGCCCCUUUGCCUUUCUCUUCCUCGCCACAUGUACCCCUCUUUUGUAGCUGUUUUUUUUAAAUUUCUCUUCUUUCCGAAAAGUAGCGUCCUGCUUCUGUCAUUUCUUCUUCGGCUCUUAUUUUUUUCCCUUUUAUCCCCCGUCUUUCUCUCCUUGCCCUCAAAAUACCCCUAAAUCCUCUAGCCUACUGUGUUUGCCUUGCCUCUCUGUCCUCUCCACUUGUCUGUGCGGUCGAUCACUCCUCAGUCAGGCCUCGAGCUCUCUGCAAUAGUCCUAGUUUCUAUGGAAAUCAAGUUUUGUAUUUUGUCUGCGAUGAAGUCGUUUUAGCUAUCAUAUUGCAUGGCUGCAAAGAUGACUGAAUGUCAACAUGGGAGCCUUUUGAAUGGAGUUAAAAGUGGAAAUUGAUGAAAAAAUAAAGACCAACGGUGACCUUUUUUCAAAUUGUGUUGAUAAAGUAAACUGAUUAGGGUGGUCCAUGAACGCUGUCCCAGUGUCUGCGGUCUGUAACCACAGUCUCUCUUUCUCUCACUCCGUCUUUUUCCCCUACCCCGGCGGCCUCCCUGGAGAAAAGUGCCCCAGACAGGAUAUGAGCUCAGACCUGAAUAUGUAUUCAGCGUGAAUAUUUGACGUUUUAGCCAAGAGUGGUCUCCAUCACAGAUAUUUUGAAGGACACGGUGCGACAAGAAGGUGGCAGUCUGGAUUUAGUUCACAACUCUGCAUACUUACUUCGACUGCACUGCUCAAAAUAGAGUUCUCUUUUGAUCUCUUUCCCUCAUCGUGUGAAAAUCUGUCUCCCCGCUGUAUUUAUUUUGAAUGAACAUCAAGUGCUAACACAGAGGCUGCUCUGCUGUGGCUGAUGUCUGACGGAUGUUUUCUUUCUCAUUAAGGGGAUAGCUCCCAGGCACCUAUCCCUCCUGCCCUGGCUAUUUUGACUCCAGUUAGCUGCAGAUGACAGAGAAGAGAUUUAGGGCCCUCAUUAGGCUUCAAACAUCACCUGCACCAACUGCCUAUUAAACUCUGCAUGGGAUUCAACCCAAUGUCAGCCCUCUGCUUCUUCCCCUCAGUGCGGGUGGUUUUUGGUGCCCUGCAUGCUUGGGCUCUAAACCACAGGGUAUGUGCCAUAGGAGGGCGGGAAGGUCAGCUGAAAUGGAAGUACAGAUUGAGAUGGAGAUGAGAGGGACAAAAAGAGGGUAAAGGCUGGGUUCACGACAGGCCAGCAGACCCCAAGGAUGUGGGAGAGGAUGUGUGGAUUAUUCCCAGCAACAAAAGCCAUUAGCCCCUGGAAGGACUUCAGAGACUGGCGCUAUUUAAUCUAGAGAUUGGGAGGUAUGUGGGCCCCACUGCUUGGGAGCCGGGCCAAGCACGGUUUUUUGUGCAGUGCCCCUGUGGAAACAGCAGGAGUGGAGGGGGAGCUGUGGCAAGGAGGCAGGAGGCUGUUGUAGUGUGAUACAGAGGAGGGAGGGAGGGAGGAGGCGAAAACAAGGGAGGAUUCACAGUGGCGUGAAGUUUUUAUACGGAGAUACGAGGAGGGAGGGCAGGAAACCGAAGAUUAAGGAGUCAAGUAAGGGCAGGUCUGCGUUCAAGGGCUGCGCCGCCUACACUGUGCACCCACAGGGCUUUCUGACUCACACACGCACAAUCUGGGUGAUGAAGCCAGUCAGCAGUUUAUAGGGUUUCCACAUAAUCAAUUUUAGUAUGUUUUAUGCAACAAUAACAACAUCAAUCUGUCAUAUUUUAAUAUAUUCCUUAUGUCUGAGCUUGACGAGGCACGUUAUCAACAGAUGCACGUUAGCCUGCAGACGCAGACUUCAUGAACAAAACUAUACGUAUAUUCUUUGUCUGGCUAUUCACUUUAAUAUUGUCUGAUUUCUUUGUCUUCUUUCUUUUACAAAAUAGGCAUUGGGAGUUGAAUGAAAGAGCACUAUUGUGUAUUUAGACUAUUAGUAAAACUUUGAAGACAUCCAGGAGUCGAUGAGCAGACAGGAAGAAAAAUACAGUGUGGUUAAACAUCGAUAGAGAGAAAAGAUGUUCCAGAGACAAAAGGAAACGAACACUGAAAAAGUGCGGUCAGUGAACAGGAAAGGGGAAUCCCUAAAAGUUAAUGCUCUAGUUUGUAAAAAAAAAAGUUUAUUGUCCAGAGUGGUUGUAGGACACAGGGGAAACCUUCCCAAAAGUCUAGAAAUCUGCUUUUGCUUGUGUUUGCUUCAACAAUCGGGCCUUUAUUGUAACACGCCUUAGCUCAUACUAUUUUUUUAAUCUUUUAUUUUCUUUUGGAUGUGUAAUCUCAUCACAUCGCAAUCACGUCAUUCGGUUCCGUCUGGGAGUGACAGGAAGGGCACGGCGUUUCCUCCCCCUCUCUUUCAUGCUGAGGUCUGUGUGCGUCCCAAAAGUACCGGCUGGACUUGAAGUGCUAAUCAGAGAUCACCAUGUUCGCUGCAUGCCCAAAUGAAGACAUGUCUGAUGUCCCAGAAAAAGAGAGAGAGAGAAAGAGAGCGGUGCUUUCCCUGCAUUUUCUUUUUAAAGUAAACUUACACUAGUGUUGAAACAGGUCUUUUCUCAUUGAGUGGGUGAUGUUGGUUUUGUUUCGCUUCAGUGUAGACAGGCGGAUUCCUGUGCUUGUGUUAGGAUGAAUACGACUAUUGUUCAAAUAAUAGUGGAAAUGUGUAUUUUGUGUUUGUGGCAAUGACGUCAGUGGAAUGCAACAAAGAUUAUGUAUCAUUGCCUGUUGUUUGCUUGCGUCCAAUGCGGUGACACUGGCACAUUUUUAAAGUUGUGCUAACAUGUUUUUGACAUUGGGAUUAUCCCAAAUUAUAGCUUUAGCUCAGACGGAUCAAAGGCAAGAGUUUGUUUUUGCUGAUUUUUUUUCUGGGAAGUUUCUCUGUAGGGCCACCCGACACUACUUGAUGGCGGGCUCUGAUUAAACCUCCUCCCCUACGCACAUAUUUAAACGUAUCAGCCUCUCUGCACGUCUCAUUGCACUUUUAUAGCCAGUUUCCUUAAUUAUUGCUGUUUUCCUUAGCAGAAUAAUACAAACACAUUGCACAAACACACUGCUUGCAAACAUUUAUUGUCUAAACAGUUUUUUUUUUCUUCUUCUUGGAGACCUCACCUCACGUGGGACGGCGUGGCUGCCUGAAGAAAUACAGAAAAAAAGGAUCAAGUUGUAAAACUGCUAGUUCCUUUUCCAGUACAGCUAAACUAGGCAGCCAUAUAACUGUCAGAGGCACUAGGUCAAAAUUAUGACUGGUGUAUACCUCUUGACCUCUCUUAAGUGGCACUAGAGGAUUUUCAGCCUGACUUCAGUUGACUGCAUUGUUUGUUUAUGGGCUAGCAGGAAGUUACACUGGUCAUAGGUCCCUGUUGGGAGGAAGUUGGGAGCUGAAGAGCCAGGGGGGUAAGAACCCCGCAGGAUAAUCCCCUGCUGCCCUGGAGCGCUUUGGAAAACCACCUGAGCUCUUUUUCAUCUUUUAUAGGACCAGGCCAACAUUGUUCCAUGUUACAAACCAUCAGAAUCAAAUUUGACAUUUAUGUCGCCCACCCCUUAAAACAAUAACACUAGCUUUAAAAGUGAUCUUACUCUUUUUCAAAAAGUUUCAUUUAUUUCACAUAGUUACAUCAGCUACAUUUUUCCUGAAGUAAGGCUUAUUUUCCACAUUUCCCUGAGACAGCAACUUUUCUAGGUGGGAAACAAUCAAAACUGUUGCACUAGCUGCAGAUUUUUACAAGCUGAUUUUCUUGGUUAACAUUGAACAGGUAGAAACUCAUGCUUUUCUAUGGUUACAAUCAAAUUAAAUUUUACCCUUCACAUGUAAAAGCCUGAGUCCAGAAAAGUGGGCAUUGUUUUAAAAUUUGACAAAGAUGAAAAAUCAUGGUUUGAAAAUCAUCUAAACCCUAUUUUUAAUUUAAAACAGUGCAAUAAAGUAAACAUUGAAAUGAAAAUGAAAAACAUAAACUCAUUAGAAAUGAGCAUGUCUGUGAUUGUGUGGCUUCCCUCCUUUUUAACAUCACUGCGUAAACUUUUGAGAACCAUGGAGACCGGUUUUGAAAAUGAAAUGUUGUUCCAUUCUUGCCUGAUAUCGGAUUUCAGCUGCUCAUCAGUUCAGGGUUUCCUUUGUUGUGUUUUUUGUUUCAUGUUGGGCCAAAAUGUUUUCAACGGAUGACAAGUCAAGACUGCAGGCAGGACAAAUUAGCAGCCGCACUUGUGCAGAAUGUGGUUUGAUUUUGUCUUGCUGAACUCUGGAGGAUCUUUUCUGAAAAGUUAUUGUCUAAACGGCAGAAUACCAAAACUGUAUAUUGUUCCAUAGCAUUCAGAAUUAAUGGUUCCAUUACGGAUGUGCAAGUUAACCAUACUAUGGUCACACAUGGAUCCCAAUACCAUCUCUACUGGCUUGUAAACUGUGCACUAGUCCCUCUUUUCUUAAGAUCCAAGGAAGUGGUGUCUAUGAUUUUCCAAAAUUAUGUCACAUUUUGAUUUCUCAGACCACAGAAUGUUUUUCUACCUCAGAUUAGUCCAUCUACAAUAGGCCCACAGUACAAUGAGUUUUGUACAAAUGAUUGUUUCUGGAUGUGAUUUUGAGCCUUGCAGCAAUUUCCACUACAGUCUCUCACAUAGUUGUGAUCCAUGCCCUCAGCUUGACCUCACAGAGACUGGAAUUCCCAUUUUUCAUUUUAACCCAGUCAUGAACCUAGUAAUCUUUCUCCGGAUUUUCUUUAGUUUUUUCUCUUGCACAAUUUUCUCAGUGUUUUUUUUAUCCCUGACCAAACUUUUUUAAUGUGCAGCUUACAUCUAAAAUGAAAUGAGCAAAGAUUUUUAACAAAAAGAGUUUUUGUUUUUUUCCCAAUGUCAACAUUUUAUUGAAUGCCUUUGCACUAUUUUCACUUUAGAGGGUUUAGAGUAUUUUCAAACCAUAAAAAUCAGCUUUUAUUAACAUUUUAUAUCGUGUCCCUUUUUUUUCUGUAUUUGCGGUUGUACAAAGUGCUCAGAAAUAAUAAAGAAAUCCUGCACAUUAUUUAAAAAACACGCACAGCUGAUCCCUAAAGAAAUGUUAUUAAAUAGGAAGUAAGGUUUUUAUUGCUCUUGACCUUCUGAAACAUAGUUAUAAAGUAACAGACCGUAAAAAUGUAAAUUUCAGUAAUAAGAUUUAUCUCAAUCUGCACAAGUUUGGGAAACAAGUCUUUCUCUUUUUUGCCUCAUUGGCCAUGAAUCCUCAUCACUUUGCACCCUUCCUGAAUUGCUCCUCCUGCCUCUUUACUGACCUGUAUCGCCCUUUUCUUCACUCUUCCUCCUCUCCUCUAUUUCUUCCCCAGUCCUCCCACAACUUGUCCUCCCCUCUUCCUUCUGAUGUCUCUGUGGAUUUCUUGAUUUUCUGCUCUCCUUUUCACUGGUUUGAUCCGUGCAGUAACCCUAGAAGUGUGUGACACAGACCUGCCAUUUCAGGAGGCAAUUGAGGGGUUCAUGAAGGGGCGGGUGUGAUGUGGGGGGUCGUAUUUUUUUGGCACAGGAGACAGCUGUUAAUCAAACAGUCAAGGAUGAGGUGUUUCUUUCUUCCCACCUUGAGUAGAUCUCCCUUUCCUCUGUUGCUGCACAAAAGAGCCUGGUGAGUUGAAAAGGCAGCUCUGCAUGCCUGCACCUGGACACAGGGAGAGGGCGGGCCCUGUGCACACUUUUAAAAAGAUUGCAAGUACUUAAGAUUUUUUAGGUGAGCUUUAUUGCUUUUUCUCUGUACCUCCUCUGUUUCCCCUCCUCACAACUUGCUUAACACACAUGGGACAGCUCUAGGCCUCCAAAAUGUUUGCCACUACGAUCCAUCUCUCCUGCCUUUUCACUUCCUUUCUUCCUCUGUGCUCUUAAUGAAGAUAGCAGGACCCAGUUAAGCAAGUGUUUUGUUAUUGCAAGGACAUUCCUCUCUGGUUAUCUUGGGCCUCUCAACUUCCCUUUCUCUAUCUGCAGUAUAGGUUUACCUGCCCUCUUACAGUACCUUCUCACAGCAAAGGAAGACAUUUUUAACACUUCAAAUGCCAGAUACUAGACAUUUACAGGAUCUGAACAACAGUCUCUGAAGCAGUAUACUGUUCUUUAGGCCAUCUGCUUUAGGGUUCAGUGUGCUGUGUCUUUAGUGGAUGGUAUCCUGCAUGCCUUCCCACAGAGCAGUUUUUGGUCUAAAAGAGGUCUAAUAGACGUCUAAAUGUAGCCUAGACAACUGGUCUGAAAUCAGGCUACCACAGGUCUAAAAAUAAAAGUUUUUUAGACACCUAAAUUUAGACCAAGUUUAGACCAAGUCUAAAUCUGGGCUAUAUCUAUACUACACUGUAUAUUGCUCAAUGGCUAUCAUAAUUAUUUUGGUUAAGUACUUGGAGAUCAGUUAUACAACUCACAGUUGCUUUUUUAAAUAAAUAGUUAUCGAAUAAUGGGUUAAAGUGCAAUGUCUAAAAAUAUACAGAAUCUAGACGGUUGAAAUUAGGUCUAAAAAAAAACUAGACAUCUAAUAGCCGUUCAUCGCUCAGUUGGUCAGUUGUAACAAGUGUUUAUUUGACUGACUGUUGCCUUUCUAUCAUCUUGAACCAGAAUAGAUUCUCCAUUCUCCUCUGACCUCUCACAUCAACAGGCAGUUUUGUCCACACAGCUGCCACACACUGGAUAUUUUGUCUUUUUUGGACCCUUCUCUGUAAACCCGAGAGAUGGUGGUGCGUGAAAAUCCCAGUAGAUCAGCAGUUUUGGAAAUACUCAGACGAGCCCAUCUGGCAUCAACAACCAUGCCAUCUUUAAAGUCACUUAAAUCCCCUUUCUUCACCAUUCUGAUGCAGAGUUUGUAUCUGCAUGUCCCAUCAUGACUGUAAAAUGUAAAACUGAACACAAUUCUGCUGCUGCUCACAGACAUCCUGGAAAGUCAGACAGUGCAUUACCGCUCGUUCUGGGGCUUAAAUUGUGGGCACACAUGUGGACCACUACUAUAACCUCAGAGUGUUUGCACUGUCUACACUUGUAUUCAGAAUACAGCAUUGUGCAGUCAAAAGUAAAUGCAGAAGAUGGUGGGUUUCAUCUUAUUGGAAGUCACCAUCACAGAGCAAGUGACAAAUAGCAGGGGUAGGAGAAAAAAUCAAUACAGCAUAGAAUCGUGAUAUUUUGUCUGGUGAUAUAUCAUAUCGUCUCAUUUACCAAGUAUCGAUUUUUUCAAAUUUAUUGCUGAUAUGAAGUCAAAUUUUCAACAAUGAAAAAAUAAAAUCAACUGUUUGUCUAGUGAGGUUGGCAGAGGUGACUUCGUGGAGCAGGAGAAAGUUAGUACAACAAAUAAAUAUAAGGUUUGCAAGAUGUGCUACAUGAAAAUAAAAUACUGUGUAAAUGUGACAAACAUAAAGGACAGCCAAAUGCUAAAUUAGCCAAACAGUUGGAAAAUUGUGCAAUAUAUUGUAUCCCAAUACUCACUGUAUUGCAAAAUGUUAAAAAUCGCAAUAGUAUCGUAUUAUGGCCUAAGUAUCGUGAUAAUAUUGUAGCGUAGAGCCACUAGUGAUUCUUCCCCCUCAUAGAUAAGACAAGAAAUAAUCAAUGACUGUAAAUCAGUUGUGUUUAUUUGAAAAUGUUACUCCUUACUUACUGUUUCCACCUGUCGUCUCUGUUUCUCCAUGAGGGUUAAAAGUUUGAGGGACUCUGAUUUAAAAGCAAAAAAUAGACGUAGAAAUCCAAAUAACAAAAGUUUGAUUGUGUCUUUGAAUUUUCUAUAAGAACAAACACAGUAUAUUUAUAUGGAAUAGACUCGUAUUUAUCCAAAUGUGUAUAUCCAUUUAUUUAUGUGUAUCGAUUUAUACGUGUGUGUGUGUGUGUGUGUGUGUGCUUGGAUCUAAGUGCAGCAUUCCUCAAAAUUAUAACCGCUUUGUUAUGCUCUGUUUUACUCCCAAGUGUCAUAUAAACUGUCGUUGUUAUCAGUGGCUGUUGAAAGGGAUGUCGGUUUAUGAUGAACCGCCCUCAGAUGUGAACCUGCUGGCAACAGCUGGCAUAUAGAAGUACAUUUAACAGUAACACAGACACACUGUGCCAUAACUCUGGAUUAGAGGCUGUGGCAAGACAGGCCUGUCACUGCACACCCAUUCUACGAACUAAUGGAUGAGUCCAGGGGACCCAUUGCCCUAGGUGAUGGAUGGGUCCAUUGUACGGUGUAGGGGACGCUGCUGCAGCUCUUGGUGUGCAUCCUGGGGCUUGUGUGUGAGAGUGGAACCUGGAAGCUGGGGGUAAUUUCAUUUGUCUGUGCAAAGCCAGACGGCUUAAUGUCCAUGGGACCUCUGUGCUGAACCGGCUAAAAUGAGAUAUUUGGAACAAAGUGCGGUGAAAUGCUCAGUGGUAAUGCUUCCAAUGUCUGGGUGUGCUUUUAGCCUUGGGGAGAGAGCAGUGCUCCCAGUCGGUCAAGCAGCUUUUGGAUUUGGCUGUUUUCAACCCAGUCAGAGGAGAGGGCCAGUGCAUGGCAGUGUGAAGUUUUUAUUUGUUGGCUGGUCAAUUAAAAAAUUGGUCUUGACUCAAACAUAAUUAUUUAAGACCAUUGGGAUGAUGAACUCUAUUCACAAUUAAUUCCAUUUAUUCCCACACAGAUAGAGUUGUUCAAGUUUCUUAACUAUAGGUUGAAGGGACUGAAGCAGAACAGAAAAAUAAGCAUAUUUCAAAAAUCCAAGUUCAAAACAAGAACCAAGAUAUUAAAUAUCCAUUAAAAUCAAAAUUAUCAAUGUUAUAUCCUACACAAAAGCCAUCCAGUGAGCCCCUCCAAUAGCCUUAGAAAUGGAGUUUAAAAUUAUAGUGUUUUGUUAAAAAGGCUAAGCGGUAUAAUAUAUCAUUUGUGAUGUAUUUUGUGUUUCAGAAACACCUAAAGAGAAUAAGAGGCAGUGAAGAUUUGUAAAACAACAAAGAAUUAGUCAUCCAAAACAUAAGAGGAGCGUAAACAAGUUACUCCAAAAUCAAUCCUCUAAGACGCCGAGAGCCAGAGCAGGAGCAGUGCGCCGCUCUCUCUAUUAUUAAAAGCCUGGCAGCAGAGUUCUGAGUUAAUUGCACCAUAUCAAUUAACUGUUUUGAAUGACCGGUGGGACAAAAGCACUAUUGUAGCCGGGCCUUUCUAAGAUAAAUGUUUGAAAAGUCUUUCAGCACCCUUCUUGUGUAGAAAUGGACAAAACUUUGCCAUAUUCCUCAAAUAGAAGGAAUCUGCUCUGCUGCAUCUUCUUACCCACAAUCUGAUGACUGAUGUAGGGCCAAACUGACAGGCUUGGAGUGAACUAGGUCACUGGACUGAGGCAGCUUUCCUGUGCAAAACAUUUCCUUGAUUUAAGAUCUCUUAUUAAAGACUUGUUGGUAAUAAAACCACGGAAUAGAUUGUGAUUACAUUUUUCGCUGAAGUUUCUGAACACUCAGAGGUGCCAUCUUUGCUGAUCCCCUGACUUUCGAUAAAGUACCAUCAGCAUCUUAAAGCUUGCAUACUGUAUUCCAACAUCAGCCAAACAAACGGGAACACAUUAAUAUAGAUAUUUAGACUGUUUAGAGGAUGAGUCUUUAUGGCCUUUGAGAUAAACUGUUUCUCAAGUGCAGACAUGAGGUGAACAUGUUGGAGUCUCAGUGAAAUACAUCAACUUAGCAUUACGGUCGCAGUUCUGGUGACCCCUUAGUUUUCAUUCACAGCCCCAUAAGGUCAAAUGUUAACUUUUUCCAUCACUUUUAUAAACAUUAAAUAUACAUAUCCGCAUUCUGAAAUGCAGACAUAAGAUUGUGGACUUUGGGGACUCUGUACUUAAUUAAAGCUGAUAUAUUUGAUUUAUUUUUGCCUGUAGUCUGUCUUCUCCAAGCCUCAUAUGUUGUCUAAGCCUAUUUAAAAGAUAAGUCUUGUAAUCUCCUUUAUUUUUCUUUCUGUAAACAAAUCCAGUAAAAGGACUAAAGCAAACUAAAAAUUGAUUGGGGUUGUCUGUUAAGCACAAGCCUGACAGAUUUUAUUCCCAUGGGCGAUGGAAUGUCCUUUUUGUACCCAGACACAUCUGAGAGGUACACCAGUGGCCAUUAAGUCAUCUUUACCAUGAUUAGGGUUUACUCUGAUUAACUUUUGAUAGUCCCAGUAAAAUUAUUGUGUCUAUAAAGAGUGAGAAGUAUAGAUCUUGGAUGUUUGCAGUAUGUGUUGCAGUGUGAUGGUGACAGAGAGCCACAUGAAGGCUGUAGAGCUACACGGCGUCAGAGCAUCACAUACCAGGAGCUGUUUUUUCAGUCUUGGAAUUUCAAGACAGUUCAAACAAACCCAGACCAUCUUUGACUUUACCCUUUCAAUCUUCUUCUUCUCAGUCUCUCUGUUUGGUCUACACUCCUCUACAUGUGUACAUACCUGUUGAUUGUUCUUGCACCUCCUUACUGUACUCGUAGAGUGACAGUCGCUGCGCACAUUUUCUCAGCAAUAAUGUUUACUUCAAACACUGUCAACGCACAAUACAUUCAUCAGCUGAAGGUUUCUGUCUGACAGGUAGGCAGUCUGGCCAGGUGGCAGCCUAAAGCGUCUGCGGAGGAGACAGCUCUGCUCACUAGCUAAUUUCACUUCGAUCUCUCCUUCAUCCAUCUUUCCAUUCUGUCAAACACUUCUCGUACAGCCCUGCAGUACUGAGCCGUCUCACUUUCCAUCUCCUCACUGUCUCAUUCUCUCGCGUUACAUAAGAGAGGGAAAAAAAUUAGUCUAUUCAUUACCCGACAGGCAAGAAAAUAUCUCAAAUUAUAAUCCUGUGAAAUAGAUUUGUCUUUUCCUUGUGGUUAAGACCACAGAGGAAGUCAAAAGAGGAUUUCUCAGUACUGUGUGAUGAUUGAUGAUGCUUGCCUGCAAAACAGCUACAGUGACAGAAGAAUGUGGUUACUGUCACAUAAAUUACAUGUCGACACCACCCUUUGGCAGAUUGACAGACGCUUGUUGUAGCCUGAUGAGUGCACUGUGUUGGCGUUUACGGAAACACUGCUUACACUAUUCACAAUAAUCUUAUAAUAUCAGACUGUGCAGGAAUUGAAAACUUUGAUAGAGGUGUGUUUUAAUAGUGACAUUUGUUUCUGUGUGUAGGUAUGUGUGUGUACUCUUAGAUGUUUGACAUGUUGCUUGUUAAGGUGACUGUCAGUGUCACUCAGAUUUUCUACAUUUUUUCUUCAAGAUACCAACUACAUGAGAUCAUAAACAGAAAUAGAGCCUAGCUUUAUAGACAAACAAGUGUCUGGACUGUUUUAAAUUUGUUCUCCAGUAUCACUGCUCCUGCAUCCUGCGCUCUCUCUCACACACACACAGGCAUACACACACUAACAAAUACACACAAAAACAUUCCUCUCGCAUGACGCCAGUUUUUGGACUCUGCACUACACAAGGAAUAAACUGCGCUCGACUCUAAGGAGAGGAUAAAUCAGACAUCUGCUAUCACUUCCCGGCUGAUAGGGAUUCAAAGUAGACUUGUUGAAAGUAUACAGGGGUUUGUGUUUGUGUGUGCAUGUCUGUGCUUGUGAUUCUCUGCUGCUUUAAGAGGGAGCUCAGCAAGCCUUAUAGUCUUCAUAAGUGUCUCUGUGUAUGUCCACGGGCAUUCUUGACCUCAUCAGGUUGUGACUUACAUGUAUCCCAUCAGUGUGAAACAAACCCGACCUGCGAAAAGUCAGCUGUCUAUGUACGCAUGAAUGAGCUUUUAAGAUUAAGCUCUUCACAACAGCUUGAAUCUGGAGUCUAACCUUGAAACCUGCCUCUUACUUCUCAUGUGCCGGCACUACAAAGCCUCAUUUCUCCCAGACUGGAGCAGCAGGAAUCGCCUCCUUGUUCCCACUGACCUCUGAUAUCUUUUCUGCUAUUUAUUUUCAGGCUCUGAUGUGAUGCAGUGUAUGUGGGUGGGGUGGCUCUCUGGGGGCCUCGGUCUGGCCCCCGUUCAUGUGAUCAGGCCCUACAUGGAGUGGCAUUUGGCCUGGCCCUGCGGGGCCCCGUCUGGGAGCAGAGAGCUGAUCUGCAGCCAGCCUGGAAUGCCAGACAUUUGAAGUCAGACUUGUUAAAAAAGAAUGAAGGGUGGUAGGAGUUUGGUCAAAUAGGCCCGUGUCUAAAAUAGCCCACAGACUUUGUCCGAGAGGGAGGGAAAGAAGACAAAGCGGCUUCCUGUAAGCUGACAUUAGGAGAGGCCAUCCCACCGACCUUUGCUCAGAUAGACAAGAAGAGAUAAAGUUAUUAGCCAUGUGCUGGUUGUGUUUUGAGUGGCUUUUUGUCUGUUUCUUUCCUGUCUAUCAACCGGACUCAUUCAGCAGAUUUGGUCUUGAAACCCACCUACACGGUUUUAAGAAGAUUCUGGCAUUCACUGGAGUUUUCAUAACAGGAUUUGUUUUUUGUUACAAACAGAAUCGAAUGACACUUAAGUGCACUCUUAUACAAGAAAUAUUAUCGAAUGUAAUGGUGUUUAUACUGAUCAAUGAUGCUUCUAAAUAUAACAGAAAAUCAGGCUGUUUGUCUUGUACCCCCUUUUGUUUUAAGAGGUACUUCAGUAUGUUUUGUUUUUGAGUGUUGUGGGAGAUCAGUUUAUGAUUCGAUUUUCAUAUUUCCAGCAUCUCUCCACUUCUAUUUUAAUCCUGUGAGAUUUCUGUUUGUGCACAUGGCGCUGCAGUUCCAUGCCCUUAUGUGGACAGUAAAGGGGCGUAGACCUACGCUGAUUGGGAAUAUUUAGCAAGAGCCUGAAAGUGCAGAGGGUCACACUUUGGUGGUGGUAAACUACCUUAGUAGUCACAGCUGCCCUGGGGCAGACUGACGGAAACGUGGCUGCCAUUCUGCGCCUACGGCCUCUCCGACCACCACCACACAACACUCACAAUCAUACACCAGUGGAUGCAUUACAUUCAUCAAUUUCAGAGCACAAGUGCAAAGAAUUCAGAACCUGUUCUUAGACCGCUCUUAAAAACCUUCUUAAGCACAAAUUUAAGAAACACGUCAAGAAGAUGCGGGUGAAUGAGGCCCGUUGUGUCUUAAAAGUGCUUGCCUGUGUGUUUGUGUCUGGUUAUGCAGUUGUGUGCACAAUGAAAUGCCUGUGUCACACUGGUUCAGUAGUUCAGCAGUGAUCACACCAGGGAGUUGACGCUGCACUUGGGGGAAUAGAAAAACUCAUGACACAGUGACAGAUGGAGGAUGCUCUAUCUUUUCUUCUUUUUCUCUCUGUCUCCAGAAAUAUCUAAGGUCUUGGAUGAUCCAUUUUUCAGUUCUCAAAUUCCCUCUCUGAGUUGAUAUUUCUCCCAAUCGCUCUCUCUCUCUCUUGUUGAAUUGUAUAUCCUUCUUUACUUACUUUGCCUCACUAACUCCCUCAUUUACUCACACACUGCACACUCAGCUCUCAUCACCUCUUUCCUCGUCCCUCUGUCUCAAGGGGCUGUUUUACUGGUGUCCCAGCUAUGAGCUUAGCUGGGCUAUGGAUGUCAAUUACAGGACUAUGAUAUGGCCCCUGCUGCAUUAUGCAUGGAAGUGUCCCACCGGGGAAAAAUGGCCUACAGCCAGGAAUGAUAGAUGGAGAGAUGGAGGGAUGAAUAAUGGAUGGAGAGAUGGAGGAGCAAGACGACUCUGCAAUCUGUGUCUCACCCAAAUUGAAGACUUUCCCUGGCACACACCUCUGAAGCUGCAGGCCAAGUCACCCUGGGUGACUCAGAGUCGUGAGGUUGUCGUGUGAGAAGGCACAGGAGGGCUUUAAUCACUCUUUCAUUUCGAGCGUUAAAACUCGAUGGGGUACCACCAUCGCAAAGGUCACCUUAGGUCUUCUUCUGUUACUCUACACGCAGACUGUCUUACAUCGAGAUUACUCUUGUUUGUUGCCUCUGGACAUAAAUCAUAACACAGUUUGUCGGGGUUUGUUUUUUUUGCGUAAUUUUCCCCUGAAAAUACUGCAUGAAUGCAAUCAAGAGCAGGAAAUAUUAACAGUAGAGUCUAAAAUUUGUAUUUGGCACCUAAUUAAGUGUCAGAGAUUGUUAAUCCAUUCCUUGAAUCUAUUUUGAACAGCAUGACUAAAACAGAAGAGCAGACAGUUGAUCUUUAUUACAACCAAAGGGCAAUUUGUCGCACAGCUAGCAGUUAAUUAAAAAGCUGACUGAGAUUACAAACAUCAAAUACAGACACGAGACAGGCCCAGAUUAAUAUGUUCUUCAGUAACCAAGUUUAAACAAAAAAACUGCAGCCAUAAACAUCAAGUCAAACACCAGAAAAUAGUAAAUAACAAUGAUGAAGAGCCUCAUCUUGAAUCUGAAAUAACCCUUUAACAGCACCUCAAUGUCUCAGUUGUUGAGAUAGAAAACUAGGAGGGUUUUUGUCUCAUCUGAAGUACCAUCUGCUCUCAGACGCCGCAUUAUGCCAUGAUUCACUUUCUUUAUAGCAGCAAAAUUAACGAAGGAAUGAACAGAGACUUUUAAAAAGUUCCAGAGUGAUGGUAACUGCACGUCAUGGUGAUCAUUUUAGCUCACUGUUGCUGGCCUGAGUGUAGUCUACACAGAGAGGAAGAGAGAGAGACACUCUUCUGCUGCUAGCAGUGUGAUGAUUUUGUACAAAAAUAAAGAACAAUACCACGAUAAAUGACUACGUAUCCCAGAUUUUUAUCGGUAAGUCAUCACCAAAGUCCUGCCUGGGGGAUGACAUAGCAGGAUUUUUUCAAAAGAUCCAGCCUUCAAAAGAACUAGCCUUUGUGGUGUGUUUAGACUGCUCAGGCUGACCAGAAAAGAGGCAGUCUAGUCUUUAGGGGAAUUCCUGUUUGUUUAACCCCGUGAUUCAGCUCUCACACUUGCGUCAGUUGGAGAAAGCUCCAUUGCCUCGCAACAGGUAGCUGGCUAGAAAACUUGCUGACAUACUUACUGUCACGUAACCAUUAAUGCUAUCAGUUUUAGGAUAACCUUAACUUUUAAGGCACUUUUGUGUUGCCUAUAUUAUCACCUGUAACAGGAUUAAAAGUGUAUUACUCUGCCACUGAAGAGUCCCCCCUUCUUGUAUGAAUUGGUGCCCAAAGAUUCACAGAGUAUGCAUUCUCUGUGAAAAAAACAGAUGCUUUUAUUUGCCUCAUCUGCAAGAGCCUACAAAAUAGACUGCCUUCUAAGUGACACUGUGACCCAGCUUGUCAUGAAAUGAGCUCCUUUGAGGGUGAAGCCCUUGGACUGGGACUCUUGUUGGGGAACUUACAGAUACUUCCUUCCUAUGAUCAUUACUUUAUCAUUUCCUUGAAGUAAUAUUCAUCAUAAUAAUCAAUUUGCACUGCAGAUGUGAUUGUUCUUCUGCCUUAACGUCUCAGUCUGAUUUCAUUUCCAUGAAGUAAUGAUCAUAAAUGUUCUUCCUUGAGCUGCGUAACCCCGCAGCAGUCAGUGAUGGACUCAUCUUAGGUCUUCCUACUAGCAAGCGGCUGCUGGAAGAGAGUAGGUGAGUUGUUUUUGGUCUUUUUGCUAAAGAAAUCAGGCAAAGCUAAAAAGAUGUUUGGUGGCUAGUGCUGUGUCUAGGACCCUAUAUGUACCGUUGAUGAAGUUAGAUGCUGUUCUGAGCGUUAUUUGUGGCUAUAAAGUGGCGUUUUGGUUGAGGUGCGCCUGUGGAUCCAUAGACCGCUGUGUAUUGCUAUCGUGUGGUCGUUAUUGAAGUUGGUACAACUAGAGAAGCAAGCGGUUGGGGGUGUCUAGCUCGGUGUUACGGUGUGUUUGGCCCUAACUUAAUUACCUUUAUAUCCCUUUAAGGAUCAUGUCUCUGAACUUGGGGCAGUACCAAAACUUAGAUGUAGAAUUUUCUCAGAAGACGUACUUCAGAGUUAUGCUGACAUUAAAAGAUGAGAUGAUGAGCUGUGGAAACAUCCAAAAACAUUAUGUAAAUGAUUUCAAAUAAUAUGUGAUGAAAAGAUUUGAAGGAUUAGAAGCCGCACAAUGUCUGACAGAAUUAUCACUCAGUGCUUGAUUGACUAUAAUUGGCACUUUAAUCAAGCUUCCCUAAGCAGCUUUAUUUGUCUUGCAAGUCGCAUUUAGUAAUUUGCAAACAGAAGAAGUCUUCAAGAGUUGUGCAAUUAAGGGAGUUUUUUUCUUGUACAGUAGUGUCCAACAACAGAACUGAAACUGUUUUUUCAUAGUCAGAGGACAAGCAGUCAUCCCACAGCAUGUCAGUAGAUUCAGAUCAGAUGAAAGGUGCACACACAUGUGCAGGUGCUACAUAUUCAUGCCUGUUUUUGUGAAUUUUCCUGUGCCUGUAGCCCUGACACGUCCCUGAUGUCAACUAAUGUCAGUCAGUGUUGCAGUGAGUGUGAAAGAUGCUGUUGUUAUUCAUCCCCUCCGUGGUGGGAUGACACUAUUUGUCACUGUAGUGAUGGAUUCCGCACCCCUCAGAGGAGCAUGUGCAAGCGCCGUCUCCGAAAGGCUGUCUUUGUGUUUUCCACUCACUCACACACACAUAACGCACUGCUGGAGCUGACAACAAAGGCAUGCUUAUCCAAUUGUAGGGGUAUAAGAUUAGGCUACAAAGAAACCCAUAAGGCUAAUGUUAGCAUCUCCUGCUCCAGUGAGGCCCUUUGUUUGUGUAAUCAGGAAAAACAUGGGAUUAGAUUUGAGAUGCUGUCUCGGAAAUUAUGCCCAUAAGACCCCUAUUGUGUGAUGUUGACAUGUUACUAAAUAGCAGAAUGCGAGGCUUGCCCCCUAUCUGAUAAAACAAUCCUCAGGGAAAUUAAACAUAGUCGCACUCUUCAGAUAUCCAAUUUUGUUUUCCUAUAAAACAGCCUGCCUGGAAGACCCUGACCUAACCUCUGUUUUAGUCAGUGUUUUUCUUUAAAAUUGACUCGUCACUAUAAUUAGAUUAUGGCGAGGAAAGAAAAUAACUCUGUCAUCUGAUGUUUUAAGAUCCUAAUCUUGCCUUGAUGACAUGAACUCGUAUUACAAUUUACCGCCGUUUAUUACAGGCAGCAGCAUGUGCUUCUAUUGUAGCUGUGGGAGUACACUGUGAUCCUACAGGUGAAGUAAUUGUGGCUUCUGUGUCAAAGCUGUUACAAGAAGCCCCACUGUUAAUUGAUUUACCAAAAGAAAACCAGAGACUGCAUUUAGAAUGGACACCAUCUGCCUCCCUGCUGGCCACUCUGAGAACAGCACACUCUGGUGGCAGGCUGCAGUAUAGGUCAUAAGUCCGGCCUCCUCCAGCAAUCCCUAUGGAGCUGUGGACAAACUUUAGAAAUUUAUUACACAGAAUAUAAAUUUUUCUUCCCCCUGCUUGCAAUGUUGACAUGUAGUUACUGCAAGAGUAGUUUGGGCUCAAGUCCUCUUUUUUCUGUGCAGCUCCGUUUUUAAAAGUUAUUAGGGGGUUCAUGUUUUCUUUGAUUAACAUUUGAUACAGCCUAUGGGCGUAUGAAGAUUGCGUUGCUCACCCGAGGGAUACGCUGUUUGAACAGAGCGUCAUCACAGCGACUCUCGGCCACUCUACAAUAUAAUACUACUGCACAGUGUCAGUUUCAGGAAAUAAAGAAAAAUCGCGGAAAUACCGAGAGCUUUUCAGCUUCAAAUCCAUAUACUGGGGUAAGGUGGAACCAAGUUGUCCAUAAUAUAUACAGUCUAUGAAGAAAACACUGUAACAUGUGGUUUAUGGCACACUUACAUAAAGUUAACAUGAAUCUAUAAUUUGAAAAAUAACAAAAUGAAGUAAAAGUCAGUAUUUAAAGUCAGGAUUGCUUUUUUAUUGAACAGGUGGGGUGGUUCAGCUCUUUGUAAAACUCAUCUCUGUUGGAAGUGUGAGAUUGCCAUAAAUUGUGUCACCAGUGUAAGGUCACAACUGACCUGGACGUUUAAUAUCUAGAGAGUGUGAAAGGAAUUCUAGACAGUCCUGUUUUGUAUGAGCCAGGAGAAAAAGAGAGAGGGAGGGCAUUCAUUUUGCACCUCUGUGACCUCUUUCUUGUUCUCCUGUUGAAGAAUAGUCCGGACUCUCACGCACAGUCCGACUUAAACCCUCUCGGGGGCAGCCACAGCCUGUUACGUAAGGAAGGACUGAAGAAUGCUCCACUAAAGUUUUCAGCCGUGACCUUGGCUUUGACUGAGCUCUCCUGUUAGCAGGGGUUAACAGUCACAUGUCCUACAUUCUUGUGUCUAUGUAGAGCUGAACAUAAGUAUUCAAUGUUCAAGACAGUAUUAAACAGUAUUAUUGAUUGCUGACAGGAAUGGAAGGAAUUUAAAAUGGCAAAUCUGCAUGAGUUAUCACCUUAAGCCACAUGGGAAGGGUUGUGUGUCUGUCAGCCACCUUUAAGGUCUGGUUUAACUUAGUCCAGGAACAUUUUGGUUCCCUGGCAAACCAUCCUUUAAGUGAGCUUUCUUCUUGUUUCACCAAAAGGUUUGCAUUCCUGAAAUGCCAAUUAUAAAAAGUGAAAACUACUGGGUGGAUUGCUAUGAAAUCUGUUUUACCCAUUUGUCUAUUUUGUCACAAGAUGAUUCUGUUAACUGUGGUGCUUCCUUUAGCUUUUCCUCAGUUGAAGUUUUAAGUUGUCCUGAAGAUGGAUGGAUGGAUGGAUGGAUGGAUAGAAAUCAGUCCAUAAUCUGGUUUGUUACUUGAUACCUCACUAUAGCUAAUGGCAUUCCUAUCAGCCCUAGCUGUACUCUGUGUAUUUUGGGCUGUAAAUGGACUGUGUUUGAAUCGCGCUCUCUCCUCUAUUUUCUCACAUUACACUUCUCAUACACCCAUUUGCACCUCAUUCACACACAAACGGCAAAGGCUGCUAUGUAAAGCACCCAUCAGAAUUAACUAAUCCCAUUCACACACCAAUGGGUGCAGCCUGCGUGGGCACUGUGGGGUUGUGAGUCUUGCCCAAGGGCACUUCAGCAUGUGGACAGCAGGAUCUGGGAUCAAAUCAAAUGUCAACCUCCAGGCCUGAGAAAUAAAGCAGAUGCAGAGGUGCUAAAAGCUAAACUUUCUCAAGUGUUUGCUUGAGGCUGGCUCUGGUAGAACCAUGAACCACAGACACACUUGUUCGUAAAAGCUUGUAUAUACUGCAAAAAUGAACAUGUCUGCAACCUGGUAAAAAAAAAAAAGGAUUUUUCUCUGAAUAAGUGCUCUACCCACAGAACUUCUAUGGAGAGUGACUGUUUUUAUAAUUCAUUAGCGUUUUUUGUGUUUUACACAGUCUCUAGAUCAAACCCUCACCUUGCUGACUAAACGACAACCAACUCUACCACUGAGUCACAGCCGUCCUUUUUGUUGCUCAUCAGUAAAUUAAGCAAGCAUCAACAUGUUAGCAUUAUAAUUUGACCUUGCUUAAAGCCUCUCGGUGCUGCUUGUGCUCUCGCUUCUGGAUCUGAUGUUAAGAUUAGACACUAUUUUCAUUUGAUAGUUGACAUAAUUCUGAAAAACUGUCUAAACCAGUCACAGUCUAGAAAGACGUGGACGCCUAAUGGUGGAAUAACUUAAGUGACACAUGCUGAAUCUCAAAGGAAAACACGUAGGCUCUUGAAGUUAUCAGUUAUUUGAUUAACCAGAUUUGUUAUUUGCGGCUGGAGCCUAUACCAGCAUCUUCGGGCGAAGGCAGGGGACAACCUGGACAAGUCGCCAGUUCAUCACAGGACUGACAUAUAGAGGCGAACAACCAUCCACGCUCACAUUCACACCUACAGGCCAAUUAACCUAACCCCACUUCUGCAUGUUUUUGGGAUGUGGGAGGAAACCGGAGUAAACCCACACAGACACAGGAAGAACAUGCAAACUCCACACAGAAACGCCCUGACCCGGAUUCGAACCCAGGACCUUUUAAUUUUUCAUGUUUUUAUUUACAAUGAGACUCCCGCAGUGCCAGAAUUUGUUAAAUGUUAGACUUGAGUAACUUUGAUCAAUCACUCAACCUCUAUUCAUAUAAAGCCAAAUCUAUAUUGCGUUAGGCAUGUCACAACAUUACUGCAGGGUAGGGGUGGGAAUCACUAGUGGCCCCACGAUACGAUAUUAUCACGAUACUUGGGCCACGAUACGACAUUAUUGCAAUUUUUAACAUUUUGAAUACAGUGAGUAUUGCGUUACAAUAUAUUGUGAUUUAUACAAUUUUUUCAACUGUUUAGCUAAUUUAGUGUUUGACUUCUCUUUAUGUUUGUCUUAUUUACGCUGUAUUUCAUUUUCAUGUAGCAUAUCUUGCAAACCUUAUAUAUAUUUGUUGCACUAACUUUCUCCUGCUCUAUUAUGUCACCUAUGCCAACCUCAGUUGAUUUUAUUUUUCCAUUAUCAUAGAUUUGACUUCAUAUUAACAAUUAAUUUGAAAAAAUCAAUACUUUGUAAAUGAGACGAUACGAUAUAUCACCAGACAAAACAUCGUGAUACUAUGCUGUAUCGAUUUUUUCUCCCACCCCUACUGCAGGGACUGAGAUUGCGUUGGAAUAGCUGAGCCUUGUAUAUGAUGAAUUACUUGUUAUAAAAGUGGUGAGAAUCUACAGCAGAAGUGAUUGAAUGUCAUAUGAUUUUUACACCUUUUGCUGGCAACCUAUGUGUAUCCUUUGUCAGUAAAUCUUUAUGGGUAUAGCUCUUUAAAAAAUUGAAUACUUAAGUUUUACUUCUUCUUUAAAAUGUUGGAAUCAUUUCAUAUAAGAAGAAAAUCCCAGCCUUCAUGAAAAAACUUUUCCUACUACACAACCUCAUUUUCACAGAAAACUCAGCCUUAGAUUCAUCUGACAGAGUCGUACGCCUGUGCCAAUCCCAUUUUAGCAGCACAGUAUUCUCUGCUGCCAAGUUUAAUGUGCAGUAAAAGACGCCUUCCAAGCCUCAUCAAACAAGAAAUGUACUUUCUUGAUUGUGAAGAGAGGAAAAAAUGAGGGGAAAACCACAGUCCAACAUAUCCCUUGUUAUUGAGAUAUCUGAAAUGGAGAUUAGGGGAAACUAUUAUAUAUAGAAUGGCAUUUACACACUCACAUUUGAUAACAUUUAUCCUGGAAUUUAACAUCUCGGGGUCUUUGUGUUCAUUUGUCUAUUGUGAAGUGUGCACACAAACAUGCAGAAAUACUGUAUAGUCAAGAUCAUUCUCCUCUCUGGUGUUAUUGAAAUUGUAAUAAAUACUUCAAAGCUCCUUCGGUAUGUCAUUUAGCAUGUGAAUGUUUGGCAUAUUUUAUCUGUUUACAGGGGCGCACAGAAGGAAACACUUCUCACUACAGCUACAAACACUUGAAAUGAUCUUUAAAUUUGAUCAUGAGUAGAACCAUGUGUUGAACUUCUUUGUGUAAGGGUGUGAGAGGUAAAUCUCUGUUAACAUAACUGCUCAAUAAAUCAGUCAUGAAUAUUUAGCUAAAACAGAUGCUUGCAGUUUCCUUUAAAUAUCCUCAUUCGUCAAGCCUUUGGUUUAAGUUUUUGUUUUCAUCUUUAUAAAGAAUUUAGUUUUAAAUCAUCGUACACUGUAAAAAAAAUAAAAAUAAUGACAGCUUAGAAGAAAUCUCUUAUUAGCCGCCGUGUGUUGAAUUCGUGUUUAGAAACAAAGUCAAAGAGAAGGAGUGGAAACUAAAUCUGACCUUUCUUACUCACCACAACAGCUGGGAAAACUUUAUGUGUUUAUUUAAUUCCUUGUAUAUUUUUCACCUAUCUCUGCCCAGUUUUGGGAUCACGGUGUUCUUGAUGACUAAGCUGCCCUCUUGCUAACAUAAUUUAGAAAAAAGAGAAAGGGAUGGGCAGUGAGUGGCUCUGACGCUCAUUAGUACGCACACAUGUUGGUUCUUCUAGCAUGGCGUGUUCAGGCUAAAUUUCCCCUAAUCAUAGGUGUGGAACAUCGCAUUAGUCACUCUUUCAUCUUUGUAGAUGCAGUACAUCUUUACCCCGUUUUUCGUAACCAGUGUUUUUUUUCCCCUGUAAUCGUCCCCAACUUUAUUAGUUUUCGUCCUACAUCCUGUAACGUCUCUAUCAUAAAAGUUUUUUUUGUCCUUCACAUAUUCCUGUCUCGGUAUUACGAUUUUUAUUCAGCUUUGUCUCGCCUUUUCAUUUCUCCUUCCCAGCCCCCACAUUAUUUUCCUGUCACAGAGUGUGUUGGGCACUGGGCGUCCUGGUUCUGAGAAGAACAGCUUUUCUCUGAGUGGGUCCAGGAUUUGCCACGAAAUCGCUCACUCCUGGUUUGGUUUGGUUAUUGGAGCCAGAGACUGGACGGAGGAAUGGAUCAGCGAGGGCUUUGCUACUUACCUAGAGGAUAUCAUCUGGGCCAAAGCACAACAAGUAAAGAGUAACUGAUGCCUGAGGAUUGAAGUUUACCACAGAAAAGGAUCAUAUUUAGGCUGCCCAUUUGGAACAGAACAAACACCUGGAUAUAAUAACAUGAUCUUUGUGAAACAUAUUAAAUUCAGUUUCCUCAUUUACUGUUGUAGUCAGGACUCGAUUCAAGUAGAUUUGUCCAUUGUAUUUUUGCCAUUAAACUACUUUGUAAAGACACUGUUCCAAGUUUUAACGCAAUAAAGGCCCAAAAUGAAGAAAAAUCAACAACUCAAAAACUUUAAAUGAGUUUGCCAAACAGAAGAAAAGAGCAAAGAGAUCCUCGCAAACCUUAGAAGGACCAACCAAACCUAAAUUUUUUGACUUACAAAGAAGUAAGUAGACAACACUGAGUCACCUAAGUCAUGUAAAAUAAUCUCCUAAUUUAAAAAAUGAACAAUUUAAAAAAGGAGAUUACAGUUCAGGAGGAAAAGAAAAGCUCCAAAUGUCCUCUAAUUAAUGUCUGUUAACAAGGAUACCUGUGGGGGGAAACAAGAUUAACAACAGGACAAAGAAAAAGGGUGUAGUUAUUGGCAGGAAUCUGUUGCUUGCAACACUAACUGCAGCUUUAAUCAGGGAGUUGACAUCUUUACGGAUCUAAUCCUCCUACUUACUUUCCCACACCGUCUUGAAUUACACAAAUGUUAUUCUUGUGUCUGCGCUGUUGCAUCAUGUCACCUUUUAGACAUGAGCUCGGCUGAUGAAAAAAAAAAAACCCUGAACUGAGCAGGUCUGCUAUAACUACUAAAAUCAACAAGACAGAGAGAGACAGAUCUACUUUUGUGGUGUGGAUUUGAUUAUGUCUUUCUAUUUUUGCUGAUUGUAUCCACCAUUCUUAAUUUUUCCUCCUCUGGUUUUCUCUGCUGUGCCCUAAUCUCUUCUCCACAUCUCUCUAACUCUUCGUGUGCCUCUCCCUGCAGCUCUCCUUCCAAGAGACAGCAGAGCAGUCUGACCUGAAGGCACUUCUGAGGUGGAGACGACUCUCUGAUGAGCUGCAGAACUCAGAGGAAGCACUUCAAAUCCUCAGGUGUGUAUUUCUCAGACAGGGACAUCUACCUUUACUAUGGACUGUUGUUGCCUCUAUACGGAAAAUUGCCCGUACUCAUAAUGCAUCAGUGAGAAUGCAUAAACCAGACCAUAUAGUCAUAAAAUUUACCUUUAGUACAAUUGGAGAUUAUUCUUUAAACAACCUUCUGAGUGCGACAGAAAAAGUCAUAGAGUUUGUGUCAAUAGUACACCCUAUGUCGUUUGUUAGUUCAAAGUAGACACUUGUAAUUCUCACCAAUUCAAGCUGAAUAAUAAACUUCAGCAGUGCCUGCAAUGCCACACCUAAAGCACACAUAACUGGACAAAAAGAUGAUCCCUAAAUAGGCUGACUCAUCGUUAAGAAACCAAUGUUAAACCACAAAACAUUUCCUAUACCUGCCACAAUGACUAACCAUACAUAAUGAAAUGCCGUGCAACAUAUUUCAAAACAGGGGAAGCAAAAAUGUGAUUUAAGUUGCGGUAUUUUUCAAUUUUUCAUCAAGUUAAGAUACCUAAUGCUCGUUUUAAUUUGUGUCUGCACGUGCAGACGCACACGUGAGCUUGAGGUUCAUGCAUUCCAGGGGUACAGGUGUGGCAGGUGUGGCGAGUAUAUCCCUGUGUACUGUGCUGUCAUGUCUGAGAAAAGCCCUGCACACAUGCACGGCGAGAGCACGCAAACACACAAACUCCUCAUCUGAUACCGACAAUGUGGGACCCACACCCUGUUUGUUUUACCCAGGGUGGAAGCACAGUGUCAUCAGGGGAUUAAAGGUAUAAAACCACGCCUGGAGUUAACCGUUUAAGGGGAGAAAUGUUAGCACUUGUCAGCACUUAAACUUUAAAAUUUUCUGCUGUGAAUACAAGAACUCAUUCUCUUUUUGUGCAGAUAACAUUUGUAGCACAGUGCUCUAUUGACAUUUAUUCUUGUAAGCCUUACAGCAAAUCAAUGACGUAUUGAUUUAAUGGCACUUCUGCUUGGCACUAACUUCUCACUGUGUCACUUAACUAAUAAUGUGUGUCAUCACACAAUAGAAAGCAGAAAUUUAAGAAUUUAUUUGUAAGUAAGAUUGCUUUUGGCUCUCUGACUAAUACAAGUUGUGUUUAUGGUAGUUCAGAGAAAAAGAGAUUAAAAAAAAAGACUUUUAAUGUGACAGGUUGACAAUGUGAAAUAGUAUAACUGUUUCCUAGUGCUUGAAUGCAAGUUAAGUGGUGUGUGUUUUGAUUAAAAAAUUUCACAUUUAAACAUGUAAAACUUGUGCAACUUGACUGAUUAUGGAUAUACUGUAUCUUGUGAGAGGAAUCUGUCUGUAAAUUAAGGGUUAAACUUGAACUUGAGAACUGUGUCUGUCUGUCUGUCUGUCUGUCUGUCUGUCUGGCAGUCUACCAGGGUGUUCCCCUAUGAGGCAGACACAUGGGCGGUUUGGAGGAUCAGGAUUAGGUUUCUCUGCACCUGACAGGGUUAAAUCAACAACAUAAAACUAACAUCUGAAAAAUGCAAACAAAACAUGCUCACACACAUACACUGACUACAUGCCUGUACUCACUGAUGCAUACAUUUUGACUGAUUAAGUUACACGGAGACAAAUUUUUAUUGAAGAAUGGCACGCAAGUAAAAGUCAUUUCUAAUCCUUGCGACUCUUAUAUCAGUGUUUAACAGCACCGAGGUAUAUGGGAACCCUGUUAGAGCUUUAAUACUUCAGAAUGGAGGUAGUCUGUGGUUCUGGUGAAGCAUUUACAACAAAUGAAUAGACUAGUUUUCUCUAAUAUCAGUGCACAUGAGGGAUUUCUGCAUGUAUGUUUUAGUUGAACUGAUGUUUAUGAUGAUAAUUGUUAAUUUGCUAUCAAGUGAGUAAUGUCAUGGUGUUUUGACAGAUGGUUUGGGCUUUAUAACUGCCAAAUAUUCUGCUAGAAAUCUCCCUGAGGGACCUGCAUAUUUAUUUGAACAUAUCUAUUAACAACUUAAACAAGGUGACCAUGACUUCUGUUGACAUUUCUGUCUUCCUUCAGCUCACUCUCUCCUUCAGGCUUUGCAGUUGACACACUUUUAGAAAGAAAUGAGGCAAAAGUCACAACCUUUGACUUUUUGCCUGUUAUUGUCACCUCUACUUAUAGUUGGAGUUACUUUGUUGGGAAUCUAGAGGAGCACUCAUCAGCUCGUAUACUGUUGCCUGGAUUACAGGACAGGUUCUUGCUCCACUUUCACCGAUCAGAGAUGUUGGGGCCCAGUAGCUCCUCAGGCUUCUUUUGCUCAAGCUCAAUAACCGUCAUUAUCCUCUCAACGUCAAGACCAGCCUGAGGCAGAAAGAAACACAAUAGUUGGAUUGCUAAUGGGAGCUAAUGUUUUUGCCACAGUGUCAACAGGUAGUGGUAAAAUGUGUAGAGUUCUUUUUUAGCAGAUUGAUUUGUUCAGGUUUCUACACAAGUAUGGAAAUAAAUUUGAUCAAUUUCGAGGUCUUAAAAAGCAUGGAAAAUGAAAAAUAAAGUAUGGACAUUUUUUUUAUUUUUUUCAGCGUAUUACCACAGUUCUGAAAUACCGUUUUCUACAAUAGAAAAGUAGGUAUUACUAAAAAUAAUUCUAAAACGUAGAGUAUGGAAAAGUAUGGAAAUUCUAACUGCGUAGGAACCCUGUUUGUGUGAUCAGGUCGUCAUUAGAGCUGCUUUUUACCAUUGUUACACAGUUAUGACCAAUCAGAACCAAGUAAUUCACACAGCUGGUAAAUGAAUUUUAACAACAUAUUAUGUUUUGCAAUGAUACUUCAUCACUUCAAAUACCUAAAAUUGAAUUGUAGUAAUAGCUGAAGAAGCUGAAGUUGCUAUUGAUGGUAAUCUUUCUUAUGUUUGCCUUAUUAGGACACGUAUUGAUACUAUAUCAGGAACAAAAAAAAAAAACCUCCUGACAUUGAUGCUUACUUCGGCUUCAUCCCCCAGACUUAAAUCAUAGUUUGACUGCUAUUCCAUUUUCUGAUGUGGUCCAGACAGCAUGCUCGUCCAAAUCCUGAUGUGGCUCCACCGUUCCUCAUUAUAACUGUGGGAUAACAACAUGGUAUAAAUAAACAUAAACUGGCUGUCACAAUGCACAGAGACAUUUCAGAGGAGCUCAUGAAGGGAAAGAAGAGAGCAAAUGGGAUGUACCAGGAGAUAUUUGAAAACUCACCAGUAAACACACACAUACACGCACACACACACACAAAAGGCUAAAUGGCAGAUUGUGCUUGCCAAGUUCAGUGGGUCACAAUCGACACCCCCCUGAUCCAACAGAGGCCCCAGUGGCCAGCGUUUAUCAGACCAUUUCAGAUGAGUUAUAUUUAGGGCAGCCUGGGCCAGACGCCAUUCUCCCUGCUGAUUCACUGGGCUGCUGGGAGUACUGCUCUACCUUAUCCGGUUUCCACAGUCAACCCAGUGUAAUUUGUCAGGAUAUAGCUCUCGGAGCUAUAAACCUCUGCGUGUGCACGCAUGUGUGUGUGUAUGUGUACGUUUCACAUUAAGUUCUGUCAGUAAUAGCUUCUGAUUUCCUCCCGCUCUUUCUUUCUUUCUCAAUCUCAGACACACCCAGGUGUAUGCAUGGCAACGCACACACGCACAUACACACACAGACAAACACCCUCCCUCUUACACACAUGCCCUACAAGUCAGAUAAGAGCACCAUUUAUUCUACAAUACAUUGAGCUAUUGUGUGAUUCUCCAAGGCAGCGAGCAGCAAUUCCUCUUAAAGCUGCAGUUAAUCAUCUCUGACAAAGAGAGACGGCGAAAGACAAGGAUUUACACUUCCAUACAUCCCUACUCUGGACAGUAGGAAGGGUGGAGUUCCUUUGUCUAACACAGCAGUGAUGGAUCAACAUUUUUCCUCACUGUGCUUUGCUGCUGGUAUCUCUGACAUGUGUGCAGACACUUUUUCUCCUCUGGAAAUACAUGUUCUGUCAUUGUUUUUGUGUCUUGCCCAAGUCCCUUUUUUCUCUUUUUUACUUCUCUGUCAUAGUUAGACACACACCAAUACAGUCACACACACAGUAUUUUCCCCAGGAUACAACCUGUCCUGCUGUCUUAAAAAGAGUCUAUUUCAUGUUAUCAGCAGUAACAGACAGGCACGGGCACCGCAGGUAGGAGAGCAAUAAUGCAGAUUUGGCCGGUAACCCCCCUCUAUUUCACAAAUAUACAAAACUGCUCCCUCUGGCUCAUAAUAUUGACAUGCUGCCUUUAUUUUCAGACACUAAGCAUCAUAAAGUGUUCCAAAAAUAGGCUCGCUGUAGCGAUUUUCUCAGAUAUGCCAUGCACAUGCACUACAGGAAGAAACACCCUCCUUUGCAUGAUGAAACAGUGUCCAGACAAAUUUAGAAAUUCCAGGAAGCUGAUGUCUUCCUUUCUGUGCGGAGCAAACCAAACAUUCCUGUCAAUCUCCUCUCCUCGAUUUCUCCCACACUUCUGUCCUCUCCUCCUCGUCUUGUCCGACACUCUUCUAUAUUUUUACCCCCCUCAUGUUCCAGCUCUGCCGGACAAGGGCUCAUAGAGAUCAAAUAUUUGACUAGCUUGUCGCUCACAGCUGAACCCUUACUAGAAAGAGUACACAUUGAUGCUAUGAAUCAUACAUGAAUCAGUGCGAGAAAUGGCUUUGAGUGUGUGCUUGUGGUCUCAUUGCUCAUUUGUGUAUAUAUAUGUGUGUGUGUGUGUGUGCGCGUGUGUGUGUCUGGCCCUGUCAGGAAGCGGCCCUGUGGAAAAGUGCUAGCCAGUGAUGAAGGGUGUAUUGAUUAGUGGGCCAGGCGCCUGGCGUAUCGACUUGGCAGGAGGGUGAUCCUUCAAGGCCCUCCUAUUGGCACACUGAGUUAAUCUGCUCAGCCUGAUCAAUAUGGGCUAACUGAAACUAUCAUUGCACAGCAUCCCACGUCAGGGCUGUGUUUGUCUGCCUUUUAUUGGUUUUAUGUGUCUUUGUUUGUGUGUUUAUGGAGGUUGAAGAGGUGAUUUGUAUCUGUGUGGCAGGAAAAAAAAAAAUCCAGAGCAUGCCUCCCUCCUUUGUGCCUGUGGAGGGGGAUGCUUUUUGUGUGGAAGUGUUAUACGUUCACUCAGUGAGUCAUGGGCAGUAAAGUCAGAGCACAGCGCUGUGAGGUCAUAUAAACAGUAUAGCAUGCUAUUAUAAAUCUGCAGCCUGAUUUCAAGCCUGCCACAGGCAAACUAUGGCAACUUGGCAACGUAUUCGCCAUUGAGAGGACCGGCUGGAGUGGCUGGAUUUAGUGUUGCUGACAGCGUAUUCCUGCUCUGCAGAAAUGUGGUUUUCCUGCGACUAAAAAAGUCUGUAAAAGAAGCGAAUAACAAAAAGUGCUUUCUCUAACUACGAAUGGUUCAGAUUUGACCUAGGUUGUAUUCAUUUUUGUUAAAUCUUUCAUAUUGCCUGUGCAGUGUUCAGAACAUUUUUUCUGUGUUUACAAAUGUUUGUACUUUUUUUUUUCAUUUGUGUAUUUUCAUUUCUUUGCUGUAUUUGUAUUUUUGCAGACCCAACACAGAGAACACUGGUCAGGUCAGCGAGUCUGGUGCCUCCACAGUUAAACAUGCCCUCAACCCUGACAAAGCCUUCAUGCAAGUCCACUACCUCAAGGUGAGAAAUGGAAGGGAAAGACAGGAAGGAAACCAAGAAAAUAGACUUUGGUAGUAGGAAUAGAAGGAAGGAAAAAGGAACUAAAAAAACAAAUCCAGCUUAAAAAACAAAUAAUUCUCGAGAGGUCUGCUUACAGCAGCACUUUUAGUGUUUGUAGAGGUCUCCUGCUUGUGUUGUCAUUGAUUGAUAACAGUUUUUUUUGUCUCCACAUGUCUCGUGCCAGGGUUACUUCCUUCUCAGGUUCUUGGCAAGUCGAGUGGGAGAGCAACAAUUCAUCAACUUUUUCCGUUUAUUUGUGAAGAAAUACCACGGGCAGCUCAUUUUGUCUCAGGUAGAGUUGUAUUUAAAAAAAAAACUAAUUUUCACUGAAUGACUAAACGAGGAAUGGUGUUGCCUUACAGCUCCAUGAGAAGCUGUUAAUGAAAUCUAAGCUCAGAUUUAAAGUGUUUUGAUGACCUGUCCCCGAGGCGCCGUGUUAUUUCCAUAAAUUAAUUGGAGGAUGACGUGAGCUUAAUUCGUUAAUUCUCUAGAAAGCUUUUCAAAUUCAUCAGCGGAGAUCAUUUAAGCUAGACAUACUGCGUGUUUAUUCUGCUGGGGCUAUGAAGCUGAGUAGUCACACCUGGACAUGUGUGUGUAAGCAUGUGAGUGUGUGACAUGUGAUGUGUUUCACCUGGCUCCUGUUUCUUCAGUGGCAGGCUGAGUCUUACCACUUAAUAAUGGAUGCUACAUCAACACUCUUUGACCUUGUACGCAUGACUUAAGAUCAGGUAUGCCUUUCUCUUUCAGUUUUUUUCUGCCAUCCACACCUCCCUCAAUGCCUCUUUCUCUUUCUCUGUUUCUUUUUUUUUUUGUUCACUUUUAACAGGAUUUCCUGCGAAUGCUGCUGAUUACCUUUCCCGACAUGGAGAGGUAUGUAAGAGGCUAUGAAUAAUGCUUCCAGUGUGAUUCAUGAAUAAUAAAAAAAAGAAGCUUGACGCAUUAAAACCACUUUGGUUUUCACUCAAGUAUUGGCAGCCUGGUUUCCAUUUCCAGACAAAUUAAAAAUAUGCUUUUCAUCAUUUUUCUUUUUGAACUAAGCCCUAAAGCAUUUUUUUUCUUACUCAACAGAUGUGCCUUGUUAGUAGAUUUUCUGUCAAAUACAUGAGUAUGUGUUGAUUUGGCCUCUGACUAACUUGUUCCUGCUGUGGAAACAUAGCCAGCAAAAGCUUCCAACACCAAUCCUGUUAAGAGAGCAGUCUCAUCCCCUCUCAUAUUAAUUGAAGUGUAAAAGGAUAACUGCUCCUCCUGCUCUCCUCCUCUCUAAUUUUCUCUCUUUCCCUGUCUGCGCUCGCUUAAUCAUUCAGCUCUCUAUUUCUCCUGAUUGCCUCAUUAACCUCUUCUUCUCCCUGUCUAUCUGUCCCUCUCAUUCUCCCUGUCUGUCUCUUACCUUUCUUAUCUUUUGUCGCCCCUCUCUCCCCUGAAUGUGGCCUUUUCUGCCUUUUUUUUCCCUGGCAUGUGGAGAGAGCUGCCGCUUUAGCAGGGAUUGAUUGAAUUAAACAGGGGGAGUUGGGGACAGUCAAUAUUUGAAUCUGAUGCCUCUUUCAGUAAACAAUCUGCUGGAGGAGUUGGGUUUAGGACGAGAAUAGAGGGUCAAAGGCACCUUGUUGAUAGGGUGCGUAUCCUUCCUAUUGUCCAGACUAAAUAGGAGAUAUUGUCUUCAUAACACAGAAACAUAAGAAUUAAAACAUUUUAAAAUCAAUGCGUUUACUUAUUUUCUCUCUGCGCUCCAAGAAACACAAGUUCUCAUGUAAUGAACUGUAUCCCCACUUGAAUCACAGUAUUUAAACAGAACGUGAAAAAACUUGUCUCCUCUGCUUUCGUGAGGCAUAAAGCUUAUUUCUAUCUAGUCUUUCUAUGGCAAAGUAUUUCAUAGGUGGUGGGAUUUUUUUCAAACCUUUUGUUUCCCACACAAGCCAAAUAAAUCCAAAUAAUCCUGUGUAAUCCGACUGUAUGAUGUGGCAGAUACUUAGUCUUUCUUUACCUCCCUUGAUUCGCCUCCACAUGCCGAGAGUGGAAAUUUUCUUAUGCGCUCAGUGAUGAAGUUUCAGUGUCCAAUUUAUAUACAAAUUGCUGCUUUGUGUGGAGUAAUAUCUCUUCUAUUAAACUGUAGACUGUAAAGAGGUUUUUAUGGGCUUCAAUUCACUGACAGACCUCUCUCCACCUGCCAGAGUUGCUAGAGAACAUACAAUAGGAAAUGACGCAGAAGACUUUACGAGUGCGUGGAAGAAGCAUAGUCUUGACCUUUUUUUUUAUACAGCAAAAUGUUGAUCCCUCUGAAACUGUUUAAACACUUGAGCAGGAUUGUGGCUCUUUGUUGGGCACUCUGUUCCAAAGUUAAACAUUUCAACUUUGAUAUUAAAUAGUUUUCCAUUAAAAUCUGGCACAGAUAUCUACACUCUUGGUUUUUUAAAAUCAGCCUUUCAGUAGUAGAUGGAGCAAAUUGCCUCCCAUGUUAGUUGAACCCAGAGCUGAGCUGUAAAAGCUGAGUUGACAUCCAUUCAGAUGGCCGUUGCAGAAGUCUUCUUUUACUUGAGAUACCGAUCAAUUAUAAUAAUAAUAAUAAUAAUAAUGAUAACGUUUAUUUAUAUAGCACCUUACAAAAUCCGGAAAGAUAAACAAAGUGCUUUACACAUUUCAAAUACACAAAUACAGGAAAACAAUAAACAAUAAAAAAAAGUAAGAGAACACAGAAACGAUCAAAUUGCAAAAGUAGUUCAGCGGAUAGAGAGUUCCAUAAUUUUGGGGGCACUAUGGAAAAGGCACGAUCCCCCCAUUGUUUAAAAGUUGAAAAAGGAACCUCCAACAGGGGUAGUUCUGAGGACCGGAGGGCUCUACUGUGUUGUGCAGUAGAACAGAUAUACUGGAACAAGACCAUGGAUAGUUUAAAAAGAAACAUUAAAAGUUUAAAAAUGAUCCUGAAUUUAACCGGGAGCCAAUGUAGGGAGAGAAUGAGUGCAUAACUUGCAGUAGAUAGCAUGUUUGAAGCAGCUGAUUGGAGUACUAAAUUGAAGGAAAGUCUGUAGCUCUGUGGAUGGAUGGGGUUAUGAGCUAAAUGAGUUUAGCUGCCUAAAAAGUCUUUGUCCACUCAAGUGCUGCUAAUCUUUUAAUAGUUUCAUACCUUGCUUUGCCUGCAGUCAACUGUUUCCAUAGGUGCUAAGUUUACUCAACUGUAGAGCGUUUUUUAUUCCAAAGCACGCUGCACGCUUUAAAAAAAAAAUCUGCCUUAAAGCUCCUGUGAGGAACUUUGAGUUUGUGUUGAUUUUGGCUCACCCCGCAGACAAAGAGGAACCUUUUUUGCUGAUUCUGCUUCGUACAUGUGUACGUUUUUCUUUUUUCUUUUUGUAAUGCCCUGUUUUACUUUAACAGUCAGAUAUAUGACUAACAAUAAAUCUCUGCCAUGAAUAUUUACUGAAAGGCCGUUAAUCACAAUAACUGUCCCCUCCCCCUACCUCAAGCUUCAGGCAUUAAAAAUUACAACUUGGAAACUAUCCAUUUUCAUGCUGAUAUUUCCUUUUAUAGCGCACAUGAGGGCAUCAGUAUUCAAUUUCAAUCUGUUUCAUAACCAAAUGGAAACUGUAAUGUCUGUAAUAGAUUUAUAAUAGAAAGUUCUGCUGGGUCUCGAGAGUAUGGGCCGGCUUCGUUGUCCCUCCCUGUGGAAAUAAUUGUGUGUGUCUGUUUAUAGCACACGUUGUUGUGUUAAUUUCUUAAACACAGCAUGGGGCAUCAUUUAAAUUACAACAUAUUAAAGCUAGGGUAGUUUUGUAUAAUGGGAAAUAGGAUGCAAAUGUGCUUUCACAUAAUGUCCCAUUAUCUCCAUAUUCAAAAUGGUGCGAGGUCUUUUUAAAAAUAGUUUUAAUAAAUGUGUGAAAACUCUAAUUGAGCUACAGAAAAUAAAGCAUAAACGGAAACACAAAAAUGUAAAUUAAAGCGUGUCAUUACCAAAUGGCGCCUUUAAUGUGUUGAGCAUCACAGAUUAAAUAGUAAUAGCCUUAGUCUAGCCGUGUGUGGAAUUUUCCUUUAAGCACAAAAGCCGUGUGUGUUUGUGUGUGUUAGCUACACUCUCACACACAUAUACAGGUACUGCAUUCGUAUAAAUCCAAUUCAUUGUCUGUACAUGUCUGUUUGCUUGUCUUUGCAUUGGAAUAUGGGUGUGCCCCGCUUUUUGUUUAAGGUGUUGGCCUCAAACUCUACUCCACCGUGACCUUAACAAUAUUUUCCUGAAGCCAUGUUUUCAUAGGGUGUCUUGGGCAAUAACAGUCAUUGCUAUAAUAACAGGAAUAAUACUAACACUUGUGCCAUUGUGUUGCAGAAAAGGCCUCACCCUAAGUGCUAUUUAUGCUGAGUGGCUCGAUCGACCUGGGAUUCCUGAGGUAUGAAUUUUUUUAUCCAUCAAAAUAAAGAGUUCAAUCUUGUUUUUAGACUCACAAAUCAUCCUAUUGAAAAAUAUCAAUAUUCUUCUUUAUUGACGUUUGACAAAAACACAAUACCACCACAGCUAUAACUUUUGCUAUAUGCAUUAGUCUAUGCUCCUACUAUGAGAUCUCUCUUUCUUUUUUCCACAGUUGUCAUAUUUUCUCUGAUAAAUGAGCAGAUGUGCUAGAAGUAAAAAGAUCAGGUCGAUUAUUGACGUUUAAAUGUUUGGGUAAAUCAAGUUGUAUUUGGCACUUUGUGCGUUCUGAGAGUGUUCUCAUGAAACUGGUUUCAAAUUAAGGACGAGAUCAGAGCUCCCGAUUAUGGAGUGUGUUGUAGUAAUUCAGAUUUAAUCAGAUUAAGAUAGUGAAGAUCUAACUGCUACCAUAAUCAUAUCAUUAAAAUCAGAAAAUAUAAAAUAGUACAUUAUUAGUUAAAGGUUAAAAGUAUCACUGAUAUAUAGUGUAGGAUCAAUACUAGUGCAGAUUUUUAUUCAGUGGUCAUAAUUUUUCAUGUUUUUGUCAAUCAUUAAGUUCAAACACAGUUUAGUUUUUACUGUAGCCGUCUUGUUAAUGCUGUUUCGCUGCUUUUACCGUUGCAGUCUGCACUGAAACAUGAUUACCCAACAUGUGAUAAGCAGAAAGUACAGCCUAACAAUUCAGUCUUGACAAUACCUAUACAUGCGCAGAUUUAGCAGCGGUGUUGCACAGGUGAACAGAGGAGUUUGUUGGCAUGUGUACUCUACCUCUAGAGUCCAAGGGUUAGUAUUGUUUGGUCCAGAUAGAUCUGACCUUGUGAAAAAGCUGCUUCUAUUGAGUGGUCAAUAGAGGAUGUCUGUGGAGACACCUAUUACCUGCCAGUUUGUGGCAACACUGGUUAUGAAUUAAUGGGUUGGCUUAUCCAUGAUAUUAUUUACAGUAGAUCCUUGACAACAGAAUAAAAAGCUAAUAAAAAGAGCUUUUACAUCAUUAAGUACCUAAACCCCUAAUGAAUGUUAGGUAAUGGUGCUCAGAUACUGUAUAAAAGCUUGCAGUGUUUCAUCCAAUUUCAUAUAUAAUACCCUUUUUGUCUGUUUUUAAGUGAAGUGUUCUGCUCUUUGAUUUAAGGAGCAGGAGCGCAUUUUUCUUAGCACUUUACAGCUGUAAAUACCAGCGUAAUGACACUCUUAUGAUGGAAAUUAUGUCUUUUAUUAGAAGUAAAGAGAAUAUAAAUCUUACAGCCUAAAUGACUCGUGACUUUUAGCCAGAAGGCUUUAUGAAACUGCCAGACAGUGAUGGCUUUCUCUGAUAACAGCACAUAACCUCACCCAACAGGAGGAAAGUUUUUCACGUCGGUUUCUAAACAGAUAUCACGAUGACAUUCGAUAACUUCCAUAGUGAGGUAUCACUAUCUGUUCAGUAAUCAUUGUCAAACAGUAAAUUGUAGUGUUGUUGAAUCAUAAUCAUCACCUUUGUUCCCAGAGCGUUGUCGUAUUGAAACAAGGUGAGGGCCUCUGCCUCUGCUUCUCCCUCUGCCCUUUAACCGAGAUAAACCCACGGUCAGAGAUAGAUACUAGAUAGACACACGCCCACUCACACAAUCAAUCCACUUUACAGCUUCUUCAAUUCUCCCAUCUCCAUGGUAACUGAUCUUAAUUACCACGGUGUGUAUGUGCAUGUUUGGAUGUUGGUGCUUGUGUAGCUGUCUGGGAACCUUAACCUUCUAGAUUAUGUGAUGAUGUAACUGGAGCCUUUCAGGGGGGCCUCUUGGGGCUGUGUGGAGGGGCUGCUGUUUUCUCACACCUGAUUGGGCGAUGAUGGUAUUGGCUAAAGUAUUCUCGCGAAAGCUUUUUUUAAAUGCUUGAUGUGCCAGUCACCUGCUAAUAAGAUCAGCCGGAUCGAUUGAGGCAUUUUACAAAUGCAAGUGCUUAUCUAUUAUGUACACAAGACACAAACACAUUUAAAGCCUCCCCCUGCCCCGAUCGGCCUCCCAUCCAUCUCUUUACAAUGUGCGUGAAUUGGAGAAAGGCAGGAAAUGGCCUGGCCUAAUAAUAAACAAUGACAUUCAGCGAUCCCAGAGUAGGAGAUGUGGAAUGGGAAGGCCACUGCCGGCCUAUUUUAGACCGUAGAGUUUAGAUGAGUAAGCAAUCCCUUUGGGAUAAAUGAUCUGGGCUGAGAUACUUUGUUUAAAUAAAGAAGGCACUUCAUUCACCGGCUUUCAGUCUGAUCUCUUCCCCCAACUUCAACCGUGUACAACAAUGUUUUAAUUUAUCCUUCCCCUGCCUUAUUUAUUGAUUAAUGCCAUUUGGCUGACAGUUAUCUCAGACUUCAAUAUCACAGUUCUUUAAACUUUUACUUUUCUUUCAGGCAGAAAUUGGAUUCAGAUUUUACCUCAAGGUUUUAAGCCAGAGCAGCUUUAAUAAAAAGAAAGAAAGAAAGGCUAACUCGGCUGAUAAGACAAAGAAAAAAGUGCCAAUUACUGAAGCUGAAACUUUCUGAGAUGAAUAAGUGGGCUGGCUGUCGAACCUCAAUACUUCUAGAGCAGCUCAGCUUUGUUAGCAGCAAUGAAGAUUAAAACACUGACGAUGAUGAUGAUGAUGAUGAUUAUUAAUCUCUGAGGGGCAAUUCAGUUUUUUCACUGUUAUAGAACUACAAUUCAGGGAUACACAUGAGCACAAACAGGAUCCUCUCCUCCUACCAGUGCUCCGUCAUGCCUCUCUAACUACCAUACUUUAGUCACAUGGGGACUUGUACUGCUGACCCCCUGGUAACAAAGUCAAGCCUCCUCAGACUGAGAUAAAAAGCUGCCAAAUCCAAAAAGUUGAUACUGUUAUCAGCCAAAUGUUAGUCCUAUCUAUCAAAUUCUGUUAAAUUAGGCCAAAAUUCAUACUGAUAUUUUUAUAGCUCACAAAAGCAAACAAAACUAUCAGCAACAAGAUGUACACAUUUUUUAUUAUAUAUUUUAAUGCCUGAAACUGGAGCGAGAGGAUAGGUGUCAGCCUAGCAGUUGAGGAAACAGAACUUUUUUUUAAUGUUUUUAUUUUUUUAAAUUUUUAAUCUUUUUAUUUUUUACAUUUUUCACAUCCAUUUAUGAUAAAUUGGACUGUCAAAUGUCAGAAAAAGAUUUAUUUAUUUUUUGUCAGAGGACACCAUCUAAGCAUAAAUAAGACCAGAUAAGCAAAGACUUCUAGUCUAUAAAGGAUACCAAAAUUCAUUCAAACAAAAAUUCAUUCAAUUUAAUGAAAAAUUUAACUCCAAUUUUUUAUAAUAUAUAUUGAUAAGUACAGUAUACAGUAAAUGCAAUAAACUCCAUGUUGCCCAGACAUUUUCUCAUUGUUCAAACCCAAUAAAUAGAUCAAUUCAAAGCCUUAUAAUUUUUUUUAUCAUCUUUAUCUGCUAAUGUGUCUGAAAGGUAAAAUUGAACAUUACUCAGUGUGAUAUGUUUGGCUUAUUUUUCAAACUACAUGAUGUUUUUAGUGUGAGAUGACCUAUCCUCUAUCCUCUUCUGUUUAUUUUUAUUUAGUUAAAACUGUUGUGAAGAACUUAUGUAUUUUCUCUUUGCCGUGUUCAUGACAAAGUCGACCAAAGGACUCCCUUGCUUUCUUCUAACAGUUAAAUGUGUCUCUUACUGUGAAUAUUUGCUGCUGGAAAUGUUAAGGACUGUGUUCCUAGUAAACUAUCAUGUUGUCCGGUUUGACACCUUUGAAGCGGUUGCAGCUUUUGAAGAUUAAAAUAUUGAAUUUGUCAGUGUUGUUGCUAAUGGUGCCGUUUGCUUUAGCAGGCCACUAUGAGGCACCACGGUUAAACUAAAUCUGUUUCACAACCAGUUAAAAACUCCUCCCAGGGGCUUAAAAAUGAAUCAUAUAUGGACGUACAAGGACUCAGUACAGCGUGUAUCGAUCCCAGGGAGACACAGUGCCAGAUUUAUGACAAAUCACAAAUUACCACUUUAACCUGUGUGAUUUAUUUGCUUCUCAUGUGUGUUUAUGAGUGAGAGGUGUAACUCCUGAACCUCCACACAGUAUAUCUCAUAUUGAUCCAGCAGAGAGACACUAAAGAGACGGGGGCGCGAGCUGAAGUGAGAGUUUGAGGUAGACAAAAGCCUCGCUAUUCAGGGAAUGGUAGUGGGGAUCCAGGCAGCACAAGAGCUAUGUGUGGUAUCCUGUUACACAAUGCCAAUUUACUGCUUCAACACUCACUACAUUCUAUACAGCCCACUCCAACACCUCCCUCUAUCUCUGUACCUGUUUCUGUGUGUGUGUGUGUGUGUGUGUGUGUGUGUGUGUGUGUGUGUGUGUGUGUGUGUGUGUGUGUGCUAUUUCUGCUAGAGUACCUGUAUUAUAAUAAACACAGACAAGAACCCAGGCGUGAAGUUAAAGUGUUAAACUUUGUGUGGCUAUGGUAACCGUGGUAUGGUGAACUGUGUGUGUGUGUGUGUGUGUGUGUGCGUGUGUGUGUGUGUGUGUGUGUGUGUGUGUGUUCAUGAGAUCAUAUGAGGAUAUGUCUGCUUGAUUUCGUCGCUCUCCUAUCUUUGAUUUUUGUUUGUGUAUGACUGAGUUUGGGGGUGAGAGUGCGAUAUUACAAACACGUUGCCUGGAUCCUCUUUUGUGUGUCUCCUUGCUCACACACACACAAGUGCGCGCACACACACACAAACACAAGCCUUGCCGUCAUCGCUCUGAUAUGUGAUUCACAUCACUCGAGCUCUGCUGAAAGCCUUAAUAAGGUUAGAGAGUAAGUGCUGUGUGUUUGUGCCUACUAGCUGCUUCCUCUGUGUGUGUGUGUGUGUGUGUGUGUGUGUGUUUAGUUGCUGGUUGUUUAGGAGAUCUUUCCCUCCUCCUCCUCCUUCUUCUUCUUCUUCUCCUUGUCUCUCUUCUCCUCCACUCUUCCUCCUCUCUCUCUCUCAUCCUCCGGAGUCAAAAUCGCGAGUUUCCGUCAGAGGAACAAGUGAUCGAGCUUCCACCUCCUCCUCCUCCUCCUCCUCUUCCCUCUCCUCCCACCUCUCUUCUCUCUCCCUCCCCUUCCUGGCUCUUGCUCUCUCACUCUCUCUUUCUCUCUCUCUCUCUCUCUCUCUCUCUCUCUCUGCCUCUGCAAAGCAUUCCACUCUGUCCCGAUCACUUGCCCCCGGCUCACUGCUUUCUCGUCUCCUCUGUCGUUCAGUGGCUGUAUGAAAGGAGCGCCGUGUGGUCACAGGCAAGACUGGUGGAAGAAGUCAAAGCAGAGGUAAGCACUCUUUCUCACCUCCUCUUUUCCCCUGUCUCUUCUUCUUCUUCUUCUCCUUGUCUUCAGGGAGUGGCAGACAGACUCGGUGGGGACAGCUCAGAUUUGAAAUAUUCCAUCUCAGACUCCGUGAUUUGAUUGUCAUCUGAUCUCACUGCUGUUUCUUUCCUGCAUUCAGUUAUUCUGCCUCUAUUCCUGCGUGCUUCCUCCUUCCUGUUUUUCUCUCCUGUUUCUCAUUGACACUCUCUGUUCCACCUUGUUUGAUAUCAUGUCUUAUCUUUUACCUCUGUUCCCCUCCAUCUACCUCUCCUUCGCUCCCUCUUUCAGUCUCUCCCUCUGUCUGUGUCUGAGUGAAGUGCGGCACACAGCGCUGUACAUCUGUUGCGUGUCAUUCUCUGCUGCCUAUCAGGUUUCCUAUAAAGCUCCCAUGUUGUUCUUGAUAGUUCUGCUUGUACUUACCCGUUAUGUUCUUUACCCGCUCUGAAUAGAUCAAGAAUAUUUCUCAAAGAUGUCACAAUAUCUUAAAAAAAACAAAGAAUUCUUGUCUUAGGAGUGACUCUCUGAACUUUACACACUGUUCAAGACUUCUAACUUUUUUGGCUCUCCUAACUGUGCCACACUGCUGGGGCUUUCUCAUGAGAUCUAACCUGAAGUGGAGAAGAAGAGGCAGAGUUUGGCCUUGGUAGUGAUUGGCUGGUUAAUAGAGAUCUAUGGUGUAGGGAGUUGCUGCGCUCCGGGGUCCGUCACAGCAACAUACAUGCACUAUUACUCUUUUGUCUCAGCCAGCCGUUUGUGUAGGUUAUAUAUGGAGCAGAGAGAGAGCGUUGAAAGGUUGGAAUUAAUGUGCCCGUGUAAGAGAGAGGGAGCUGUAGGCCGUUGUAUAUUUUAAAGUGUGUUUGUGUGCCUACUAGUGGCUUGUUUAGAGUGUGUAUAUGCAUAUUCCUGUGUGCCUUUCCAUUCGAGACGUGAAAAGAGCGCCUUGAGUCUGUUUAUGUUUACUUUCUGCCAGUGAAUGUGACCACUCACUCUCCUUCUCGCUCUUGUUUUCCCUUCCUCCCUCCGUCACUGUCAUUGUUCCACCUUUCUCAAUCCUCGUCCUUUUUCUCCUUCACACCAUCUGAUACCGCUCACUCAAAUCCUGCCACUUUGUUGUCUCUGUCUACCUCCAUGUCCCCCUUCUUCUUUUUUUUUUUUUUUUCCCGCCUAACCACCUCACCCUCCCUCAUCCUCCCUCCUGCAGGUUGUAAAAUGGAUUCUCCUCAGUCAGAGUCAUCAGGGGAAGGGCAGAAAGCGGAAGAGAAUAGAGCCCAAGGUGAACUACAAAGAGGUAGGCGACACUCCGGUGUAUUAAGACAUCUAUUCCCUCUGCUCUCCUUCUUACUCCAGCAAGUGUCCCCGGCUCUUCUUUUGGAAGGCUUCUCCUCGGUGGUUGUGAUUCAUGAGCCGCACAGUCUUUUUUGCUUUUCAGACAACACAAUUAUCCCCAUGUGUGUUUAUGUGUUGUGUCUGCAAGAACAGACAACCCUGUACUUGUUUAAGUCUGUGUUUAUGUUGUGUAGUCCUCCACACAUUUAACCUUUUAAGAGCUUGUAUACAUCACAUACCUCCUCCUGCUUGUGUGUGUGGUCACAGGAUUGUGGAGAGGUAGGUGGAAACCAUUUGGCCUUGUUGUUCUGCUUCUUUGAUUCUUUGUACAGUUUCCCGUCAGUUCGCACAGUUCACUUUAAAUGUUGAAAAAUGCCAACAGACAUCCAAAAAAAGAGCGUUUCACUGGCGUGUUAAGCGUUAAUAAGGCCUCUCCGGGGAUGGCUAAUCCCCUACUCUUGCUAAUUGACACACACACUUGCACACACGCCUGUAUCAUUAAUGAACGCACGCUGAUCUAUAAGCCACAGAAGGCCAGAAGUCAUUAGUGAGACUGGAGCAGCUUUUUACAUAUCGCUCAAUACACUCAUAUUUUGAAAACCGCAGGAAACAUUGGCAGGACCUCUUAUCUUUAGUACAGGACACUUUACGGCAUGAACACCUGAAGUUGGCACCCCUGGGUGUCUUUGAAUUAAAUUUUGUGAAGGAAAGAUUAAACACCCACUCAUAUCCAAGAAUAUUGUUUCUAUUCAGUGACUAGUUAGAGCUUUGAGUAGUUUUUCAGGACUUUUGGCCACAGCUCUCAGCGUAUUUUACGUACGCUUAUCGAGAAAGGUGUACCUGUUUGAACAUCAUUUUAGCCCCAGUUGUAAUGUGCUGUAAUUUAGCCGGCAGUGAAUGAAAUGCCUGCAGAGUCUGUGUCCAGUGCAGCCCCCUUCAACCACCUGAUACCCACCGUCUGGAGUAUUUACAAUGUACACACACAUACAUUUACUUCUGAGGCAGCAAAAAGGGCCUCUUCCUGUGAGGAGGGGAGGGGGGGGGCAGCAAGUGCUGAAAUCAGCCUCAUGAAAGAAUAGCCAAUUACUGUCCACUUGGCCGUACACAAUAGUGAGAAAAGAGGAGGGAGGGAUGGAUGGAUGGAUGAAGCGAGGGAGAGAGGGGGGAAGUAAGGGCGGGGCUGUGGGAGGUCAGCGUUUGAAGUUACACCAUAAAAGCCAUCCUGAAAGGAAACACGAAAUGACCCCUCCCCCUCCUUUUCCAUCCACCUUUCUCCCCCUGUGGCCAGGCCCUUUCUCUCUCUCCUCCACCUCUACCACUCCCUCCCCUCCCUUUGUUUCUGUGUACAGAGCAAGCCCCAUGGAUGGACCAGGUGUAUUUUAUAUUACUCCUUCAUGUACUUCAAACGCCAAACAGCCCAAUUUCCACCCGGCCCCACCUCUUUUCAUCUACCCCUCCUCCCUUUUUCUUUUUUUUUUUUUUUUUCCCGGGGUCUGCCAGCCUGUUGCAAAGCUAUAAAUCACCCAACAGACCUGAUCUGCAAAGGUGGAAGGAAGGUGGUUUAAACACAGGAGACACCGGGAGAGAGAGGGCUGAAAAAUUAAGGAAAAUCGGUAGAUAUGAAGUUAGAGCUUGAGAACACAGCAACGAAAGUGAAGUAUAUGGAAGAAAAACACUUGACGCCACAGCGAGGCAUUAUGUUCCUCCUGUGGGUAUGUUACAGAUCAAUUCAAACUGGAAUGGAAACAUUUUAAGCCACAAAAUGAUGCACUUUAGUAGAAAAAAUAAAUGUGGAGAGGCAAAAGCAGGGGAUGCUUCUGGAGAGAUGAUAAAUAGGCGGUAUAAACAGGGAAAGUGAGGAUGAAGAAACGGUAGAAAAGUAUGAGAAGCACAGAAUCAGAAAGGGGUAUGGAUUGAUAUUUCGAACGUAGAUGGGAUUGGAGGCAGGGGUGAGGCUAGCAGUGAGUCAUGAGCUGACGAUCGUGUAUUCCAGGAAAGUAAUGAAUCUGUUACGGGAAUUUAAGGAAAUGAAGAGCGAAGUGGAUGUCUGUGGAGAUGAGAGAAGCACAUGAGAGAUGAAAUAUUACCGGACUGGUCAAGUGAUGUAAGAGUGGUUAGGAGAAGAGGAAUGAGGGGGAGAGAGGAAACAGAGAAACUUUUAGCUGGCAGGAAUUAGGCAGGGCCAGGGUCCCAUUUAGCACUAAUGACAUCACGGAUGAUUAGGAAACACACACGCACACACACGCACACACACGGAGUCACAAAAAGCUAUAGAUACACUAAGUGAAAAGAGCCAGACACCCCCUGCAGAGCAGCCAUAGAUCUGGUCCAUUUAAUAGAGCCAAAGUUUAUUACCAACUUCCCCUUGGCCUGUGUUUCUGUUGUGUUAUUGAUUCAGCGUCUUGCUGGGUGCGUCUGACUUCUUUUGUGUACAUGUGUAACUUGCAUGCGUGCGCACCAUGAGCGUGCACGUGUCCAGCCGUCGUAGAAGGGUCUGCAGGAGGAUAUUAGUCACGCCCGCCUGGUAAUGGGCCUCAUUUUGCUCUCAUUUUCAUCUGUGGUCUUUGUAAUGAGAGGGUCCGUCUGCCCCUGCUAAUCAGGACAGGAAACCCUGUAGGGGAAAAGAGCUGUGAAUAGCGGGAGGCCUUGGCUUGUUUUCCUGGGAAAGACGUGCUCCUCUGCUCUUACUGUAAAGACGCUGUCUGCGAGUUGUAAUUGAUCUGAGUCUUGUAUUGAUCUACCGGACUCCGCCAUUAAAGGACUCAAAGAUGAUCAAUCGGUAUCACAACAAGCUUAAUCAUUCCCUGAAACCUCAGAGUGCUGCUUUUCCACAGAAUGACUAGUCUUCUAGAUGGGCUUGAUGACAAAUUCAACACUUCUUUUUUCAUAUUCUUUGAGCUGUAGCUUUUUUAUAGUUUAAUCUUUGGUCAAGUUCAGCCUGGUGAUUUAUAGUCAUUGGUUUUAGUAAGAAUUAUGCCCUUCAUAAUGAAGAUUGCUGGCUCUAUUUUCUAUUUCCUGCACUGGCAGACAGUUUAUUUGAUGCUGCAUGAUGCAUCUUUGCUCAUUUGGUGCAGUCAGAUGAGAUAAGAGUCUGUAUAUAGAAAGUGUUGAAAUAGCUCUUCCCCUGGAUAAACAAAUCUGGAAAAUGGUGUUAUCCCAAAUUCUUUUCAUUCCUGCAGAAUCUGUUAUGAACCAAACUAUUUUUAUCUCUACCCGGCUCACCUCUCCAAAUGAAAAUUGCACAAUCUUCCAAUUUACAGAGACAAACACAUUUAUUCUACGGUAGCUACAAUAAGAGUCACAAAUGACCAAAAGUAGCAGUCGCAACAUGAAUGUAGGUAGAUUAGUCGUUUGAGCAUCUUUCUUUGUAAGUGUACAGGCUUAAACAACAAUAUAUGUAUCUAGAUUUGAAGAAAAAUCACUUUGCUUGUACAGGGAAAUAUAGAGCGUAAUUUAUCUCCGAAAAGGGACACCUUUCUGUGUGCCACAUUAACCUCACAGAUGGAGCAGAAUAGGUAGAAGAUGAGUCAGCCUUCAUAUCAGUCUCACCCUGUCACCUCAUUUGCACCUUCACGGCAGUCUGCACCUUCCUGCUCAAUGGUACGGGUUACUGUGAAAACAUGUACUGCCAGGUUUGUGUUUGCGUCUGAGGACAUGUCAACAGCAGUGCAGAGGAACAGGCUGUCCUCAGACUUUUAUGUCUGUGAGGCGUUAUCUGUUGUAAGCAGUAAAGUAAAAUCUACUUCAGAUUUUUCAGUUUGAUUUAGUUGUAGGUCACUGUCAAGCAACUGGAAAAGACGAUUUACAUGUUAACUUGUAUCUUUGACAAUAGUUUGUUGUGUUUUGGAUUGCCAAGACUAAAACAAAUAGAACCGCCUUCAAUUCUUAAAAAGGUUUCUUUAAAAACAUUUUGAGCGUUAUACCUCUGAAUCACAACUUGGGUGACAGACUUGUGAUGAUACUUGAGGUUCACUCACAGGCCUCAUACAGAACUUUUAAUGAUGUUUGGAUAAAGGUUCAGAUUAAGAUUCCUCUGGCAUGGCAGAUAAAGCUCAGACAUGAAAAACCUGGUGUAGAAGAGUGAUCAAAUCUGUGGCUGAAUGUGGUAAAUAUGCAUGCUCCAUCAAAUGAGCAUUUCCAAUAUAGAUCCAUUCAUCUUUGGGCCAGCUUCAUCUGUCACUCUUUGCAGCUAAGGCCAUGUUUAACUCCAUAGCUGGCAAAAAGAUUGUUAAGAUUAAAACUAACCGCAACGGUUUCACUCCAUCUGAAGCACCAGAGGUCGGCACAGUUAAUCAAAAAUGUAAAGAAAAAAGAAAACCUAAAUUUUACUCUUGAUUUCCUGCCAAAAGGUGUUUUCUUGCCAAUCCACAGUCUUCUCAUGGGAGCAGCGGCAGAAUCUUUGCAUCCUGGUUGUUCUGAGCAGAGUCCUCAUCCUUAACCUGAUGGAGACCCCAGCUAAACUAAAGAUGGCCUAAUAACAGCUGUCCCUGUUAGCGCCUUUUGUCUUUUGCUCUGUCAUUGUCCUGAAUCAGCUUUUUAAAAGUGAAGACAAAGUUAUAAAGUACUGGUCAUCACUUUCUCUCUCCCUCUCUUUUCCCACUAUGCCUACUGUGUGUGAACCCUAGAAAAAAAGUCAGAGUCCACUGCCGUCAGGGGUUACAUUAGGUCAGGAUUUGCAGACCAUUCGGAACAGUGCCGCACAGAGGGAGGCAGUAUGUAUUCUUAUUUGUAAAAAAGCCUAAACUUGUUUUUCCGUUUGAAUAAUAAAUAUGAGUCAAGUAAUCACUUUAACUGUUUGGAUGGGUAAUCAAUGCAUGAAGGGAUAAAGUUUACUUUCUGAAUGUAGAAGACGGGACAAAAGAGCAGGAGACUAAUGAGGAUGUCGUUUCAGUCUGUGUUGAUUUGUACAUAACCCAAUAUUUUGGUCUGUUUUUCUCUGGCAGUUUCCUUCUUUUUGGUUGUUUAUUUGGAGUUUGACCAGCAUGCAUGAAAUAAAGCGCACCCGCUUUGUGGGAUGUGUAGAGUUUUUAUGGCAGCUGCGUUGUUGUUGUUGUUUUCUUGGAUAAGACGUCACCACAUCAAAGUCCCCUCUACCAUAUUCAGAUAUGUGAACUCCCUCUCUGAGCUGUGUUGACGAGGACACAGCACACAUCUGGUUUCCCUUCAUCUCCGCUCUCUCAUCUCCAGUGUGCUGCCUCCCCUUCUCCUGCACUUUUUCUUACUGAUGCCGUCUCUGUCUUUCUGUUUCUCUCUCCCUCUCGCUCUGAUUUAUUGGCAAUGAAUCAAGGAUGAGGGAGUAUGCCGGAGGAGAGAUGGGAACAUUCAGGGAAAUGGCUGUUUCCGGCCAGACUUCAUCACAUCAGGAUAGGAAAUGGUUGGAGGGGUGUGUGCGCAAGUGUGUGUCUGUGUGUUUCCACAUUAACAGACCAGCUGGGGAUCAGCUAUGUGCUGCUCGGACUGAGUCUGCUACUGUGAACCACGACCUUGAGCAGUGGUUGUGAUAGUUUGUGAAUGAAAGCAGAAGUUGUGCUCGGUACACAUAUGCUGACACACACAGAACUCAUUCUGAAGAUCGCUCCUGUUGCACAUUCAGAAUAUUCAUAUAAGCAUUUGAGGAGGAUUAUCAUGGUUGGCUCUGUGCCUUACUUUUAUGUGUCGAUUUUGAGUUUAUGGUGCGCUCAUAAUCUCCUUUUAUCUUAACUUCAUCAUGAAAGAAAAAUGUUGUUUGAAGCUCUGAGCUCCUGAUUGGACACUGCCAUGGCAGGUUGGUGCCACCUGAGGUCAAGCAAAGAGCGAUGAAUCUCCUGGCACAUCUCUUUGUAUCGACAGAUAUCACUUAACUUCAUGAAGCUUUUGUUUCAAUUCAAGAGAUUUUAUGAGCAGUUCUUCAAAAGUGAUGGAUUGCAAGACAAAUCUAUAUUUCCAAAGGAGCAGUGUGCGUAUUAUAAAAGAUUGCCAUGGCGAGGAGUGACAAAAAACCCUUUUUAGAGUGACUAAAAGGAUAUGAUUUAGACAGUAAUGUGUUUCUUUAACACGGUGUCUGCCCUUCUUUUUUAGGCACAGGAUAAGCAGAGAGGAGGAUUUAAUCCUUAGUCCUGCUGACACCAUGAGCUGUCACUGCUAGCACAUGCAUAUUAGACAGCAAAAAUACAUCAGAGAUGAUCAAGGUUAACAGAAUAGUUGAAUUAAAGGGUAAAUCUAUUCAGCUCAAAAUUAAACUCGACCUUAUCAUGACUUUGCAGGCCUUUAAGAAAUAAAGAGGCAAAUGGAGGAAGCUUUUGCAACUUCUUCGAUGUGUUGCGUGAUUUUCUUAAACCCCCGUGUGUUGGAGUAAACACAAGUAUAAAAGUGAUAGUUUGCAGGUUUGCAAUGAUUUGAACAGCUGUCUGAAAUUGGUGUCUCAUGCGCAGUGGAAUAGCUUUGUGAGUAAUAUCUGAAUUACCAUUUUUGUACAACUCAGAUUUGGAGGGAAAUGCUUUUCGGUUUUUAUUAAUUUUGUUUAGAGCAUGUUUGGAUAGGCAGACAGAAUCUAAAGGAUGAUGCAGAGAUGGAUGGAUGGAUUUUAUUACUCUAUUUAUAAAUGCCGGUAAAAGAAGCAGGAGAUUGAGAAAUUAAAACUUCUUUUGCAUGCACUUCACAGAUAGUCAUAUAUGGACUGAUAGCAAGAAUUCAUAGUGUACUGUUGCUGAAACAGGAUGCAUUAUUGCAUUCCUCUGAGUACACUAGAUGAAAGGUCCCUUCAGGCUGAACUCUGACAGAGAUUGAGAGAUAGUGGAAGAGCACGAGAGUAACAGAGAAGAGGGUGAGCCCAGGACAUCUUAAGAGACAACAGAGCCAGAGUAAACCAACAGAUCAAUAAUCAUAUCAACAGCUUUUGUCAUUUUCUUCAGAGGCCGUUAUGAAAGGUGUAGAUCAGGAGGCGCAGAUUGUGAGUGGCAAGUAAAUAUUUUUGAUUAAUUCCUCUCCAGCGCCGAUUUUUCAUCUGUAAGCUGUUUCAAAGCCAACAUAUGAGAAAACAAGCUGAUGUAACUAGAUUUGAAUCUGCAUAUUACUCCUCAGAAUAAUUGUGAGUCCACAUACUUUAUUGGAGCAGUUACUACGUAAGACCCUGGGGUUUAACCUGUAAAACUCAUGCCGUGUUAUGACAGGAUAUGGCUGAAUAAACUGACUGUAAGUAAAAUCCUCAGAAUGUCUGUAAAAAUGUUUUGACUCACUGGUGUAUUUGGAUCCUGGAGGUCCAUAUAAAUCUCAUAAUACAGUCCUUUAAAUUGAUAAAAAAUCUGACUGUGUAACGCACAGUUAUUCAUGAUUUUGUGUGUCUGCGGUUCAUGAUGGAAAGUGGAAGUUUUCUCUUUUGAUGGGCAGUAAAAGCCAGAGAAUAAGAAUGAAGCAAAUUAAAAUUUAUCAGCGUUGCAAGUGUUUUGUGAUGGGAAGAUUUAUUUAGGGAGAUGGGAGGAGAGAAAGAGGAGAGAGAGGAGAUGGCUCCAUUUGUGUUGUGUUAAUGAGGAAGAGCAACACAGACAGAGAGUGAGAGAGAGAGAGAGAGAGAGAGAGAAUGAGAGAGAGAGUGCCAGCGUGUAUUUGUCUCAUUUAUCACUCAGCGGCAGUUUUGUUUUCGGGGUCAUUUGAAGCUCACAGCCUGUCUCAUCUCGUCCGGGGACUCCCUGCUGUCUGCGUGUGUGCAUGUCGUGUGUACAUGUGUUUGUGAAUGGGAGGGGGGGGGCGUUACAGUCAAAGAAAAGGGUCCAAAAGUCAAACAGCCAGUUGACGAUGCAGACAACUCAUUACAUGGUAGGCAUAGCUGCUCAGAAACACAACCUUGGGCUUCAUGGCUAUCAAAAGAUUGGGCCCAUGCCUGCUCACACACACACAGACACACACACACACUAACACAAGAUGAGGCCAUGAGUUGCGGUGGGGAUCUGGGGCGUAGUUGCGCAGAGCAAGAGUAGCUUCAACAGGCUUUUCACUGAAGUGGUCAGAAAGAACACACACCCUCGCACAAAGACCCACACACUAACACACACACGCAUAUAUAUAUACACACACAUGCAUACUGAAUCCCAGAAGCAUUUGAGUGUCAUUAAAGUGCAGCUGUGUUUGUCUUUCCAGCACACAUGGAAAACACAUCAGGGGGAGAGAAAAGAGAGAAAGAGAGAAAGAGAGAGAGAGAGGGAACACCGCCCUCUGACUACAUCUGCCACAAUACGUACAAAACAAGCACUUUGUCACUCACAUAAAUACACAUUUUUCAUUUUGGAGUCAAUUCAAACAGAAAUGGAGACAUUCAGUGUAACACACCUCUAUAAAAAAAAAAAACACACACACACACUGUAGCGUGGAGGUGUCUAGUUAAACCCAGGGGCACUUUAGCCAGAUAUUUAGUGUAAGGUCGUGUUCAGUAUUAAGGCUGGGCUGUAAAAUGGAGCUGGCUUUUUUAGUGUUGGGAAAUGAAUCAGUGCUUUUCGCAUAAAACCUGAUUUAGGCGUCACCUUGAAGCUUCAUAGGUUCCGUAUGUAAUGCUGCGGUUGUGUGUCUGUGCGCACUGAGCUCUAAAACAUCUGCCUGUGCCGGUAUAAUGACUGGGGAGCCAAAAAACGGGCCCAGACUGCCCUGACGAAAUGGGGCGACACACACACACACAGAUACACACACACACAAAAGCAACAUAAUGCGAGCUUAAAGACGCCCGAGAUUGCAGACGUCACUUCCAGCGAAAUCAUUACAAGCGUCUAAGCUAUCUGAUGAUGUGUGUUGGCGCAGCUUGUCUUCACAGAGGCUGUCUGACUUCUGUUGUCCUUUGAGGUAACACGAUCAGCAGGGUUUUUUUUUCCCUUCUCAGACAGAGCACCUUUUUUGGUUGUAAAUUGAUGAGCUCCAGAUUAAAAUUGAUGCUCUAACCGGUUUUUAAUCUUGUGGCUUGCAGCAAAGGACCAAAAUGUGUCCUGGAGUGGCUGAAAACGGAUGAAAGAUGCAUUUAAAACCGGUUAUUUUCUAAAAUAGGUCAAUAAGAAUCAAGUUCCCAGACUCAUGUUGGCUACUUUUGGGAGUACUGGUUGCAUUAAUAAUAAUGUGGUUUAAAAGUAUUGGAAAGUGGUGAAAACAAUCCAUCCUGAGUUCCUUAAUGCUGAGUUGUUUCCCUCUGUCUCAGUAUGAGCCAAGAAUCCAAAUAUACCCGGUUCACCUCAGAUACACCGAUACGAAGAAAUACUUGAUAUUUAAGCUUCAAAAGUGACUUUGACAUUGAAUUUUCAACAAAAUGACAGCUAGAAAAUAAGCAAAGGCAUUAAAAAGUGAUAUUUUGAUCUGUUUUCCCCUUUUUAAAUGCCACAAGCUGCAGUAAAAUUGAGUCAAAUGAACUCAAUGACAAGCCUCAGUAAUGGUGAACAUGUUGUAUCUCUCCACGAUACUGUCAUUCAAGCUGCCAGGGGAUGACAACAUAGAACAACUGUCUUAAUCUCCCUAAAAGUCUGUAGUAAUCUAGUAUUAAGGCAAGCAGACAGACAUGUCUAAAAGCCAUUUGCUUGUUGCCAACGGCCACACUGCAGGCGACAGCUUCAGCUCCCCGCUCCCCGGGCUGGGAUAUCAUGUUGCCGAGCGGGAAAUGGUCUUAUCAUUGAAAAGAGACAGACAGAUCAUGUUUGUGGGUUUAAAUACAAAGUAAACAACAAGUUUUGUAUUUCUUUUCCAUCUGUUUUUCCUAUUAGUUUUUGUCUGUGAUGCCUUUUCUUAUUCCAUCUGUGGUUGCUACUAUCAUUUUAUAAUAUCCUCUCUUUAUAUGUGUGUUUGCGACUCCGCCGCAGCUGUGUAUGCGCCUGUCUGUGCAACAGAUAUCUGGGCUUGGUCCAUCCCACAUACCUCCGUCAGCUCAAACUGCUUAAAACCAGCCAGCCUGGAGUUCACAUAGGAGACAAACACACACACGCACGCAAAUACGGACAAACAAACACAUUAAUACAGCUCACACAAAUGCAUGAAGACACAUUCAGAGUCUCUUCCUGAGCAUGACCUUUCUCUGAUGGCUCUGGCUAUGUCCUGCUGUCUCCUCUUCCCUUCUGGUCCCUCGCUGCCUCCUCUUGUUUGACACUGUCUGCCAGAGUCAUCCCAUCUCACCUCCUUCCUCUCUGCUUCCCUGCCUCUCUCUCUCAGAGCCUCUUUCAUCGGCGGUAAGAUGCUAUCGCUUCAUGCUGGAGGUCAUCACUGGUGCAUGUUUGUGUUUUACCCAUAUUAUCGUUGUCGUCCGGCUAAACCAGACUUGAAUGGACAAAUCCUGGCAGCCCGUGUGUGUGUGUGAGAGAGAGAGUAUGUGUGUGUGUGUGUGACCUAGAAUAUGUCUUUUUAUGUGUGUUUGUGGUUAAACUGCCAGGAUUCAAUUUCAGGGUUUUCGGACCAUUUGAAACAUACUUGUGUAAGUGUAUCUGUGUGUGCGUGCGUGUGUGCCCUAUCAACCUCUGUAAUUAUUAUAAACAAGAACAGCAAACAGUGGUUUUAUUAUUCAGCAGCCCCUUAAAGGAAACCACAGUGUGGCUGGUAACCACUGUUGUUUUUAUCUUCUCAUCAGGAUAAUAUUUAACCAGGACCCCCAGGCUACUCUCACCCUCUCAGGAUGAGGCCAGAACAAAUGACAUGAGGAAAUUAAACUUGGGUGCAGCGCUAUUUUUAGCCUUGGUCACAUUUUAAACUUCCGUACCUUAUGUGUUAAGGGAGUUAUCUUUGAGAUAACUAGAUCUGCUGUGUUUGAGUGAAGAAUGUGUGUGUUUUGGUGUGUGUACUUAAAAGUGUUGGAGUAUCUAAGUUAACCUAAAAUCCAGAGCGAUUGUCAGUUUUUCCUUCAGAGUGAAAUCCAUCCAAAGCAGGAUGUAGACCACCAAAAAUAAGGUCUUUCUCCGAUGAUGUAUUGAAUUAUAAUGAGAGCAACAGCAGGAAUAAAUGUGUUUUUGUAAUUCCUACUAGAUUUAAACUCAGUGAAGCACUCUCCACUAUCAGUCACAGCAUAUGUUUUGUGUAAGAAAAUUAUCUUCUGCUUUUACGAUUAGGGGUUUGAGAAAAAAUCGAUACAUCAUAGCAUCACAAUAUUUUGUCUGGUGAUGUAUUGUAUUAUCUUUGUAUUAUUUUUAUCAAAUUUAUUGUUUAUAUGAAGUCAAAUCUAUGAUAAUGGAAAAAUAAAAUCAACUGUUUGUCCAGUGAGGUUGGCAGAGGUGACAUCAUAGAGCAAGAGAAAGUUAGUACGACAAAUAUAUAUAAGGUUUACAAGAUGUGCUACAUGAAAAUUAAAUAUGCUGCAAAUAAGAAAAACAUAAAUGAAAGCCAAAUGCUAAUUUAGCUAAAUGGUUGAAAAAAUGUUAAAAAAUAGCAAUAAAAUCGUAUCGUGGCUCGAGUAUCGUGAUAAUAUCCUAUCGUGGCGUCACUGGUGAUCCCCACCCCUGAAAGUCUCAGGGAACAAUCCUGCCUAAGUUUUCAAAGCAUGACAUUAGAAAUUCUGUGGAAAAUGAACCAAAACAGCACUUUACGUUUUCUCAUAAAUUAGCAUAUACAUAGUCACAGUUUUUCCUCAACUACGCCUCAUUUUGUGCAUCACGAAUUGCAACAGCAACAGGGAGCAACAGCUGCGUAAAUAUCUUGCCAUAAGUAGGAGUAGUAGUAGUUUGUUUUUACACGGUACACCAGAUGGGCUGCCAAGCCUGCAUGGACCUAAAAGAUACUAGAAAACAACCAAGAAGAGCAACAACCUAAGAUGAAUCACAUUUUUCUGAGAUGUCAAACAACAACCAAAAGUUAGCACAACAUUGCAGCUCAGCCCUAGAUGCAGGCACUUUAAGUCUUCUUGGGCAAUGAGUAUUACUUUACUAAAUCAAACACUGAGUGUCCUCCUGUGUUGCUGUAAGGCAUGUGUUUAAACAGGUACUUAAGAGAUGUUCAUCAAAUGUAGAAAAGUGCAUACAGGUACUUACUAGUUGCCACCUUGAGGCAACCUGUACGAGCCUUGUGGUUCUCAUUCCUGAGUUUGAUGAUGUAAACUUCAAAAGAUGGUUUCUGGCAGGAACUUGAUUUCCAUGAGUGAAACAAAUCUCUUUUUUUAAUCUUUCUAAAGGUUGAUUGUGAAAUUAUUCACCAAACACAAUCAGUCCAAUGUUUUUUUGUUAAGACUGGCUGAUAUCAGUUUGCCCUGACUCUAUAGGUCACUCUACUUUUAGCACUGUCUGUAGCACAUGACGUAAAGAAUCAGAAGAGUGAAUUGAAAAUAAUAUUUCCUCUCGGUCCUUAUCUCGAAAAUACAGUACGAUUCAGGAUCUGUUGCUCAACCCUCUCUUUCUUCUCACCUCUCUCUUUGUCUGAGCUGGCGUCCAGCUGUUUGGAUGUGUCACUGUGGUACGGAUGCAACAGAUUUUUCUCCCUCGCACACAAACAACAGCCCUUUUGUUUCCGCUGUUUCAAAGGCCCCUCUCUUUCAAAGGACUCCGGGCGGUGCAGGGGUGAAACACCAGCCAGCCAUCACUGAGGUUCAGUCCCCAGCAGGGACUCCUACCCGUCGGUCAGAGCACCUAGCACAGAGAGUGGUGUGAUCUAAGGGGGCUUGUUAUUCUCUCCUUCCCGGUGAAGGUGACAAGUGCUGCAGGGACACGGCACAAGAAAAGACAAGUGCGGUCUUACAGUUUCCAAAAUUUGGAAAAUGCUGGGUUGUAGAUAAAAAAGAGGCCUACCUGAGAGGAGCAUGUGUUGAGGACUUGUUUGUGUCUAUGGUGGGAUUGGAACAAUGGCUUGUGGGAGUAGAGGGAGGCAUCAGCUGGAGACAGUUGGAUCAGAGGCUUGCGUCAAAGCGAAGAGUGCCAGAGAUUAAUUAAACUUCUCCUGAUUUGGAGGUUUGUGUAUGUGUGAAUGAAUAUGACUCAGAGCGGGGAUGAGUAGGAGAGAAAACAUGUUAACAGCCUUUACUAUCAGUGCCAAACUACAGAGACAUAUGGAUUUUACAUAACAAAUGUUCCGACUUCUGCAGCUGCUCGAGGUCAUGAAACAAUCAAGAAACCUGUCCAAAGAGGUGAGGAUGCCCCUGAAGGUGCAUGAACAUUUAUGUACUCGUCUUGCACACACUCCUUAUGUGGAUGUGCUUCUCUGUGCGUGUGUGUGUAUGUUUGCCCGGUUGAUUCCCCCUCAGAGCGAGCAGCCAUUCCUCACCGGCAGGCCCACUGUGUGCGCUUUUUCAGCUUAACCCCUGACUCGCAACCCUGCUGUGACCCCACGCUGCUUUUUGAUUGGUCCGAGACUGUGAACUUGAAGGCCAGGAAGGAAGACGCGGGGGGAAAAAAGAGCAGCUACCAGGGGCUGCCCGUCUUAACAGGCAGCAGCUGAUCAAACACCCACUCAAUAACACAGGCUUUCACACAAACAUCCCAGAGUGCAGACUGGGUUAGAAAUCAGGGACGGAGUUCACAUAAUGUUGAGCACAUUCUGCAGCUUUCAUGCAUUCAUUCUCGCACAUGCUCCGAAAAGUAUCCGGCGCACUUGACUCCCUGCAUAAAUCAGGCACACAGACUUGUUUGUUUUCCAAAUGUUCUCUGUUGAUUGGCAAAGUAUUGUGCGUGCUGUGAAUACUUGUUACCCAUUAUCCUCAUGCUGGUGAACAUCCAUUUCUCCCAUCACUUUGCUUGUUGUCAGUGUGUGUGUGCUUGUGUCAAAAGACACACUGAUGAGACAGCUGAUCCCGACGGUAAUUUUGAUUACAAGGUCAAACUUUCAGAAGCUUUCUCCCUCUCUCUCUCUCUCUCUCUGGUUUUGUUUUUUUCCCCUCUCUUGCAGUGUCUGCACCUCUUAAAUGCCUUCUUUAUGUUUAGCCUACUGAUUAGCUGCAUGACUGAUUAUAAGAGCUCCAAACACACAAACACCCCUGCGCUCGCUCAAGAUGCUGUUGAUCAUUGCGGCUUGCAAAUUGAAAAACAAAGAAUUAAAGUUAUUAAUGAUCAGACGGCAGAUAGGCAGUAGCAGCUGUAGGUCAUCGGUGAGGUCAUCAGUCUGUGACCGGCACUAUCGGUGGGAUCAUCACUGUGCUGCAGCGGCAGGUGUGACAUCAUUUCAGGGGAUGAUUGCACGGAGGACAGCUCCGUUUUCACAAGUUGAAAGGGUAACACGUGACUCAAAGAUAACCUUUCAGCAGCUCCUCUGUGCAGUGUGUGUGUGUGUGUGUGUGUGUGCUUGUGCGUGGGUGUGCGCUCCAAUCCAUUACCUGAAAUUGGUUUACAAAACCUAUGAUGUCAGCAGGCGACUUUUAUAAUGUGUUUUUAGACCUUGUCAGGCCACAAGAUUGCAGUAUCAUAUCCCUGCAGAGUGCUGAUGUAUUUUUUGUUAGCUACUUAUCAUAUUUCAGGGAUUCUUGAGAGUCGGGACAAAACACUUCCUAAAAAACUUUUUUUGAGAAUGCACACUAUAUUGAUUAGAGUUAUUUAUUACUGUAGAGAAAGGUCUUAGCUAUUUAACCCCGUAAAGGAACAGGCUCUAAAUAAAAACAUUUUUUCUAUAAAUUAACAUGUUUCCCUUAGACAGUGGAUUUGUGUCAACUCCAUCAGACACACAAAAAAGAAUAUAAUUUUAAUAAUUCUAGUCCAACAAGAAUCUAAAGUUCUGAUGUAUGUUGUAAUAGUGUUUAGUUACUCUGAUAUGCCAUGAAAUAUAAUAUAUAAACCUAAUGUGUGAUUUCACACUAUUUUGAAAACCAAGAUUUCUAAAUAGUUGCAUUUUCAAACUUUGUUUUUAAUUUUUAUAUUAUAAAAACAAUUUCUGUAAGUAAAUAAGACACAAGAGGAUGUAGAGCCAAUGCUCCUUUAUUACUUAAACAAUAUAAACUGAAGAAACAAAUUUUUUUUUCUCCAAAAUUGAAGAAAAACAUACAUCUGACGGUGUUGACGAACACCUGACGGAGUUGACGAGAAACUGACGGAGUUGAUGACAUUGCAUAUGUUAUUGAACAAAUGUGUUUUUAAACCGAUCGACAAUAGGUCAAUAGGUGAAAAUAGAUUAAGAACUAAUAACUCCUUGUUUUCAUACUGAACAUACCGUUAAUGCAAUUAACCACCGCGCCGACAAGGCGUUUCCAAGCACAUUUUCGUAUUUUGGUGAGUUGUGCAGCCCGGCAUAAGUAUCCCCCCUCCCCUAACUCAGCUCCUUCCAGCGGCGUAGGUCAUAGGGAGGGAGGAGAGAGGGCGUUGAGUGGGUUUAACACAGCCGAGACCUGUAUUGACCAAUAACAUCAGCUCUUCUUCUCGCCUUUGAAUCCGCCACUAGCGAGGCGUAUUACCAUUUUCGUGAAGUAGUCAAAGAGAUCAAGAGAUGUCUGAAGACAGCAAUGCCACACGAUGGCGACAGAAGGCAGCUCCUCAACAAGUGUCACUGUAAGCGCUGCAUUGGGCGUCCUCCGCACUGUCUCAUAUAAGCACAGAUGGAUUUGGUGUGUGUAAUGUUGGACCCACUGGUAAGACAAACACCCUUUUCCACAAAUAAAGACAAUCACAUUAAAUUGGAUAUAUUUAAACCUCACGUGACAAAGGUGGGUUGUGCGCAAAGGUCACAACAUAAAUUCCAAUAAUGGCAUUAAAAUCGGAACCAAUCUGUGUGUAAAUCGCGCUCCGUGGCCUGGCUCUUUCUUUCAUAGAUGUUGACAUAUAAAAUAAAUUUGGCUCACAAAACUGAUUAUUAUAAUAUUUGUAUGUAGGCUUAAAGUAAAAAACUCAUCUGAUCACUGGAACAAAUCAUCUGUUCAGCUGCCGCAGCAGCAGCUGCAGCAGGACGGGUAGAGGACACGGAGACAUGUCCAGGUUGAGCUGCGUGAGAAAUAAGAGGAAGAGGAAGCUAGAAAUGGGGGCAGACAAAUUAAAUAUCUUGUUAACUUCAUCAUGUGUAUUUAUUUACUAGAUAUUUGAUUCAAUUUCAUUCGGAUUCAGCAGCUGUGUUAAUUUGGUCAGGUUGAGUGUCCAAACGCAUGCCAAAUGCGCUCAUCAGAUCAGAUAUAGAUCAGAAUAUAUCGAUAUAGAUCUAAAUGUAUGUGCUGACACAGAUUAUUAGUUGUUAUUGAUUAUUUAUUGCACGGAAAUGUUCCUGACACUGUGGAAACCUGCUGGUGAGGCCGAUAUACCGCCGGUCUCCCAAAAUACCACUAGCCCAUCCGGAUCCACCUGCGCUGAAAGCUGACCAGGUUUGAAUCUGCGAGCUUUCAGCGCACUUUACAUGCCGGCAACAAGUACAAAAAUGUCACUGCACCAGCUGAUUCUGUGGACACCUCACCCUGCCACACAUCCACGCCCAGCUUGGCGGACCUCGGUGCACCUCAGUCCACGAAAAUACCAAACUGGCUGUACGCUGAGCUCCGCCAGACGAAAAUGCCACUGCGCGGGGUUCGCUACCCUCCGCCAUGUCGCCGGUGGACACAAAAAUAGAGCCCAAGGUCUGAGGGUCCAAGUUAACAAUGUAAAAAUAAUAACCUUUUUCUUCUAUCUGGUAUCCCACCUACACUGGGGUUUAAAAGAGCAACAUAGAACUUCUUGCGCACUCUAUAAGAAGCCAGUGUGUAGAUUUUAGGUAGUGAAAAUUACAUACUGCACCUUUAGGAUUGUACAUUAAUCAAUCAAUCAAUGAGAUUAGGUGUGUGUGUGUGUGUGUGUGUGUGUGUGUGUGUGUGUGUGUGUGUGUGUGUGUUGGGAAAGUUUGACAGUUAUAAUUAAGCAGACAGCCUGCCCAUGGUCUACUCUACAAAGCAGAAGUAUAUGGUAAAAUAACGUAAUAUAUGCUAUAUAUGUACUUUUAUGUGCAGAUAAGACCCUGGAAUAACAUUGUUAUCCUUAACCAUGUUCAAAAAUAGCAUAAUGUCAGCACAUAAAGAGGUUAUAGGUGGAUUUGUCAACUCCAUCAACUUACAUGUCAACUCCGUCAGACACAAAAUCUGACGGAGUUGAUGUCUGACGGAGUUGACGUAAGGGCAUGUACUUUCCCUCCAAAACAUUUAUUGUACAGUGCAGCUAGGUACUUUUUUGGCAGUUGCUAGCUGUCCUGAUAAUCUCACUAAAAUACUUUAAUUGAACUCACUAUGGUUUAAAAAAAAGUAUAAUAACAGAGGGACGGUGUUGACAUGGUCCAGCUGUGACCAUACAAAUAUUGACAUUGUUUGUCUAAAAUAUCAAAAACUGUAAAACCUACCAGACCAUGUGUGGUGGUGUUGCAUUCACCAGAAGCAGGAAAUGAAAAGGGGUCCUCAGGGAUAUAGCUGACCAUGAUAUUGCAUGAUUUAAUGAGGUUUAUAGAAUAAUCUGAUGGAGUUGACAGAAACUGAGGACACAACUUUGAUAGGCAGAUUUUUAGGCAAAAAGCUAUUUGAUGUUCAGGCCAUUCAUUGUUUAUAUAUUUAUAGCCCUGAAUUUUUAUUUGAUGUAUAUGUUUUCACAAUUAUAGAGUUUUUUAAGGUUUUUUGGGGCUGGUCAAUAUUGUGACCUCUUGCUGAGGACACAACCAAUAACAUGGACCUUCUAACCACAGACGUUUCAUUUAAACAAAUAUCCUCCCAAAAAGUAAAUAUCUGUGCUAAAAAAUAGGAUUGGUAUACACAAAUCCAUUAGAUUUAACUUUUUGAGUAUGUCAAACAUUUAGAAUUUCUUAAUUGUUUUGAAUAAAUUAGACUUUUCUAUGUAGGACAUGUUUUGUCCCGACUCUCAAGAAUGGGUGAUUUAUGUGUUUUAUAUUCAUAGUGUCCGCUCAUCGCUGCUCUACAUUUUAACCAAACCUAUACCACACUCUUUGCUCAUGCUACAGGACGAGUUGCUUCUGUGGACUGUGAAAAACAUAGACAUUGUUAUGUGACGUUGCAAUGAUGGUUCACCCCCUUUUACAUUGUGUUUGAAUAGAAAAAUAGACAAUAGACAAGCACACUUCUUUGCACCUGGCUGUAAAUGAGUUAAUGAUUGCUUUAAAGGUGGAAAUUCCAACACAGAUAUUAAAGGGAUAUUCUGGCGUAAAACUAAGUUAGAGUCAAACACACCGUAACACUGGGUUAGACAGCCCCUCGAGAGAUGAAUGUUGCCGAUUGCUUGCUUCUCUAGUUAUACCAAUUUUAGUAACGACUGCACGAUAGCAAUACACAGCGGUCUAAGGAGCCACGCGCACACCUCAACCAAUCAUUUCUUCACUGAAAUGCAAUCAGACUGAGACGCUAAGGCAGAGGAACUACUGCGUCUGCAGUGCAAAAGGAUUAAUAUGAUGAUUAUUACUUCAAGGAAAUGAUAAAGUAAUGAGUAAAAUGUUCUUCCUUGAGCUGCGUCACUCCACUGCACUUGGUGAUGGACUCGUCCGAGCUCUCCCUACAAACAAGCAGCUGCUGGAGGAGAGUGGGUAUGUUGUGUUUAGUCUCUUUGCAAAAGAAAUCAGGAAACACUGAGAUGUUUGGUGGCUAGUUCCAUGGCUGGGACCCUAUAUGUACCGUUGAUGAAGUUAGGUGCUGUUCUGAGCAUUAUUUGUGGCUAUAAAGUGGUGUUUUGGUUGAGGUGUGCGCAUGGCUCCUUAGACCUCUGUGUAUUGCUAUUGUGCAGUUGUUACUAAAAUUCGUAUAACUAGAGAAGCAAGCGGUCGGCAACAUUCAUCUCUUGAAGAAGGGUUGUCUAACUACGGUGUUUUUGACCCUAACUUAAUUUUACGCCGGAAUAUCCCUUUAAUGGGGCUUCUGGGGCCUUUGGAACCGGCCUGAGGUACUUCAGUUUCUGGCUGAAUUUCUGAAUAUGGAGGUUGCUACUUGUUCACAUUGGAGCAUCCUUAGAUCAUAUUUGUGUUCAUUAAGUAAAGUCAUGCUUGUUCCUGGAGAGAUGUUGAAACUCAAUAUGCUGCAAAUCAAUGUGAUCUGACAUGCUGUGUAAUGUAUACAAUCAAUAAAUUAUUGAGCAUAUACACAUCAUAUUAGAGUUUGCAGAAUGAAGAAAGCUUAAUAACAAGUUGCCAUCAUUGAAAACUCCCAAGCCACCAACAGUUUCUUUACAUCAUUUGCUUUACCAUUCAGUGUUUUUAUCCCUGACCAUCUGCUCAGUUUUUGUGCACAUUUUUAUUCAGUGCAGCUGUAUACAGAAGAGAGUAACAGGCAAAUUAAAAGUCUAAGUAAUUGUAAUGCUAUUUGUGCUGUCAUGGCUCUCAGAGAGAAUCUUAACAGCUGCUCGGUGUACUGUUUCUCCUCAGGACCCGAGACUGUCUUUGCACUUUGAGCCACAGAUGAAUGCUUCGGCUCUUAAAUCAAGUGUAAAAUAAAGACAGACUGUACGAGAUAAAGGAAGCGAGGAGGGGCUUAUAAUUGGAGGAGCCAGUUUGGUCCAGUGAAAAGAGGAGUGAAAGGAGGAGUUGGUAUGGAGACGGGGGGGGAGCAGACAGUGGUGGAGACAGAGGCAGACCAAGAGAGAAAAGGGAGGGAUUUGAGGGGAAGAAUGAGUGAAACCUUAGUACCUGAGGCGUGGGCUGAGGCCUUUAGCUGCUGGUGCCAGAAUGUGUUUUUACGAGCCUGCGGUCAGACGGAAAUAAAAGGCAACCGAGCGGCUGAAUGGCAUCGCACACACACAUAGACACACCAUUCAAUGGCCUCUCACAGUUUGGUUUUAUAAUGUCACAGUUAUUCAAUGUCUCCAGCCCCCAUAAUGCAGUGUGACUGAACAAGCAGCACACUCUCCCUGGUGGUACGGAGGCAGGGAGUUAGAAGGAAGGUAGAGGGAGAAAAGAAAGCAUUUGCAACACCUCUGUAUUCCUUUCAACAGUGCCAGGGGCAUAGAAACAGGUUCUCUUAUGUUCUUUAGACUCAUUAUAUAGAUUUUAUGGUCACUUAGUCAAAUCGCUGCCUUUCUCUUUUUGCAAAAUCCCUUUGGUGCUUUUUCCCUCCCUCGCUCUGUCUGUUAGUCUUCUUAAUGUAAUUUCCCCCUUUUUUUAUUUUGAUGUAACAAGUAACUCUCACUGAGCCUUACUUGUCUCUGAAGCAGGAAUAAGAGAAAACGGAUAAAAAAGGAAAAGCAGGAAAAAAUUAUUUCAGCAGAUAUUUACAGUGAAGAUUCAGCCAGCAGAGGUUAUCCGAGGUUGCUCGUUCAGAGAUGUGAUGUUAACCUGUGAGUAACCUCUAACGUUCGCUGAAGACUAACACGGGGGGUAGAUCGCGACCCUCUUAAGCACAGAAGAGGAGGAGAAGGUGGAGGAAUAGACGGAGAAAUGGAAAUAUUUUAAAUCAAUCCUGAGGCUCCUGACUAAGGACACGUGCUGACUCUCCUAUGCUCUGUACAGAAAGCAGAGUGAUACUCUGUGCCGUUGCCAUGGAAAUGCUGAACAAGUGAUGGAUUAUUGGAAAGGGACAGAAAAAGAUUUCAGAUUAACAGUUUUACCUCAUUCCAGUCUUUUUUUCUCUAUUUCUACACUUCUCAUAAAAAUACCAUGAAGUCAACAGAGACUCACACUUAUAUUAGAAACAUUUUUUUUACGACUCUCUGCUCGGUCUUUGUUGUAGCUUUGUGAAUAUUUGGCAAGCGUAACACAAAAAUAUCUCUAUUGACGGUUUAAUUUGUGUAUGCACAUUCAGUACAAAGAUCCGCAGAGCUUUGAUUAUAUCGUGCUGUAAAAAUGAACAUGUUUUGCUGCAGCAGUUGCGCGACUAAUGUUGCUUGGUCUCAUACACCCACACCUAUGCACUCAACACACACGCACACACACAGAAAAUUGCUGCUGCUUCCACCAUUUGUCUCUAAAACACUCGUUUUCUACACUUCUUCUAUUCCCAUGGGAGUGACAUGGUGAGCAGUAGAGUCGCACACAUUCAUGCACACAUGCUAAACACUACAUCUGAAUGUAUUUAUAGUUUGUGGUGGACACCAUGUCCUAUGUUUACUAUAACUGUUUGUCUCAUUGAGCUCCAGUCACCGUGGCAAACAGUCUAUAUUUGUGCAUGCGUACAUUCACAUGUGUUUGUGUUUUUCUGAGCUCCAUUGUUCUGCAGAGGUCAGUGUGUGAAGGGGACAUUUCAGCUGCAUAUUUCCCAUAGGGCCUUACAUGGCUCAACUCAAUACAGAGCCAGUGAAACUGACCCCUAUCAGCGUUUUUUUUUUUACAGAAGUAGAGAGUGUGCAUUAUUUUUUUUAAUAUGCAGUGUCUAUAUGAGUGAGAGUACAGCAGUCUGAGCAUGUGUGUACAGUGUGUUUGUGUGUUAUGAGAAUAAAAAGAGCAAGAGUGAGGCUUUGUGUCCUGUCUCUUCUGCACCAUUAGCAUUCUUCAGCUUUGACAGACAGUACAGGAAUCAAAUGCCUCUUUCAUGUGGCCAAACUCAGAGAGUGUGUUUGUCUGCAUGUGUGCGUGUGUGUGUGUGUGUGUGUGUGUGUGUGUCUGUGUGUGUGUGAGGGGGAUCUUUCUCAUGAAUUGUCGAGAUAGAGAGGGAUACAUUUCCCCCUUCAGUGGUAAAGUGCUUUCAGCACUGUACUAUUAAGGGCUAUUGUUAGAGCUACCCAUGACCUGGUCAUGGCAUGAGACUCAGUGUGUGUGUGUGUGUGUGUGUGUGUUUCAGUGUGUGUAUGUGUGUUGUCUAUUUGCAAGGGUUUGCGUGCUGUUCUUUGGGCUGUACCCAUUAAUAAGGGGGUACUCAGCCAUGGAGUUCACCUUUUCCCCUAUAAUAGCUAUCUUUCUCCCUCCAUCUCACUCACUACACACAUACACACACACAAACAGACUCACACACACAAACUCCACUACACUCAAGCUACCCCGAAAAAUAUUUUCAGUGGACAACAUGGAGUUAGACUUUCCACAGCAGCCCUUAAGCAUUUAUUUCUCACCUCAGAAGUAUAACACAGAACCAACAGCACAACAUAGUUUACGCCUGAAGGUGAGCUUCUUCUGCCAAUUUGUAACUUAUAACUUAUGCCGUUAGCUCUGUCACAAGGAAUCAUGAAGGAGUGAUCCAUGGUCGACUGUUAUUGGUUUUUUAACAUCCAAUACCAAUAAUUAGAGAACAGGUCAGCUGAUCGCCAAUGUAUACAUGGGGUUAUAGAUCACAGAACAUGAUUGAUAUUUAUGUCAAAUGCAUAUUAAACUGCAUUAUCGCAUUUCAUAACUGAUUUUAUUAUACACCCUGGCCAGUGACUGUUUUAGAUUUGAUAUGUCGUUAUACAGGAUGUGGAAAAAUGUGCGAUGUAAGGACAUUAAGGCAAAUAUCAGGGUGCAUGAAAGUUAGAGUUGAGCCACAGGGGUCAAAACUGACUUUAUCAUCAGCUUCCCAAAGUACUCCACACCAGCCACACUGGCGGGACUGCCUACAGGGUCUGCAGGUAUAAUUUGUUCUUUUUUUUACAAACCAUGUGAGCACAGGCUCUUCUCAAAUACCAUUAAUUGGCCCUAUUGAUUGGUUGCCUGAUUGAUCAGUCGACUUUGGCAGGAGAAUCUAUAAUAUUAAAUUAAAACGUCAAUAUUCAGCCUGGUAGACGAAUCAAUAAUCGUGUCACACAGGUUAGGAUAUUUUACAUUUUGCCUUAACAUUAAAUGACAUUUGUGACGAUUUCAUGUCAACGCUUCUCCAUCCUCAACGGCGCAUUUAUAAUCAAUUUAUAAACUUUGUCCCAUUUUGUGCAUGACAUUAAAAUUCAAAGCAUAAGAGAUAGGCUAUUGCGAGUAAGUGUCGACACUUAGCAGAGACCUGGUUACAGGUGCAUGCAGCAAGGCGAAAACAAGCUUGGUGAGUAGGUGCUCUUAACUCUCACUAGUGGAACACUUCUAAGUACUCUUCUGUAAUCAGUUAUCAACAUUUAAAUAUUUUUUGGACUAAUUUUUUGCACUCACAAGCACAAAAAACUUAGAGGUUUAUGCAAAAGACAGUAAAAAGUGUGGUAUUGUCCCUUUAAUUAUGCUGAAGUAUUCGUACAACAUAUACUAGGAAGGAUCACAAACACCAAAGUAGUGCUUGACAAGAACUCUGCAGCUAAUGUACUCACUUUGUGUAUUUAUUAGAGGAUGGGAGGUAAAUGGACGAUGGACACAGAUGUUGCUGUUGUUCACCAUGGAGAUGUUGCACACGAUGAAGCAGGCAGACAACACGUCUCCGUCUUUGAGAAUGUGUACAAUGUGGACGCGUCAGGAUAAUAAUAACAAUUUGAAUUGAUUCACGGUGUACCAUCAUUGACCAGGAAUUUGUUGUUGGAGACACUGGAGCAGACAUAUUGAUUACCCACCAUGGCAACACAAGUACAUACAGGCACAACAGGACCUCACAGACCGUACAGGGAAGUGUGUGUGUGUGUGUGUGUAUAUACUGGUGAGAGUGUGUGAGCAGUGUUUUAUUGCUGUGGACUUUUCAAAGGGUGGGAGAGUGAGGAGGAUCAUGGGUGGGCCCCAAAGAGACCCUUUAGAGAUGGAGACACCACUUCAGACUACACUCAGCCUUCACAAAAUGGAGGGAGGAGGAGGAGGAGGAGAGAGUCGAUAGAGGGUGAAGGGAGAGCCUGGAUAUCAGAUUUUCCACAGAGUUAAGCGAUCAUCUGUGUUGUGUCUGUGAGUGUGUGUGUGAAGUAGUGGUGGUGUUUGAUUUGACCAUUCGCCAGCUUGAGUUGGGGUGUUAUUCCCUCCGCUCCUGCAGCUACAAGCUGCAAUACUUCCUGCUUUUAGCUCAGGUAUUUCCCAGCAGCAUUAAGGAAGCUGUUUACCAAAGAUUGCUCUAAAUGGACGGGUACUUUUCAAAAUAUAUAUGCAGAAAUGCCUCUAUUUUCUCCGGACGUGUUUACCUGGAUAAAAAAGUGAAGUCAGCCCACCUCCUUCUCCUCCUCUUUUCCCCCUUCCCUUUUUCCUUUCUCGCGCUCUGCUUCCCUCAGUCACACAAACACUUCAUACCUAUUUUCACAUCGGUCUCUGCGGGGCCUUCAGCCAUUAAUUGUGUCCCAGACUGGGAGCAGGGAGAAAUGGUGGCUGGGAGCUCUGGGUGUGCACAGGAGAGAGGCAGGCAAGGCUGGGCGCAGCUCUUCCUCUCUCUCCUGAGGAGGAAGUCGCUCUCUCAUAUCGCUGCCCACAUCCAUCCUCAGAAUAAUGGUCUAAAUUCACCGCUGAGUUUUCACUGUCUCUGUGGAUGUUAGUCAUUAUUACAGUGAAAUAAAGCAGAGUGUUUCCUUAAGGUUUAGCCCACUUUAACACAAUCAGUACAUGGUUUAUUAAAAAGGAACAGCGAGGCAUUUCUUGUUCCCUGUCAACCUUUUCUCUUUUAUACUUUGAGCUUCUUUAAUCACCGCAAUCGGUGAUUUCUUACAGUCUUAGAUCCGACAAAGGAUAACAGCUCUGAAAAGAUAUCUUCCUCUGGCUGCAUGCGUGUCUGAGCGCCGCUGCUCUCCUUUGUUUCUGUGCAAUAAGGUAAUAUCAAAAGAGACAACUUCAUUGCUUUGUUUCACAUCUCCCUCUGCCUUGAUUUAAGUCUUAAUAUUUCCCCUUAACCACCCUCUUUUGCCUAUUUUGUAAUAUUUCCCCCUUGUACAGAGCCGUGCAGUUUACCAUAUUUAUUUAAUUUCCAUUCCAGCUCUGUUUAUUUCACUCCCGUUUCCUCUGGUUGAAAGGCUGCAUUAAUUGUCAGACUUUAUUGAUGUGUUUUUUCAUCAAACCUUCCCCGGCACUGUGGGGAAAAUGAAAUUUUUUAGAUAAUAAUAGAUUUGAGAUCAGUCUCAUAGCAUGCAAUGUGUUUAUUACAGUGCUAGUUCAGUUGUUUAAAGCUGCUGGUGUAAGGAGGAUGUGGCUUUUCUGCUCAUAAUGUCCAAUAAAACGCUGCAUUAUAUCCUACGAGAGAGCUUGUGUCAGUCAGCAAUUCUAAUCUCAUAACCUGUUCCCGCUCCACAGGUGACGCCGGACCAGCUUGUGAUGCUUUUAGAGCUUCUACUGGAGGAAGAGGAGCUGAAUGUGGCGGCAGUGCGGGCUUUGCAGAAAACUUACAUCUUACAGAACCGAGACGCUGAGGUAAGACCACACACGUAGGGAAGAAACACAUUCACCCACGCGCACACAUGCCCAGACGAGAGAGCAUAUGCACCCAAGCUCCAUAAUCUUCCUUCCAAUAAUAAAAAGUAGACGGUUUCCUCUCUCUUUCCAUCCCAAGACGCAGCGCUUUGUAAUGUGUUGUAAAUCUGCAGUAAUAGCAGCUCUCUUCUUUACAGCCACCAUUACCGACUAAAUCCCACAAGUAUUCCCUUUAUGUUUUAGUACUGCACACUGUUCCUUAAUGGUACUAUUAACAUUGUUUGUGAGUGUGUGACUUUUUUUUUUUUUCCUCAUCUGUGUUUGUGCUUUCAAGUCGUAUGUGUGUUGGCGGCUCAAGUGUUCUUUGCUGUGCGCCUCAGCACAGGAGCACGGGUGUGAAAGCACAGCUGCAGCUGAGUGCGUCCACUCGUCUGUAACACAGGGUUCAUCUCCAACAGAAAAUUAUGAUAUGUAUUUAGAUUUUUUACGGCUUCAUAUUAACUAUAUGAGCUGUUUUGUUGGGGUGGUAAUGUAUAUAAUGAGGCUCAGAUGUUCAGCCAACUGAAAGCUAAUUGAACUGAAUCCAGACGGUUAAAAGUCGACUUUUAUCGUCCAAAUUCCGAGCUUCACAGACCACCUGUUCAGGUUCACACGAGUCAAAACGUUACUCUGAUUUUACCCUUGCUGUCUCCACUUUAAGUAAUUAACCUUGAGGUCACAAGUUGAGGUGAAAUAGUGUUUUGGCCUCGGGUCCAGCUUUAGAUUUUCUGACCUCAUAAGUCUCACUUCCUGGCAGAUAAAACUAGAUCCACAUCUGCGUUUUCCAGGAAAAACUUUCAGUGUUUGCUAAAAAUACCCAAGGCCAUUACGCACAGAGUCAUGCAUGAAACUGCACACAUACGCACACUCUUUUCUCUCAUACACACACGCGCACCUGCUAGUACCUGUCCAAAGGCAAUGGUCCUCUCCUAAUGUCGGUAAUCUCGUUCAGUAGAGGUUAAUCACCUACGUCUUUCCUUAUAAAUGUGCACUUUUAUUCUCCUCUCUUUCUCUUCAUUUCUGUCUCCCCUCCGUCUGAUUGCGUUCAAUCUUUUCACUCAGCUUCUCCCUGUCUGGUAAUGCAUCCUCUUCAGAAGAUUGAUCUGUUCUAUGUAUUUUUUUGGAGACUGAGUGCAGUUCAGCCUCUGCAGCAUCUCACUGUUUACCUCACAGAGAGUGAGAGCUUUUCAGAGUGGAUGAAUAUUGGAUUAUAGAAAUGAUUCUUGGCUGCUGAAGAGCGGUUAGUACGAUGUUGACUCAGAGCGGAUCGUGAUUCGACAAAACACGACACAGAUUGUUCAGCCCAAAAUAGACGACUAUUGUCACUCCCUGCUGCAUGGAGUAAUCCUUCUGAUGAUGAUUUUAAUCUGUGUUAAUGAUCAGCCGUCUGAUUUGCAGUUUUAAAUUAGUAUAUUUAUCCAUUUUACGUGGUGAUUUGGGUAAAAGUGGUGACAAAGCUGUGGUGGCUUGAUUUUAAAACCUUACAGGACUCCUUGAGACAUAAAAAUAAAAUUUUACAAAUACUCUCUUUUACUAAAUUGUGCUAUUUUAAACAAAUCCAACUUUGAUCCUCUUUUACCCGGACAUGUCAUCUUUUUGGGGGGCUGUUCGGGUUUGUCCGGGGAAGUUUAUAAAAUUCUUCAAAUGUCUGCGCUUUUGUACAAAAGUUUCAUGGACUUACUGAGUUAGAAGUGCCUAAAAAUACUCAAUCCAACCCGAAAAACUCCCAAAAUUAACUGACUCCGCCUCCGUCAGAAUAUGGUCACUCUUACUUUGAUCCUCCUCUAUUUGAUUAAUAACCACUUGAAGUCUCGAUCUUCAAGCAUGCAAGUAAAGAAAAAAGAAUCAACAUUGAUUCUGGAAAAACGUCAAAUAAAAAUGAGGAUCAGCAAAAGAGGCGCUCUACAGAAGCACAACAGACUCGACUGUACACGUUGCAAUCUCAGGAGUAGAGAGGAGUUCUCUAACAGUGAGAAAAGAGCCUGUCACUGGGUCAAAGGUCCUGUGAAAAGUGGCGUGCAAGCUAAGUUUCUGCGUGUGAUUUGCAUGAGCAUGUCCUCAAUAGCAGCAGGAAAUAUGUGGCUGACCACCAGUGUGCGUGCUGCUUUGUGAAUGGUGUGUGAGUGACCAUGAAUACGUGUGAGCUGGAGCAUGUGUUUGUAUGUAUGAGAGAAAGUUCAUGCCUAACCCCCUCCCCGUCCCUCCAACCGCUUUCAUAUGAGCGUCAUGUGAUGUGAGAUCCUGUGCGACUGUGCAUGUAUGUGCAUGUAUGUGCGGUAGAUCCACGAGCAAAUCUCAGAUUUUUUUUUUCAUGAGUGAACAUGCACCGUUGUGCGUUUCAAAGGCCAUCUGUCGGUCAAACACACAGGAUGUAUUGUCUGUUCGAGCUCAGGUUAGCUGCGCUCCCACAGUGACUGGAGACUCCUCUGGACCACAUUAAGUCUGGUUCCACCGCAACAUGUGGAGCCGAGCGGCGCAAACAACAGGAAGAGGAAAAAGAGUUAUUAUGAAUAAACCAAAGAGUGUUUAGGGAAGAAGUAAAAAAGUCAACCCGAGUUUAUUUGUACAGCCUUUCAUCACAUUGACAGUCUCAGUGGGCUUCACAGUCUGGAAAUAGAAACAGCUCCUCGAAUGAAUGAGAAAAACUCCCCUGAAAAAAACCCAAAUGGGAAACUUUAAAAACUCUGAAAAGGACAACAGAGGGGGGAUCUCCCUUCGAGGACUUGUAGGUGCCACUGGGCAAAUACCGAGAUAGGAAAAACAAUAGCAGCUAUAGUUAGAUACAAUAAUGGAGCACAGAUAUAAAAAACAAUUGCCAAAAAGUCCCUAAAGGUUGGCUUGUCAAAUGUGAUGAUUUUCCACCAUCGUUAUCUCUGUUGGUAUUGGAUGAUGAAUCUUUGUUGAAAAAAUGAAACAAAAACACAGAAAGGGAACGUAGAGUUCUUCAGGUGUCGACUUGAGGCUGACCAAAGGCCAAGCAAACCUGCCCCAACAGAAAUAAACAUUUUCUUUCACAGCCAGUUUUGGUCUGUACGCCUCGUCUCUAUUUUUACAAACUGUACAAGGAGAAAAUUAUAUUAACAAUCAUUUUAUGAAUAUUGCAUAAUGAGAAGUGUGGCUGACUAUUGGCCAGAACGCUCAAGGCCUGCCUCUGCAUCUCUGCUUUGUCUCUAUCCAGGCUAAUUGAAAGUUAGGUCAAGUCAGCAUUUCCAAUAUGGCAAACCCCGACGUUGGGCUCCAAGUCUCUACUUCAGGAACAAAUGAGUGAUGUCACUGAGACUACAUCCAUGUUUCAUAUGGACUGUGGUUGAAAUCAAGCAACUGGGAGGCAUCUCCUUAUCCUUUGGGAAAUAACGUCAUUUUUGUCACUCCUGACAGUUGAGGUGCCUGGACAAGAACAACCAAUUGUUCUUUUUAUUUUGGCUUUUUUUGGACUUAAUUGACAUAUAGAGGACAGGAAUGGUGGAAACUUGCAUAACACAGACACCUGAAAAACAAUGUUCAUAGGCUUGUAAUUGAGACGUACAUUUAUUUGUCAAAAUGUGCCAUGCUACGAGAAGAGACCUUACCUUCAGUAUGGAUAGGCCUUUUUAGAUAUUUUACGGUAAUUAGAAAUGUGGUAUAUAGAAUAAUAGAAUCCUUUACCUAAAUUGUAAUGCUGCAUUGAGUUACCUCCGAAGUCAGAAGUUUGAGCUGAAAAUGACGUCACACCCGAGUUACCAGUGUUUCUGUUUCCAAGUCGGAAAAAAGCAUAAUCGGAGGCAGAAACAAGAUGGCUACAUCUACAAAAGUUAUUUUAGGGCUAGCCUUGUCCUUGUUUUAUUCGGACAAGAAAAGCGCUAAAAUAACUUUUGUAGAUGUUAACUCUGGUGUGACGUCAUUUUCAGCUCCAACAUCUGACUUCCGAGGUAACUCGAACGCCGCAUCAGUUGCACUCAUAAGUGUCCUUAAAAUGUUUUAUAACUCUUUUAAAGGAUAUGAUGUUUGUAAUAGUUUCAUACAUUUGAUUUAUUGCACAUUAUUGCUCGGGAUUGCUUGUGAUACUGUUCAGAUGUCAGUCCCAUGUGUAAAGUGUAGCGCAGUUAAAGCAGUUUGAGGGGCGGUUAAGUGCUAAUUUUGCAGUUGUUUGAAUUAAAGACAAUUUACGUCAUAAUUACCCCCUGAGACUGUGUUUAGGUGCUAACUCGAACACUCAGGUGGUUCAUACAUUAUAACAUCUGUCGUGCUUCAAAGACUCUGACAGUAUGAAAUAUAAACAGUAAGUUUGUUAGGAAGUUAGCGCCAGCAUGCAAUGAGUGAGUUAGUGUUAGUUGAAGCGUCUGUGUGUCGAACUCUGUACUCGUGGAUGUGGUAGUUGAGGAGGGUGAAGGAGGGCUGGGGGUGCAGCAAUAAAUGAAGGAAUGUCACUGUGUUAUUGCAUGUGCUGUCAGAGAGAGAGAGAGAGAGAGAGAGGAGGCCCAGUGAGAGGAAGUAGAGUUAAAAAGGGGGGUAAGAAGAGGUGCACCAGGCAGCUGCUCUGCCCCAGGGCUCUCCCCAGGAAUGUAACCCGGCACAGGGAACAGCUGCCGGGGCUACACAGGCCAGAAGGGCAGGGCUGGCACCAGAGGGCACACAUACUGUACACAGUCAUGAAUCCACACACGCACAUCCUUGUUCCCUUGUGGACAGAGCUAAAAGCGCCCUUUCCACUUGACUUCUACCCUUCUCUUUUUGUCAUGGCCGCUCUGGUGUUUUUUUUUUGUAGCUCGCCAGAAUAAACACAUCAGAGAAAAUAUGGUGGAAAGGAAGAUUUAAGAUUUUGAUGGAAGAGGAACUAGAAAGCCCUUCUGAGACCAAUUAAACUCAUGUUUAUGUAGUAGACUGCAGAGGUACUGUGAGGAUUUCAAUGUGGCUGUUGGAGUAAAUGGAGCAUUGCUCAGGCUCCAUCCUCAUAAACUACAUAAACAGGUGGAGCGGCAGUGCAACAAACAAAGCCAAAGCUCCUAAGAGUGUGCACACAAUCACACAGCUCUCAGGUUGAUCCAUCUGGCCUUUUUUUUAUUUUUCUUGAAUACAGCCUCAAGAUGAAUACCUGCACAAGCACUUUUUUUAAAUGCCCAAAGCUAAAGUUGUUAAAAUAGAAAUCGGUCAUCAGAAAUCCCUCGCUUGGUCAAUGUACUUUCUGGAGGACUAGUUUAUCAUCCAGAGUGAGAGGAAAUAGUGAUGAAGGAGAUUGAAAAACCCUCCAAAAGACCAGUCAAGUGAAACUGUCAGGCUUUAAAGUACAGGGACAGUACUUAAAAGAUUUUUCUUCUUGAUAUUUUUUAUCACUCUCUCCUGUCUCCUUUAUCAUCCUUCUGUCCCUGUAUCCACUCUCUCAUUCACACACACACACGCGCGCGCACUGUCGUCCAUGCACGCGCACAUGCACGGACACGCGUGCACAGCCAUAGCAGAUGAUGAAGGAUGAUGGCAGAGGCAGGGACAGAGCCAGCCUCUGAUCUCUCCUGUAACCGCAGCAACAGAGCUCCUAUUGAUCCUCUGGGAGAAAGGCCAGGCUUUAGCUUUCAUACACAUGAACCCAUACGGUAAAAACACAUCUUUACACACAUCUACACACAAACUGCGAACCCGCGUGUGCACUUAGCCAAGAAUGAAAUCGACCUUUUAAAAAACACAACCUUUAGAUUGAGAUGUUUCCUUUCUGUAGCAAAGUUCACGUCUGUUAAUCCAACGAUUCAGGAUGAAUCCAUUCAUUGUGAGCUGAGCAGCUUUCAGCUUUGUCUCUCAGCGUGUCAGAUGAGCUGUUUGUCUUCUGUUACUGGCACCGAGGGAGACCUGAGGGCAUUAAUGUGUGAAUAUACAGGCCAAAACCAGAACAUGAGGUGUCUUUUGGGGGAGCUGAUGAAUCCAAACAGAUUUAAGUGCAUUUUUUUCCUGGACUAAUCAAAAGUUGUUUACAAGUUUUUAAGUUAUCAGCUCAAUCAGCUUCAAAUGAACAACAUAAAUAAAAUACACCAGCGAACUUUGUAUAACUUCACACACAGGGUCUGAUACUGAAGCUUAAAUAUUCAGAAGUAGAGUUUGAGCUUGAAGUAAAAACUUCUGGCAUUUUUAAUCUCUUUUUAAGUCUAAUUCCAUAAUCUUCUUUGCUUUUAGUUUUUAGGCUCUGUUGGUUCAUGUUGACCGCACUGUAGGGCUUUAUUUCCUACAAAUUAGGAGUUAAUACAAAAGAUCAAACUGAGAAUGAUUUAUGAAUGUUUUUCUUCUGGUUGCACCAACAGUGGUUAUAUUUUCCCCUUUCUUUUGCCUGCUAGGUUCGACAUCGCUGGUGCGAGCUGGUGGUCAAACACGCCUACACUCAGGCUUAUGGAGACGUGGAGCACUUUCUGGUUCAUGACCAGGUAAAUACACGGCUUUGUCAUGUAUCUUCAACUUUGUUUCAACCAUAGACUGUAUGUAGAAUGGACGCCGUCUGCCUCCUCGCUGGGUGAAGCCACAGUGAGAACAGCACCCUCUGGUGACGGGCUGCAGUAUAAAUCCCACUUCCUCCAACAAUCCCUAUGGAGCUGUGGACAAACUUUACAAAUUUUUUACACAGAAUAUAAAUUCUUCUCCCUCCUGCUUGGGAUGUUGACAUGUAGUUACUGUAAGACUAGUUUGCGCUUAAGUCCUCUUUUUUCAGUACGGCUCCAUUUUUCAAAGUUAUUAGGGGGUUCAUGUUUUCUAUGAUUGACACUUAAUACAGCCUAUAAACGUACAAAGAUUGCGUAGCUCACCCAGGGGGUACACUGUUUGAUCAGAGUGUCAUCACAGCGACUCUCAGCGACUCUCCCACCGAAUGCGCACAAUGCUACUGCGCAAUGUUUGUUUCAGUAAGUGGAGAAAAAUCACGGAAAUACCGAGAGCUUUUCAGCUUCAAAUCCAUAUACUGGCGGAAGGCGGAACCAAGUUGUCCAUUAUAUAUACAGUCUAUGGUUUCAACCAGAGAGGAAAAGCUUUACAUGAAGUGAACGCCCUUAUUAUGUAUGUAUGUGUGUGUGUGUGUGUGUUUCAGGCCAUGGGUGUGUAUCUGUACGGAGAGCUGAUGGUUCAGGAGGACCCUGAGCAGCAGGCUCUGGCAAGGCGCUGCCUCUCAUUGGUGCAGGAAGAAAUGGAUCAAUCAGCACGCAGAGUUGUUGAGGAGAUGGUCCUCUGAUAUUGGAGGUGAAAUCUCCUUCCUUUCUAUAUUCAGAGAGUUUUGACCUGAAGUUCAUAUUAGUAUUCCCACUUAAUCAAAGAUUAGAAAAAAAAAGUCAGUUUUUAUCUUUUGACCUUUAUUCCCCUUUCAAAAUCUUCUUCUAUUCUAGUUCUAAUCACUCUGGUUUUGUUUAAAGUGCAUCUGCUCUUUACGGCACUUCAUGUGGGCAGAAAACUCAUCAACAGGUUUCCUCACGAGCUGAAUCAGAAGUGUAAAAAUAUAUUUGUGUAGGUUUGUGAGAUAGAAUCCCUUGCAAUCUGCUCAUCGUUUUUCAAUCAUAGAAAUGUUUUUUUUACAUUUCACUCGUACUGUGUCAAACAUCAGUGUGACAAAGAUCAAAAGAGUCUCAUAAAUAUUACAGCAGAGUUUCUCAAAUAUUCUGUAUCAUGUGAUCAGUUGACAGCUGAUUGAUUGAAUCAUCUGACAUUUUAGCUAUUUUUCUUUUAGUGAGCCGCUCUGCACACCAAAGACAAUAUUUCUGUCUCAUGUCUGACAUUUUACUCUGAAAAGAUCCCUGUGAAGGAACGCUUUGUGUCGGAUUGAUCCUGAUUCCAGCGGACAGUCUACACUUGAGUCAUUUGGCUACCUUUACCUCACAUUCCUCUCUGAGCUCACUGUGUAUGUGCGGGGGCGUGAGUGCGCACAUGUGCGUGUUUGUAGACUCAGAAUGGGGCCUUUUCCGCGGUUUCACAGCAGCACCAUCAGGUUGUGUUUGUCAGAGAAGGAAUUCGGGAAUGUGUUCCUCAAACAAACGGGAGAGAGGGAAGAAAAGAAAAAAAAAGAGAGGGCGAGAGAGAGAACGGGUCAGUGAGCGUUUUCUGAGGGGCUCAGGACAGUCUCUACUUGAUGUGAGCUGAUUUUUACACCAUUGACCCUGAAAUUCCUCUUUUGUGUGUAUGCACCACUGUUGACCUCGGAGGGUUUUGACAGUCAAGAGUUUAUUAGUGUUACUCUAAAUGAAAGGAGGAGAGAGAUUUAUAGUUUAGACAGACAAAAAAAGUGAGGUAGAGAAAGAGAGAGAGAGCGGAAGGAAGGAAGGAAGGAAGGAAGGAGUGAAGUGAAGACAGGUCUCUUUGAAGCUGCUGAUCUUCUCCUGCUAUUACUGACAGUAACCUUUGAAUGAUGAGAGAAGGCAAUUAAAAGGAUUCGGAGGGAAAAACUCAACUCAAGUAAAAACUCAACACUUGGACUUUUUUUUCCCCUUUAUUCUACUUCAAAGCUUAACAAUGCAGAGUUAUAAAAUGGUUUAAAUACUGCAGCCGUAGUGAUGUGAAAUUAAUCCUUACAUCUUUUGUUUGCCUGCUAUUUAUUAAUGAUUGAGUUUUUUAUGCGAUAAGGAAUUAAAUUUGUAUUAGUAAAGCUUCUACACUUGUACUAAACCAAUGACUCAACACUGUGAAAUCAGUAAAGGCAAUGAAAUACGUCCUCAGUUGGUCUGAAUUGGGAUUUAAAACCUGAAAUUCUGGGACAGAAGGUUAAUAAUGAGAUGAACAGUGAAAAAAGUGACAAAAAUUACAAAAUCCAAUGGCAUAAAGUGAAAUUAUGAGAUGAAAAGUUUUAAUUUUAAGAUAAAGGUCAAAGCUAUGAGAUAGUAAGUCAAAAUGAUGAGCUCAAAAGCAAUAAUCUUGAGAUAAUAAGCUGAAAUUAAGAGAUAGUUAUGUCUCAUAAAUAAGACUAACAGAGCAAUUGCAUUAAUGCAACUGACUAUCUCAUAACUUUAACUUAUUAUAUCAUAACUGUCUUUUAAUUUUGCCUUUAAACUCAGUAAAUUAUUCAUAUUUGAGAUUUUUUAUCAAGGCUUAGUGUCUAUAUUUACUGCCAGAAACUAGCCCCUAAAAAAUAAGGAGCAGUCAAAUUUAGAGGGAAAUAAACAUACUUUGUUGUUACAAGGUGAGGAGACAACGAAGAGAAGCAUGUUCUCCACAGAGUAGUGUUCCUCAGAGUUUAUGUCAAGAAAUUAUUAAAAAAAGAUGUAAGAUGCAAUUUCAUCAGUCAAAGGUGAAUGCUGACUGUGAGCACAGAGAUAAGCAGAAAAGCAGAACUGAAACAAGUAAAUGACAGGAAUUUUAUCAGCUGGAAAUCUUUACACUUCAGUUAUGGAGCUGGAAAUCUGCUGCUUUAUGGUAACUUUAAAAUGAGAUGAAUAUAGAGACUUUGGACUCUGUGUUGGUUUAUUUUUAGUUUGGAUUUUCCACAACUGAAAAAAGGUGGAAGGUUAACUAUGAAACCAACUGGUUCAGUUUGAACAGAAAUGAACCCAUAAGCAACCACCUGGAUUAUUAUUUAUAGUUAAUUUAGUUUAGACACUAGGAACAUGUUUUGUACUGACAUGUUGGAUUUAUCUGUAAAUACAAGCAGAUUAAAGUUAGGGGUGUCCCGAUACAACUUUUUGACUUUCCAUACGAUACCGAUAUUGCAGCCUUCACUCUUACUCCUUGCUUCUUUGUUCGUCCCUUAGCACACACUGUUGUUGUGAUUUUGUGGGCUCUGCAUGCCGGAUCCGAGCGCUGCUAGAUAGAGGUGCCAGAGCAGAGUUUGGAUUGAACUGCUCAUAUCAAAGUGCUGAUAUCGGAGAUUUUAGAUGCAGGCCGAUAUAACCCGAUAUUCGUUUUCUUGGACCAAUAUCUGAUAUAAAUAUCGUAUCUGGUCACCCCUAAUUAAAAUGGGCACCAACAGAGUUUCAGCCACAAGGAAGAGCAUCUUUAACAUGGGCUAUAAGACCCAAAACUUUGUCCACAGGGGGCGCCAAAAUAGACACAAAUCAAAAGUUCUAGAAGGACUUCUUAAAUAUUGAACUUUGUGGUGACAGAGGACUAAAUUUCAAAGUUUCAUUUAGACGGUGCGAACUCCAUCAUGUCCUAACCCUUAAGUAUGAACCACUAUUUAUCAGCUGUAUUGUUAACAAGCCACCAAUUGAGCAAGUGGAAGUUCAAACAAAGCGUCUGUGACCUUGGUCCUCACGGAGGUGCUGCUAAAUACUCGUCCCCAUCAACCUGAGUGACUUACAGAGCUAAAUCCUUUUUUAGGCCGUGACCAAGCCGCUACAAGACAGGCUUUUAUCUUCAGACACAAACACACACACACACACACACACACACACACAGCUUUAUGCAUUUGUGCAGGAUGUGAAAGGCUUUCUAGACAAGUGCUCGGCAUCUGGCACAGUCCUGAUAAAUCUCUCUGACACACACACACACACACACACACAUACACACACACACACACAGCGCCUAUCCGUCUGUGCCCAAAGAUCUUUUAUCCUCAUCCUUCACUCCCUCACUACACCUCCCGGUGGAGCCUUGCUACAAGUACAGGAGGAAUGAAACAGAGCGGCACAAGACAUCUCUAAAAAGGAGAGAAGAGAAGAAGAAAAUGAGCGUUCAGAGAUUAAUAUCCCAACUUUUACCAUAGCUUCCCAUUGGACUGAACCAAACAAGCAUCUGUAAACAUCAAUGGAUCAUGGUGGUCAACUGAGCUCAGGUCCAGAUCUCUCUCCAAUUAAAAUGAUGGAUGAAGCAGCCUCCUCUGCUUUUUCAUAUCGCACUGUGGGGAGAUGGAGUCAUGUUUUACUGCUCCAUUCCCGUCCCCCCUUUAAGUGGAGCAGUCCUCCCUUUUACCCCUAUACAACCUCACACGCACUCGCGCAGACACCACAGUACGGCGGGAUUAGUCGGAGGUGGGCUGAGCGGGUUUUAACUGAAAACAACAUGUCUGUCAAGGCGCACUCCUCCGCUCUGUGUUUUUAAAACCUAAAAAAGCACAACCCUUUAAAAGGAGAAGGGUGGUCUCUCCCUGCCCUGUCCUUUUUUUCCCCUCUUUUCACCCUCCCUCGUUCUUUUCUUCCCCCGGUACAUGCCUCUGGAAUCCCUCUUGAUCCGCUUAAUGAGGGGCAUAUCGCCGGGUUAGCCGAGCGUGGUGAAUGGGAGAGGAGGAGAGGGGUAACCAAGGAAAUAGUGUGAGAGGGAAAGAGGAGAGGGAAAGGGAGCGAGGAGCUACAGGUCUGGUUUUUCAUGACUGAACUCUGAUGGCAGACGUAGAGGAGAAAGAAAGUUCGAGCUGUUUCUUUUUCGGUGUGGCAGAUUUGAACCAAGUUGGGAGCUGGACUUAGGAUGGGGGAAAAAAGUCAGACAGAAGAUCUUGUUCUUCUUUCAUGUCUGGGCUGUGAGGGUUCCUGGCGUGCUGAUUUGUGACUUAUGAUAAAAUCACAUUGCCAGGGAUUACCACACAGUCCUGACCCAGCCGGCUACCAUGGCAACCACAACCCCGUCCUAAACACACACACACAUACACGCACUUAUUCCUCUGGUCAAAACUUAAAACCAGAGUAGACAUGAUUAUCUAAGAGAGUGUGUGAUUGUGUUGGAGGAGUUGAUGAUUAGAGAGGGAGAGAAGGAAAAGGAUGAUGAGGGAGCCAGGGGUCUAAGUGUGUGUAUAUAUAUGUGUGUGUGUGUGUACAUGGUAGUCCCCUAGACAGGUUUUGUCUCCUCUCUCCAGCCAGGCACAGAGCUUAGCUGAUUGGUGAACAGUGAUUGAUUUCCUCUUUGUUCACAGUGGCUAAGUUCUGCACCUGAGGAGAGCAUGACCCCGACAAGCAGACAAUGAGCGAGUGCAGGACAAAGAGACAGAGACAAAAGUCUGUUUUGAAGUUUGUACAGUGGCCACUGUGUAGUUCUCUCUCUCUCUCUCGCUGUUUUCCAUUAUCUAAUGUGUGUUUACAUAUUUCAGUCACAGAACUCUUGCCCCUUUGUCCCCCUGUUUUUCCCUGCUCCUUAUUUCAUUUCCCCGUGUCCUCUUUCACCUUGCCCUUUUUUCUCUUAUCUAAUAUCACUCUUUCCCUUUUUCUUACUCGGUCUAAACAACUCUCCUCUUCCGAACCUCUCUCCCCGUCUAUAAACUUUCCCUCUCGCUCAGAAGGAUUAUGCACACAAGCCUCCACACAAACUCAAAACGCUGUGUAACAUCACUAAUGAGCGCCGUGCAACGCUCGUCUGUUUUGUCUCUUGUUCUUCCCCUCCUCUUUCAUCCUCCUUCCUUUGCUCUCAACUUCCACCUUCUCAGCUGCAGUCUCUUUUUAGUUAUGUAGUAGAAAAGAUAAUCCUGCAGACGAUGUCGGUAGUUCUAGUGAAGGUGAGAGCCAAGUAGCUUUCGAGAGAGAGUGAAGUUUCAGUGCUAAUGAGGCCUGAGGAGACACAAAACUACGCUUAAUGCUGCUCAUAGAUGUUUCCUCAACCCUGAGGAAGUGGCCACCAUCACUAUCAUCUCCAUCAUCUUACACUUGCUGUGUUUACAGUCAUUCUGGUUUGAUUAGUGAGUACUUUAUAGGAAUAGUUGGACAUUUAGGAAAAUAUGGUUGACCAAUCACAUAUCAGCAAGGAAAAGAGCGAGGAGAUCAAAAGCAGGUUUGUCAUAAUGACAGCUCCCAAAGGUGGUUAUGUAUAGGGGUGGGAGAAAAAAUCAAUACAGCACAGUAUCGGGAUAUUUUGUCUGGUGAUAUAUCGUAUCAUCACAUUUACCGAAUAUCAAUUUUUUUUUUAAGUAAUUGCUCAUAUGAAGUCAAAUCUAUGAUAAUGGAAAAAUAAAAUCAACUGUUUGUCCAGUGAGGUUGGCAGAGGUGACGUCAUAGAGCAGGAGAAAGUUAGAGUAACCAAUAUAGAAGCACCCGGGGAAAGACAUCAUGCACAAAUGAGACUGACCUGAUAUAUAAGGUUUGCAAGAUGUGCUACAUGAAAAUAAAAUACUGUGUAAAUAAGACAAACAUAAAGGAAAACCAAAUGCCAAAUUAGCUUAACAGUUAAAAAUAAAAGUAUAAAUCGCAAUAUAUUGUAACGCAAAACUCACUGUAUCGCAAAAUGUUAAAAAUCGCAAUAACAUUGUAUGGUGGCCCAAGUAUCGUGAUAAUAUUGUAUUGUAGGGCCACUGGUGAUUCCCAACCCUAGUGAUGUAACAUUUUUUUAAAUCUCUAUAAUCAUAUAUCAGGAUGCAAGUGAAGCUAACUGUCCAUCUUGGCUCAAACGUUUUUGGAAACAGCAUUUAACUGGAUGGCGUCUGAAAUCUUGACCUGACCUUCUUUCAUUAAACAAGAAUUGCAAAAGCCCGUCCCCAUCCAUCGGCAAGAAAAUCAACUCACCAUCACCCAAAACGUGCAUGAGUUUAAGUUUCACAUCUUUUCCUUGAUCAUAUGCACUGACUAUCAGUAAGAAAGGAUAUUGCAAAAAAUAUAUCAAGCUUUUUAUUGAAGUGAGGGUUUAGUUGAGAAGCAGGUUGAUAAGGUGUGCAGACAGUCUGCGAGCGACGUCUUUCUCUGAGUACUCUAAGUGCUUCAAAUCACUUCGGCUGUGAAAAGUACCAUCCGUGCAUCCCUGACUGAUACAUAUUGAUUUCUGAUCUAAUCUCAAGAUAAAAAAUACAUAAAUGUACAAAGCAGACAUGCUGUAUUCUCAGAGUGUUUUCACACUGAGGAGGAAAACAAGAAUGAGACAUCAGGAGAUGGAAAUCUUAAAUCAACUUUCCAUCAUUUAGAAGUGUCACUUUUACUUAACUGGGCUGGUAAAGAGUUUUCACAGUGGAUUUACUGCACAAGAUCUGUCUCGAUUAUUAGUCUGCGAUAGGAGAAACAGAAGACUGUGAUCCUGUUAAAUACCCACUGAUAACUAGAGAAGCAGGAAUUGUUAAAUGGGUUACACCACAUGCUUUGUUUGCUGCAUUACAGAGUGUACUGAGAGAGGGUUCCCAAAUUAGUUGAGAUAAGCUUUAAACAAUGCGGACUGCCAACUGUUUCUGCCAACACAAUGAUCAAUAACUCUCAGUCUGUCCCACAUGUCCAAAGGAAAAGAUUUGUUUAGGGGCUGUUGUACAACAAAUUCAUUUCACAUCACUCCACCAAACAAAAAAGACGGACAGAAAAGAGUGAAGUGCGCUCAUCAGCAAACAACAAAAGUGGAAAUAACAGCAGCUGGACGUCACAUAAAGAAGACUGAGACUUCAUAACUUUACCAUAAUGUGGCUGCAGGCUGCCAGAGUCUCCUGUUAUACCUGCUGCUGUUUGGAAAACAAAACUAUACUGACAGAGAACAAUCACGUCCUGAUCAAAACAGUGACAGAUGGCUGGAAGUCUAUUUCAGAGCUGGUCAGACCUUUUUGGAGAUCACAAUAUGAGCCGUGAGGAGGUACAUUAUAGCGUUCUAUAUUCACAACGACAAAAUGGCGACUAAACGAGGACAGAUGUGUGAAUUAGAAAUGAGGGCCAUGUGGAGCCUGCCAUUUUUAGACCUAUAUUUAGGGCCUGUUAAAAGAGUAAUGACCAUCAAAGGCCUGUAAAAGAGAGGAAUUGCCAUCAGAGCACGUAUCCAAAAGGUGAUUUAUUACACUCUAAUGUGAGGGGAAAUGGUGCAGUGCACAUCAAAGAACAAAGCAGCAUUGUGUCGAGACACCAAAAAUAAACUUGUCGAGUUCACAUCACUGACGUCGUCUUCCCUACACAUACUUAAACACGACUAAUUGUCUGGUCGUUUGAAGUGAGCUGCAGCAUUUCAAGAAAACUCGAGUUUUAAGUAAAGCAGCGUGUAUCACACUGGUCUACACUGAAGGUGAGGGAAUGUGAUCCUGACAGAUUUAUAGUUUCAAUUUUAUGAUCGGAUUCCUCAAAUAGUCUUACAGUCUUUUCUGCCAACAAAUCGUUUUGGAUAUCACACACUCUCCAGCAGUGGUGUUACAGAGAGUGCAGCGGAGAGGGUUCAACCGUGACAGACACGCCUUUUCAGAUAUUCAGUAGUUUAAAUGGACCGACAGUAGUGUGGUUUCUCUUUGGCGAAGUGAGUCUGCGCUGCUUUUUGUGUCAUUUAAGAAAGACAGAAAAAAACGGGAGAAAUACAAGCUCACAGCCAGCGAGUGUUUCAAGAGAAAGAGAGAGAGAGAGACCCGGGCUUGGCCUCCUGUGCCUACUGAGCUGAUAAUCAGUCCUAUAGAACCACUGGCUCAGUUCAGCAGGAACAGGAGUCCGGUCCACUCAGCGUCAAAAACUCCAACUAAUUUAAGGGCUCGUCUCCAAUGACUUGACCUUAACUUUACAUACAGGAGCUGCAGUUGAAUUACAGCGGUGGCAUAUUGAGUUUUUUUAUUUGAUGUUUCAAAGGACUUGUAGCUGUCACUGUGGAUUAUAGUUCGGAGACAAAGCCAAGAUUUGACAGCGACUCUUUUUGGGACCUUGAAGAGAACACUGUAGAACAUUUUAUGGGGUAAUUGCUGAGUUUAUUGAAAUAUAACCGACAAUUGAUCUUCAGUCAUCAUGUGGAUUGUCUGUUGUCUGUGUUAUAUGACUGUUAAUUGAACAGCUUUUGGUUUUGAACUGAAUACACAAAACAAGAAUGAAUUAAAAAUGAAAAAGAAAAAACAAAGUUUACAAAUUGAAAGAGUUAUUUAAGCCCAAAUGUAUGUCUGUCAGAUAAAUAAUGAAGUAUUGAUGUAAGAAACAGUGUUGGUGCACUUGAGGGAAUUAUCAAAGACACAAACUGUUUGCAUUUAUAUUCACUAGAUGGAUACUAACAGUCAAGCCAGAGUUAAAUCUACCAAAUGUUCUCUAGCGCUUCAGUCUCUUUGUAUGUUUUUUAUUCUAGGCUGCUGAUUGUGGACAGAGAUGUCAGGACUUUGGCACACAGGAUCUACACGGGUCCAGCAAUCAGCUCCUCUUCUUCUGCAGAGGAGGGAUGCUGCAAAACCACUCAGCAGUGUGUUCACCAGAGGGACGUGCUCUUACUCCACACCUAAGGCCGAUGUGGAUGUGGAGAUGUUGUGUUCAUUCAUGUCGGAGUAAAACAGCAGUGGUACAAGCUGUUUACAACUUUGCUGAUAACACUAUGGCUUUGAAAAGGAUUUUGUCAUUUUACUUAUUUUAAAAUGGCAUUAAACGGCAACUAGAAAAGAAAGACAUCAGGAAUAAGGACACAUUUAAAGAACCUGCGGCUGUAUUUGAGUUAGUUUCAGUGAGUGUGUGUGUGUGUGUGUGUGUGUGUGUGUGUGUGUGUGUGUGUGUGUGUGUGUGUGUGUGUGUGUGUGUGUGUGUGUGUGUGUGUGUGAGAGAGAAAGAGAAAGAGAGUUUAUGUGUGUUUAGUCUGAAGUCAUGAUCUGUUUCUUAACAAUUUAGACUAGAAAUACUUCCAGGUGAGUCAUGUUUUCAUACAUUACAAAUGACCUCACUCCAGCCUGUAAAAACACUGAAAGACCAGGGCAUUAUUUUAAAGCAAAUCAUGUUUUUUUUUUUUGUCACAUCUGCUCUAUUGGAAACGUAGUUUAACAUUUGACUGUCAUGGAUGUAUUUGAUAUGACUGUUUCAAAUAAAAAUGGAGUUUUAUUUUUAUAACCAGGUUUGUCCGUCAUUUAUUUAAUCGUUACGAAGAAAACUGGAUGUCACAUUUCCCCUAUGUUAUUAGUUCCUCCAAUGCAGGGUUGGUAGUAGUACUUUCAUCAUACAGAACAUGAUUUAGCCAUGUUAUGUAGCUAAAUCUUCAAAAUUGGUACAGCUCUUACUUUAAAUGAUGAUAAGGUCUAAACGGUACAUGGAGCUCCCUAAAACACUCCAAUCUUAAGCCCCGUUUGAUAUUUAAAAAGGUGAGAAAAACAAAUCUGCUGUCAGGUUACAUUCUUCAAAAAUCAAGAACACCUUGUGCCAAUGUCAAACAAAAUACCGAUGAUCAUGAAUUAUGAAAAUAAAAUUGAGGAUUUAAUC